GUCAGAACUGUGGAGGGUUAGUACAGGGUCCAAAUGGUACAAUAGAAAGCCCAGGAUUUCCUCAUGGCUAUCCAAAUUAUGCCAAUUGCACAUGGAUCAUUAUCACAGGAGAGCGUAACAGGAUACAAUUAUCAUUUCAUACGUUUGCCCUUGAAGAAGAUUUUGAUAUUUUGUCUGUUUAUGAUGGGCAACCACAGCAAGGAAACCUGAAAGUGAGGUAAAGUUAUUCAUGGCUACACUUAUACUGUUUAUAAGACUUCUGUUUCAUGAACAAUUAGUGGUUUGCAGCAAUUAAUAGCCACAUGUGUUCUACUUUUCAUAAUGGCAAAGAGAUGGAUUGAUGCUUGUUGAAAGUCAAAUGAUCUGUUUCUCCUGAUUUUCAGCUAUAACAAUCACAGUUGCCAUUAUUUCUCUACAUUUUCUCUUCUUCAGAAAUGGUUGUCAAGUGCCGGGGGGAAAGCAUUGUUAAGUUAAUGUCUGACUACUCUUGCUUAUAUAGAAAAGCUUAUUGUGUUUCAGAAACAAAUUUGGUAAUUUCAGUAACAUGUAAAAUGGGGACAAUAUAGCAGAUAGCACAUUCAGUUGCCUCAUUGUUCAACUGCCCCCUCCGAAAGAAAAAUAUUGUAGAAGGGAAAUAAAGGAGAGUGAUGUACUGUAUUUCUUGCAAAAAGACUUGGUGCAUUGGUUUUGAGCUUGGUAUGUGUUUUCAGUCCUACACUUCACUCAUUUCCCUGUAUUCCAGAUACAAGGGUAUCCUUGGAAUAUGUAACCAAAGGGUGAGGAUUGAGUGAGGAUGUCUUAUUACAGAUGUAUAUGAAUGCAGUAUGAUGCUGUGUUUCUGCAGACCUCUUUAAAUAGCAAUCCGCAUAGCAACAGUCUCCAUGGAUGAAGCCUUUUGCAUGCACUAGCUUACUGUGCAGAUUGGGUGGUAUUCUUCAUGUCACCACUUGGUGUGGAGAAAAGGGCUUGAUUUACAUGGGAAGACAGUGCCCAGGAGUGGCAGACCUCUGCCAUGGUAAUUGUUUUAAAUGUGAAGCCUUUUCCAGUUGGUGAACAUACUGCGUCAUUCCUGCAUGCUUGCUUUGCAUGAGUGGUUAAAAACACUUACUGUAUAUGUCCUAACUUUGCUGCUCCAAUGCUGGGUUGACCAGCCUCAUAUUUUGACCAUUUAUAUCAUGGCCAUUAUUUCCCACCAUAGCUGCCACUUCCUGCAAAGCCAACAAAAAUAGCCUACAACCAGGCUGCUUCAAAUACCACUUUUGGUCCAUUUGGAUACUCUUGCUAGCUGGGAUUAGUUUGGUAUAUCCACCAACCAGGGCCUUAGUUUCAGUCCACAUAGUUACAUUUAUUCUGAGAAGGUGCCGGCUUUUUCUUGUUGUUGAUCUUUGGAUCAUUCCAAAGACAAGCAUAUUUUCAGUGCUACUUUUCCUGCUUUGCUGUUGCUGACUUUACGUCUUUUGGCAUUAAUGUUUAAUGCUUUAUGCUUUACAAAUUUUCUGUGCAUUUUCAAAUUAUUAUCCACAGUGUGGUCACCUUGCUUGCUGCAAAAUGCACUAAAAGCAUGGUGAAGAAAUCCUCAUUCAUUUUAACACUUAGGCUGUAUAUCAGAAUCUGAAUUCAGUACUUCCAAUAUGUACACAGGGACUUUGAUGUAUUCUUAAAGUUUUGGACAGACACCGGCCUAUAUUGUCUGUAGUGGUGUGGUGAGGUUUCAUGUACACUAUGGAAAUGAAUGCAGAGAGCAUUCAUGUGCACUGAACAGAAGUUUGCAAAAGUUCUGUGAAGUUUCUUUUUAUUGUGUGUCAGGUGUUUCCCACUGAAGAGAUGUUUCUGAGCCAGGGAUUUCUUGUAACACAUUUGAUGUAUUGCGCAGUUUUGUUUUCAUCUAUAAUGAACCCACACCCACAUCAAGCUCUGGAGAAAUGGUCUUAGAAGCCCAUCUGUAACUACUAGAAAGUAUAGAACUUGUUCUUACUGCUAAUGUGCAACAGGGAAUUGGAUUAUUAUUUUUUGUGCUAAAUAAGCAUAUUGAAGGGGGUUUUGUUCACAUUUUUAUUCUUGUGCACAUGUAUAAAGGGGAAGUAAUAAAUUGGUCAGCUACAGGUAAGGAUAUUUAAAUAGUCAUAAUGCCACAAGAUGAUAUAUGGCUUUCAAAAGUAUGAAAGUGAAUUAAACAUUCCAUAUUUAUAUUGUAUUGUAUUGUAUUGUAUUGUAUUGUAUUGUAUUGUAUUGUAGUGUGUGUGAAGAAACAAUAGCAGCAUCACCAUAAGGCUAGCAACACAGAAAAAAAACAAAGGUUAGCAUGCCAGUUGAAGAAAGUUCUCUUCCUCCCAAGGCCUCUAUUUGCAAAUGAAAGUCUGUGUCUUUUGGCCUGUUUGUGGCUAAUUAAAGGAGGUAGCUAGAGAGUAUGUGCUCAACAAAGAUGCAAAACUUGAUAAUGCUGCAAUAUUAACACUCCAGAAGGUGGCAGCAACAAGUUUGAGUACAUUGCAAAUAAUUCAUCCUACCAAAGGCAGCAGCAAAAGAGGGCUAAGUUAGGAGCAGAAUGAGGUUAAAUGGCUCAUCUGGCUUCAGCCAGUGAUGGGAUGAAGCACACUGCCUCCCACAUGUGCCUUACCUGGAUCCUGGUUGGCUGCAAAAUCACCCCAGCCAAAACUGUAUGGGUUAAGUGGAAGGGGUUGGACAAGUAGCCGCCUCUGCCCUGCCAUUUUGGCCCUUAUAUUUUGGUAUUCUCUAAAAAAAACCCAACAGUUUAAAUAUUCAAACACACAAAUGCAGACUGCUGCUUACAUCUUGCAGUGAUGUAACAGAACUGCUUGCCAUGGAAUCUUCUUUUUUAAAAGAAGUGAUAUGUAGGUCAUUAUUUAAGAGCACAGUGCAAACAUAUGAUGAUUUGUGUCUCAGUGGUGUCUACAGCGGCAUUCACUCUAAUGAGGAAAAAUGCGGAUAAUGAGUGCUAUCACUAAAAUAGCAAGUUCUAAUUAAACUAGAACAAAAAAGCUCUAAGGAUAAGCUGUUCACAUUUUACACUUUGAGCAGUUUUAUUUUAGAUAUACAAUUAACGACACUCAUGACAGUGCUGGAAUAUAAAUAUAAUACAGAAGUCAGGAAUGGUAAAAUAAAUUAUGUAAUUCACCGAAAAUAUACUGCUGGUUGCGUAAUAUGUGUUACGCAUGCACACAGUACAUGAAAGAUCAGGUGACUUAAAGCAAGAGUGGAGAAGCCUCUCAGUUUGGUUCUCUGCACUCUCCCCUGGCCACAACCCACACAGGCUGUGCACUCUUCUUUUGACUGACCUGAAUGGGCACUUGAAGUGUCAUAAUGCUUCUUGUUUACCUUAAAGGAGGAUGGUGAUGUGUGUUUUGUCUUGCCGAAUGCAAGGUGGUUCUUUUAAAAUGAGAUUCAGAAGUAAUACAAAACACAAGUGAGUGAAAAGAUGAAAGAUUUUAUUCUAAACAGCAAGCAAUAUACACAUACCAAGCAAGCACCUCAAUCUGCCACUUGGAAGCCCUCAAGAAGUGGUGAAGUGACUCCCCCAGUCACCAAUGCAUCAGGGACGUGGAUGGCACUGUGGGUUAAACCACAGAGCCUAGGACUUGCCAAUCAGAAGGUUGGCGGUUCGAAUCCCCGCGAUGGGGUGAGCGCCUGUUGCUCCGUCCCUGCUCCUGCCAACCUAGCAGUUCGAAAGCAUGUCAAAGUGCAAGUAGAUAAAUAGGUACCACUCCAGUGGGAAGGUAAACUGUGUUUCCGUGCAGUGCUCUGGUUUGCCAAAAGCAGCUUAGUCAUGCUGGCCACAUGACCCAGAAGCUGUACGCCGGCUCCCUUGGCCAAUAAAGCGAGAUGAGCGCCGCAACCCCAGAGUCGGUCACAACUGGACCUAAUGGUCAGGGGUCCCUUUACCUUUUCCUUUACCAAUGCAUCACUUUCUCCAAACAAUGUCCAACAUCAAAUAAGGUUCUCAUCACUAUCUCUUCCUCCUAAAUGAUUAGGACAUUAAAGGCUGUUCUCAUGCCAUCAAAGAACUUAACAAGAGAUAAGAAGAAGAAGGAAGGAAAAGAGACAGGAAGAGGGCAACCGAGUCAGAUCACUAACUCCUUGAAAUAUAAUUUUAUCUUCCGGAUAGAUUGCCCAUACAUGUUUGUGUAGGUAGGUAGGUAGAAACCACUGACUUUUGCAUGGCAUUAAUGUAAAAGCCGCAUUUGUUGUUCGUCCCACUUUUGCCUCUGGCUGCACCUACUUUUUGCAUCUGGCUCUGCCCUGGAGGAAUGUUGCCCCUGAGCUGGAAAAAAAAGUUUUCUCACCCCUGAAUUUAAAACAGUGGUCCUUCGCUGAAGAACAGUAGCUCAAAAGUACUGUGCUAUUUCUGUUCAACAUGAAAACACCUGCCAAAACCCAAACAGACCUGUAGAAAAGUAAUCAAAUACACACGAGAAUUGGAUCCAUUUCAACUACCAGAAAAGGCCAAGGUAUUAAUACAUUUAAUCCGCCAGUAAAAACCUACAAACUGUUGAAUCAGUGGCAGAUAUCAUCUAUUAAAACAGAUGCUUAAAAUGCUUUUUACAACUGACGUGGCAUUUAAGACCCACGGCAACAUUUAACUGACCAUCAGCAGGGUGGGGGUGGGGAAUUGGAAAUGUCACUUUCUCAUGUUUGUCCCCCUCCACAGAUGCAAUUUUUCAGUUGUUUGUUUUUAUAAAAACUGAGCGCAGGUGCCACAGCCUACUACAUGAGAAGUGGAAUAAACGCAAAAAUGAAAAUCCAACAAACUAGCACCAUGGAAGCAUAAAGAGUUGUGAGCCAAGCAUUGUGAGCCAUGUUUUUUCUAGUACAGAAAUCAGGGAUUUAUCUCUAUUCUAGCACUGUGGGAAAUGAAAACCCAUAAAUGGGCAGGGCAAACAGAACCCAAAUCACCCUCAGCCUAUUUAAAUGGACAGCUACCCAGAAUGAGCUAUUUGUCAAACUUACACCAAUUUGGUGUGAGUGGUGAAUAUUUGGGUGGGUGUUAAGCCAAAAAUGUUGGACUUGUCCAGGACAAAAAAAAAAAAUGGUUUAAAGAUUAAGGUUACUGGAUUCAUGAUGCUUUGAGACUAUUACUGGCUGUCUGUGUAAUUCAGGCAUAGGCAAACCCUAUCAUCCCUAGCUAACAGGACCAGUGGUCAGGGAUGAUGGGAGCUGUAGUCCCAAAACAUCUGGAGUGCCAAGUUUGCCUAUGCCUGUUGUAAUUAUUUCUGUGUUCCUGUAAUACUCAGUUUAUAUGUGUGUUAUUACAAGGGAAAUACACGGAUUAUUACAAGGGCACCGCCAAAGGAAGCUUAGCCAACAAAAUAUUACUUGAAUUUCUACCACUAGGAAAGGAUGGAGGCACAGAAAACUACUGUAUAUGUGCAUUUACAAUCCAGAAAAAUCACAUUUCCAGGAAAGGUGGGCAUCAGCCUAACACACCGCAGUAAACAACUAGUCACUCAUUUUUAAAUCAUUUCUUUUUAUUAUUAUUAUUCUCUGCUCCAAAGACUGGUAUCUAUGCCUUUAGAAUCUUUCCAUAACAACCACAGGAGGUCUUUAGUAGUGUGUUCACUUAACGUAUCACCAAAAGAGAUAAAAUGCAUUACCAAGAAGACAAAGAAAAAUAAUGUCCAGGCUGAUAACAAAGAUGCUGAGAUACACUUGGAGAAUUUAUUUUCCCUUGGAAAAGUUUGGUGAAAUACCAUCCCCCCCAUGCUGUUUCUCUGACCACGAAUAGGGUGCAGAAUUUCAAGAGGCCAUUUGCACACAGCUCUAUUUUAAACAGCUUGUAUUCCCAGUUCCAAUUACAUAAGCCUUCUGUAAGUCGAAUAUUUCUUCCCUCACUUUCUUUCACAGUUCAGGUUAAAGCUUACAUGGUGUGGAAAUGUAAAAUUAAUUCAGCAUACUAUUUAGCAAUGAAUCGUCCCUGUGUUCAGUUACACAAUCAGCUUGUCUCACAGACGUAUUAAGUCUUUUGCUAGGUGAGCUUCUUUUAUAAUUUAAAUAGCAUAAUAAAUAACCUUCUCCUUGCUACUUUGGGAUUGAGCUGCCAUAACACACCUUGUUAAUCCUCUGUGUAGUUGUACCAUUUACCAGAAGAUCUUCUUUUUGUUUAGGAUGGCAAUAUACCUUUCAGAGUGGUGCUUUCUUAAAUAAGCGUGUUUUCCCCACCCAUAGCGGUCUUUGAACUCCUAGUAAGAUAAAGAAAAUAUAUAAUACAUUUUUUCAUUCAUUUAUUCUGUUCCUACUCCAGUUCCUACUAUUUGUAGGAGGCUUCAAAGGUGAAGGGUUGGUUUUAUAUAUAUAUAUAUAUAUAUUAAAAAUUAAUCAUGUGCUUUUCUAAAAGACUUUUUAUAUAUGCAAGACACCUUGUUUCCCCCUUAUAUUUGCAAUUUAAUUUGACUUGAGUGACAACUGGAGAUAAUGAUAAAGGAUGGAUGCUUACACACCAAGGGCCAGAGGAGAAAUCUAUUUUAAAUUGCUUUCUAUAUGAAAUGUGGCAUUUUGGACAGUGUUGAGCUUGGCUCACAUUAGACUGCCUCUUACGUUGAGCUUCUAAUUAUGUCUGAGCUACACAUUCAUUGUCAUGUUUUACUUUCUUAAAGAGUGCCCAAUUGGUUAUAUGAAAAAAAUAUACACAGAAAUGCUUGUGUUAUAUCUAUAAUAGAAAAAGGGUGUCAAGCCCCACGCUCUACUAUAUUUUUAUAAGUAUUAGCAUAUAACAUUUUCUAUACAGUAAUCUGCAUUGUUGUAUGUAUCUGUUUAUGUUCUGUUUUAGGAAACAUAUAUUUUAUGAAAAUAUUAUACAUGUUUUUAUAUGCAUAUGCUCAUAUUUUUAGUGGAACUAAAAUAGCUCACCACUUGUCAAGAUCAAGGAAUGAGAUGGGAAUUGGGGGAGGGAAAACACUGUGUGGAUAAACUUGACACCAAUACUUUGAGAAAAUUCCAUUCCUAUAAAUAGUGUAAGAUGACAUUCUAACAAAAGUGAAGCAGAGUCGUGCACUCUGUGUAUGGAGGCUGCCUGGUGGUAUGAAUCAACUGUGCUAUGUGACUUUACUGUAGCACAAUACAAGAAAAUGAGGUAUGAGGAAGAAUGGCUGUUGGCCUUAGUAAUUUGGCCUACAAUAAAAAAGAUAUAGAAAACCAAAGUUUUUUUAAAAAAGGUGCAGGGAACAAUCAAGCUUAAUUCACUACAAUCUGUAGAAUGUCAGGCUUCAGGGAAUCAGAUCCCUCCCCCGGUGGCAGUAAUUAAGCAGAUCAAACAAAAGGAGCAUUCUUACCAGAUAAGUUCUUUAAUAAUCACAGCGAGAGACAAAGGAAUGCAAAUCACUUGUUACCUUCAGGUAACGGAACUUUCAGGUUGUGAACAUGGUUCAGGUUUCACCGCAUGCGCAUGCACAGAAGAACUCUGUGUGCAUGCGCAGAAGUGCUGUAUCACACUGUGCACAGAAGCGGUGCCUCAUGUUGCAGACUUUUUGGGGUACUUAAAGACCCCCCCAGAACGAAUUAAGUUUGAAUCUAGAGGGUCCAGUGUAUACGCCAUGCCUGCAUCGGGUAAUCUGAGCUUGUUGCAAUUGCACUUUCUGUUCUGUCACUUUCCAAGUCCGUCUAGUCUUAGGUGAAGGGGGGGAUCAGGAAUGCUGUCCAAGGACACGGAAUCUGCCAGCUGUCUCUCUCCUGUUGUACGCUCUUCUAGCUGUUCCUUGCCCAGUAUUCCCCAAGCUUUUCCCCUCUGGACUAUGCCCUUCUGCAAACCACUGUUCUAAAUCAAUACUGUCCUCCUGCCCCUGGGAAGGUUCAGAAAAAGGGGGGGCUCCCACCAUUUCUCCUCAGUCCAGUCCCUGACAUAGAAGUACAAUAUGGGGUCAAAAAUGUUCACUGUUACAGUGCAGAAUGAAAGUCAAGCCUUCAAAAGUACAUCCGAAGCCUAACCAUGCCAGAGACUGUGAUGCAACCAUGUUUCCUCAUACACAUAUUCAACCCAAUUGCUACCUAAAACAUAUUAAAUGAGAGUUCACAGUUGCCUGUCAAAAACUAGUUGUAGGCUGCCUUCACUCAGUGCUUGAGCACAAUUAGAUGUAGCCCAAGCUGAAUGGCUAGAGAUCAUCAUGGACUAGGCUUUCCCAACAAUUCAGGAAUGUUCAUAAGGACUGGUUCCUCAUCUGUCCCUAAACUGUUAAUUCUUCUUUUUCUUUGGCGAUCACUCAUAGUCCAGUAAGAUUGUCUUCCAUGAAAAUGGUCUUAAUAGUGAGUCUGUAAGUGACUGUGGAGGCCAAUUCUGGAUAUCCACACGUCCUUCCACAGUGGGGACAUAGGUUUCCAGGUGGGAGUUGAUCAUGGUGAAGGUUUGCCAAACGUGCCUUCCUCUAAGUUCUUUUCUCCUUGAGUUCGUGCUUCUUCAAGGUCCACAACACCAUUGGUAAAGGCUGUUCUCCAAUUGGAGCACUCACAGGCCAGUGUUUCCCAGUUAUCAGUGCUUAUACUACAUUUUUUACAUUUGCUUUAAGAACAUCUUUAAACCUCUGUUGUUGUCCACCGGUAUUUCGCUUUUCAUUCUUAAGUUAGGAAUAGAAUAGUUGUUUAGAAGGCGAUAAUCAUUUAUAAGUGGUCCGUGUUUCACAAGGGUACAAUAAAGUUAGUAGUACAAUGGCUUUGUAAACAACCAUUUUGGUUUCCCUGUGGAUGUCCUGGUCCUCAAACAUUCGGUGAUUCAAUCGGGAGAAAGCUGUGCUCACAGAGCUCAGGCAAUGCUGGAUUUCGGCAUCGGAAUUGGCCCUUGUGGAAAGAUAACUGCCCAGGUAGGAAAAGUGCUCAACAUUUUCCAACGUUAUACCAUUAAGUUGUAUUUGUGGCACUGCAGAGGUUUUUUGUGCUUGUUGGUGCAGCACUUUGGUUUUUUGGAUAUUGAGCAAUAAGCUAAGCUUUCUGUAAGCUUCUGUGAAUAUAUUUAGGAUAGUAUGGAGGUCAUCCUCUGAGUGUGCACACACUAUGUUGGUAUCAGCAUACUGGAAGCUCUAUUAUUGAAGUUAUGGUAACCUCGCUCUUUACUUUCAGCCUACUCAGAUUAAAGAGUUUAUCAAUUUCGAUUUCUACCCCAAGGGGCAAUUGUUGCUAGGAGUAUUGUAUCAAAUACAGAAAUCUGUGCUUUAAUUUAUAUAUUACUGAAUUUAAAGGUUGAUUUCCUUUAACUAAGUUGACAUUAACAGAUAUCAUAGAAUCCCUACUUUUUUAUCCGAUAAAGUUAAUAGGUGUUUUGUUUUGAGGGUUGGCCUCGGCACUAUCAAGACGAAGCUUCAAUAGUACCCUGGACAGCUCCAUGCAGAACUCAGACUGUUAGAGCAAGAAUGCUUCAGCAGCUGUCACCCUUAGACUGAGCCUUAAAGGAGAGAUGCAGCCCAAUCUCAGUAGCUAGCUGCACCUCCCAUAAGAGGAGGCGGCUCAUUUAAAAGGGCCCAGGUUGCUUUAGUGAUAGUUGUCUCCAACAGAGCAAGGGACACUGUGGUUCCACUAGGGCUUCUGAGCUAGAUUUCCAAGUUCUAGAAGCAAAUUCCUCCUGUGGAAGUGUGUAUGGUUUAGUAUGUAUGUAUGUGGCUGUUCCUAAGAGCAAUUUCUCCCCCCAUUCCAAAUCCCUUGAAAAAGGAGGGCUCAACCCCAGGGCCAGGACAAUAAGAAGGAAUUUCCAAAAUGUAUCUUUGCAUAUCUGGAGAUAUGCAGAGCUAUUGCUGAUAUGUGGCUUGUGUGUGUGUGUGUCGGUGUGUGUGUGUAGGUUGCCCUACCCAACGGCAGCAGACCAAUAUGUUCAGAAAAAGCAUAUAUGCAUUUGGCACAUCUACUGAAAUAAGACAGACAACACAUUGGACGUACGUGACAAUUCAGUUCAGGGUUACAGCUGACCUGAAAUCUGCAUCAGCAUUACUUUCACGUGGCAUCCCACCUGAAUAACUAAUUUGACUUAAAUUGUUCAGUCAUUGGUAAUGAUCCAUCUAUAUAUAUAGCUGUAGCCUUACUGGCUAUUCAAUAAUGAUUGGUUGGAAAGAAACUAAAAGACCUGGGACACUGGAAGCACAGAGAUGUUGGCUGCAAUUAAGGUCCAAAAUGUGUCUUCCAGAUACCCUUACCUUGCUGUUUCAUAUGCUUGCUGACUCUGGUAGACAUGCUAAAUGUAAUGAAUCUCACAAGCAUUUUGUUUUUAACAAAGGAAGGUCAGUUAUACAUUUACUGUCAAAACAAUGGAGGAAUAGCCAUUCUAAAGGGGGCUAAUAAUACUUUGCACUUUCUGACUUUGUAACAAAAUAUGUGUAUAGAAUGCACAUUUUCUUCAGGCAGCAUUUUAAAGGAAUUUUCAUAUCCUUCAGCAACCAAAUUACUAAGAUCUGUUUGGAUAGAGAAAGGGGUCACAUUCCUUAAAAUUAGAUAAGUGUUUUAGUUAGAUGCAUGAUUUAAAGCUUAUUCAGCCAUCUGUUGAUAGCUUGGUCAUCUACAUCCAAUGUGUUGCACUGGCAUUCAUCCAAUUCUCAGUGAAAAACGCCUCAGAAAAUGUCACUGAUUGGCAGGAUUAUCUGACAGGCUGGGGACCAUGAGAAUACAGAUGAAUGUCAUUUAGGCAAAAAUUACCUUCAAUCAUUUGGACUACUGUGGAAUAACAGGGAUGCAGUGUGGAACUUCAAUUGUUUCACCUUUAGUGUAGAUAAGCAGCAAGUUGCUGUUAUCAUGUUGUCUGCCCACAUAUAUCCCCUGCAAUUAUUAUUAAGCGUCUCUUAUUUUUAAACAUGUGAUGUGAUAUAAUGAUAAAAGGUAAAAAAAAAUAGCAGUGCUCGUCCACAGUACUAAGAUUGGUUUAUAGAGCCAAUUCACACAGUUUAGAUUAGCAAAGCAUUUUUUCCUUUGCAGUAUAUUAUAUCACAGUCAGCUGUUGUUUGAAAUAAACAUAUGUUGCCACAUCACAGUAAUAAUGAUGGAAACAUAGAGAACGGCCUUAUACUGAUUAAUUUAAUUUGUUCACCAAGUUCAGGGUUGCCAACACUGAUUGGCUGCAGCUCUUCAAUAUUUCAGAUGGGGGACAUUCUCAGCCCUAUCUGGAAGUGGAAAGGAUUCAACCUGGGACAUUCUUCAUGGAAAUCAUAUGCUCCAACACUGAGCUUCCACAAAAUAGUUUCCUCACUAGAUAGGUCUAUGAAAACACUCCCACAUCUGCUACCAUCUGGGUAGUUACAGUGAUGAAUCAAAACCAUACAGAGUUUAUGGACCUGGAUGUCCACAAGAUGAUAAAGCUCAGACUAGAUAUGUACUCAGUACAGACCAAAUCUACAAGGCUAGGCUGAGUUGAAAUUCAGCUGGGUAACAUUAUUAAACUCCACAGUUCUCUGUAAAUGUUCCAGAUCUGGAUGACAGUCCCCUGCCCCAAUUCACACACUAUUCCCAUAACAUUCCAGCUUUUGAAAGAUGACUGACCAAAGUGGCAAACAUUUGCUUAAUUGACAAACAUUUGCUUAAGUAUUUUGGGGGUGUUUAUCUGGAAAAUAUCAAAAUAACAUUGUUGGAUUUAGAAACUCUGAUAAGUGCCUUGGAAAUGGCUCUGUUUUCUUCUUCUUACACAUAGAUUUUGAGUUUUGGUAAAGCACAAACAAACCCAAAAACAUAUCUAAGAUAAAGUGCUACUGGUUGUGCACAUAUAUAUGUAUUUCAGUCUUAAUGUGAGCAGCCAUAAACCAGGGAAGAUAUUUGUUUUCUGAUAUGCAUAUUUGGAUCACACUCUACACAUCUGUAACCUAUCUCAGAUAAUAUCAUACGAUCUUUUUUUGCACUCAACUAUGAUUCAGUGUGUGAAUCAGUUUUUAAAAGAAAGAGAUGCUCUCUAUAUCUUUUGUGUGUAUCAAAGGUGAAUUUGUUGUCUUCUUCCUAAAUCUAUCUCUCCUAUAGAAACUCACAACUAUUUUAAAAUUCUCUUAGAUUUUCACUUCUGUUCUAUUUGCAGUAGAUAGUGUGAACAAUGUCACCAAAAAGAAGAAAAUAGCAGAUGGCAACUUUAGUAUAUAGUUGUCAGAGCAGUGCUUUCCAGGCUCCUUAAAAAAACCCAAAACCUUUAAUAUGCACACAUCCUUUUGUAGGCUUUAGAAAUGCAUAAAUCUGGGCCGGGGAGCCUGUUGCUCUACAUAUGUCAUUGGACCCCAACUCCUCUCUCUCCCCUGACCAUUAGUCAUGUUGGCUAGGGCUGAUGGGAGUUGUAGUCUGGCAUAAAGGAAUAUUGUUAUACAGUGGUACCUCGGGUUAAGUACAGUGGUACCUCGGGUUAAGAACUUAAUUCGUUCUGGAGGUCUGUUCUUAACCUGAAACUGUUCUUAACCUGAAGCACCACUUUAGCUAAUGGGGCCUCCUGCUGCUGCUGCACCACCGGAGCACAAUUUCUGUUCUCAUCCUGAAGCAAAGUUCUUAACCCAAGGUACUAUUUCUGGGUUAGCGGAGUCUGUAACCUGAAGCGUCUGUAACCUGAAGCGUCUGUAACCUGAAGCGUAUGUAACCCGAGAUACCACUGUACCAGACGUAUCAGUAUAAAUUACAUUUAGGGAUUCAGUCUGCCUUGGUUGGUGUUACACUUCCCUUUAAGAUAUAGAUUUUCAGCUUGGGGGUGCUACUUGACUUAGAGCUGCUUCUGUAUGAUCGAUUGGGAAAGAUGACGGACUGCUCCAUAACGGCUUAUGUUAGUACACCAGCUAUGUGCUUUCCUGGAGAAGACAAAAUAGACUGAAAUCAUCUGUGCUUGAUAACGUCCAGAUUAGACAACUAUAAUGUGCUCUGCACAGGCUGCCUUCAAAAUCUUUAUUUGAUCAAAAAUGCUGUUGCUGGAGUUUUGACUGCUGAUAACAUAACAACUCUGACAUUGUAUCAUACCCAUUCUUUUCCUAGUCCCAAAUCCAUGUGUUGGCUCUGAGGCUUUAAAGCCCUAACAGAGGCUGAGACAACCUUCACCCACAUUCCUUCCUAAAUACUCUUGUUUAUUAUAUGAAGUCUUUCUCCAUGUCCCUGUGCUUGUUGAGAUUCUUAUGCAGCCCGCCCCCUCCCCCCGCUGUUCUUAUCACUGUAAGUUUUUAGCACUGCCUGAUGAAAACAUGGCAAUUUCAAUGGGGGAUGUGGUGGUGAAUAGAUUAGGUUUAACAGAAAGAUAUGGAGCUCCUAUAUAAGUAAAGGAGUGUAUUGGUUUGUUUGUUUUUUACAACCUUUCUCUCCUAAGCAUUUCUAACCAGUUUUCAUUGCAGACCUUUGCAGGUGGAACUUGAUCCCUGGUUACCUAAAAGUGUUCCUUGAUAUUUCUCAUCAAAGUCCAGUUUUGUUUGUUUUGUAAAACUUUUGACUUAAUCCCUUAGGGAGAAAUCUGAACUCCUGGAAGGAAGCAGCAAGGUUUCAGACUAGUGUAGAGAGAGGGAAAGGUGGUGCUAGGAAAACCCUUUUUCUUCACUGCACCAGCUCAAGGCUGGCACAGCAGACAGGUGGUGCUAGUUCUAUUCUCAAUAGCUAGGCCCUGUUUCAGGGGCGUGCAUCAACUAUCGCUGGUGGAGGUAUAACCUCCAUCUAACUGUGGUUCUGCCAGGUGUCCUGUGAUGGGCAGAACCUUCAACUAGUAGACAUCGCCACCUCAUCAAAAGCUUCUCCAGUGCAGCAGAUUGAGAAUUUGAAAUGCCGUGCACCUCUUCAACCAAAACACAGCAAUUUUGUGCAAACUUACCUGAAAGUUAUUUACUUCUAUGUUGUUAGAACAUGCUGCUCUAUUUGCUCACUUUUUCACGAACCUCAUCUCUCCCUUCUCUUACCCCUCCCCUCCCACCAGUCAAAAUCUGUAAGUUCCCUGAGGUGGGAACCUGCAUUUUCCAUAUUCAACCUAUGUAAGUAUCGAAAAUGCCGUAACAUGUCCAUAAAGUAGUAGUAGUAAUAUUGAUGAAUGGGGACACCUGAACGCCAAGGUAAAAAUUCACAGAUGGAACCUCUCCAUGCUGUAGAUCCAAUUUGACUUAUAAAACACUGAAAUACUUCUGAAUGCUUACUACCAUGCAACUCUUGGUAUGUUUACUCAGAUAUAAGCUAUAUGGUGUUCAAGGAAGCUUAUUCCCUGUUAAAUCUGCAUAGGAUUGUAGCAUAUAAAGUAAGCAUAAACUGAACUGAGUAAGCAAAUGCACCCCACUGAGGCAUCAAACCUGUGUAUGCAGACAUAUUCAUAUAAUCUAAUUGGUACCAUUUUCUUUUUCACGAAGCAAAGAAUUAAGUCCAUCAGCCUGUCACAAAGAAUUUUGCUUUUCAGCACAUUGACUCAAAAGACCUAAGAUAUAUAAACGAGCAAAUCCCCACUUAGUGUGAUUAUUUUCCGAAGAAGAAUGGAUAAAAUCAUCCUAUUCAGACAGGAUAAUUUGUAUUGGUAAAUAAGUAACAGAAAGCCCAUAUUGGGGUGGGAGGGCAUUAAUAUUGCCCUACUGAUUUUCAGAAGACAGGAGUGUCUGGCGUGCUCUGAUCCACGACUAAACGACUAAACAACAACAACAACAACUGAUUUUCACCCAUAAACUUCUUGUGACAAAGGACUGUGGAAUGGCUAAUCUGAGAAGAAGGUCAAUGUGCCAGCCAGCUGGCCACGUAUAGGGAGAGUGCAACUAUCAGAGUCUCCUGGCUAUUUGCUUAUAAGUAAUGAUAAGUAAAUGUAUGCAUAAAACAUGCAAUACAAUGACUUCAAGGCAUAAACCUUCUCCUAGUCUGCAUAGGCUGUGACAGUGGCAGUUGCUGGCAUUCACCGAGACUGUGAAAAGUAGGUCAUUUGCUUGACCUCAGCUCCUGGCUAUUGUUAAACUUGCUCCUACCAGGACAAUGGGAUGUUAACAGGGGAUAUUUCUCAAGGCUGAAGCAUUAAAUGUUUUCAAAAGCCACAGAUGCUGCUGUUCGGGAGGCGUGUCUGGCUCCGGCACUCGGUGGCUGCUAUUUAUGCAAGUUGUGUGGGCUGUGCGACAGGUUUAUCAUAGUAUAAGAGUCACAGGGUUCAGCGUGGAAGGCAGGAAGCCAACAGAUAUAUUAUGACAGAUAAAAAUGGUGCAGGCCAGAUGAGAAGAAAGCCAAAGGUGUGAUUAAACUGCAGUAGUAUUAUAAAAAACAACAACCAGUGGCCUCUUAUUGAAAACAGCUUUGAUUACUUAACUCAGAAGUAUAUAACAAACUUGGAAAGGGUAAUGGAAACUUGAACCAUUCAUGAUUUCCGUGGAUGGAAGGAAGGAAGGAUAUUUUCAUUCAGAGGACAAAACAAGAAGGGAUGGUGUGAUGGCACUCCAGCCACACUCGGUCUCCUGCCACCUGAGGAAGGAAGAUCCAAUUAUCACCGAAUGUACUCCUCUGUCCAGUACACCCUUUCCAUGCUUAAGAACUUAUUCCUUCAGAUAAAUGCAGUUUUCUACAAGACAACUCUUUAUCAGCCAGCCUAAAAAUGUACCUUACGUCUCCCUGAAGCCUCUCAGGGCAGCACAGUUUAUGGCUUCUAGGCAUGGGGGUGAUUAAAAUAAGUCAAAACAAGUUGUUUUAUGAAAUAAAAUAUAAUGUUUCCUGAAACAAAAGAAAUAAGUUUUAGGAAAAGGAUAUUACAAUGAAAAGUCACAAAAAGAAGCAUAUACCCAAUGGAGCAAAGGGAUAAACAAUGAGUCUUCUUCCACCAGCUUUAAUUACAAUCCCUAAGGCUACAAACUUUCCAUCAAGGGUGGGGGACCUUUGGCCCUCCAGAUGUUGACUAGUGGCCAUGCUGGCUGUGGCUGAUCGGAGUUGCAGUUCAACACCUGGAGGGUGAUGUUAUUCAUCAUUUUACUCAAAUUAUUGAAUAAGAAUUGGGACACCUCAGAAUACAAGCCUAGCCCUCUGUGAAGUUUUAUAAGGUAAAGCUUUAUAAGCCUCAACUGGAGCCAGGGCCUUUUCAACACUGGCUCUGGCCUGGUGGAACGCUCUGUCUCAUGAGACCAGGGCUCUGCAGGAUCUGAUUUCUUCCCGCAGGGCCUGUAAGACAGAGUUGUUCUGCCUGGUUUUGGCUUGGAAUUAACUUGAUCCCCUCCCCCUCUUUCUUUUUUCCUUCUGUGAUGAACUCCUACUUGGGGACUUCCCUGGCUUUUUUCUGGCCCACAUAAGGCCAGUCUGGAUAGUUAGCCUUGGUGAAGACUUGACGUUUUCAUCCCCAAAAAAGUUUUUGAGUUUCUGCUGAAAUGAGGCUGCAUUUUAAUGUUGUAUUUUAAUCUUGUUUUUAAUGUUGUAUUUCAAUCAAUUGUUUUAUAUCUGGUGCUAGCCGCCCUGAGCCCAGUCUUGGCUGGGGAUGGUGGGGUAUAAAUAAAAUUUAUUAUUAUUAUUUACUGUAUUAUUGUAUACUGCCCUUCAUCUGAAGAUCUCGUGUUGGUGCACAACAUAAAAAUAUAUGUAAUAUAUGAAUGUAUUGCUUUUGGAUGCAGACUGUGUAUGGAUAAAUACAAUAAUAUUUGGAAUGCAUUUAUAUAUAAAAAUAUAAUGUAUUGUUAAUCAUUUUAUUUUAGUUGGAAUAACUAUUACUUAUAUAUCAAUAUUUCGUACUGUAUCAGAACUUCAAGUACUUUUUUAUCUUUUUGUCUUUCUUCUUUCACUAUUUUCUCACUGAAUUUUUUCAAUAAAACAUAAAUAUUAAAAAUACAAAUACCAAAUGAAAACACAAAAUAAUAACAAAAACAAAAGAAACAUAAUGGAAACAAGAACAAAAACCAAACAAACCCAUAAUACCCCCCUCUCACAAACACAUUUGAAAGGACAUAGAAGGAUAUACAGUUUGUUGAAACUGAGAAAUGUUUGGAUGAAAGACCACUUAGGAAUCACAUGUCAGUCAGGGCAAAACUAGGCAUGACAUCCAGUAUAUUUUUGAUGUUUAGCCUGCAUGCUUUUAAAAAUGCAAAUAGCGUUCAUGGCCAGCAGGUGUUGAUUGACAUCAUAGUAGGCGGGGAAAGAGAAUUAAGAACUUUUCUCACCUGCUUUGGUUCUUACAAAAAUUACCCCUUUGACCCAUCUUCUGUGUGAGGAUACCAUUCCAGGAAUGAGCAAUAUAUUGAAUGUCACAGGAACUAUAUUUAAUUCGAUAUGGCAUUAGUUUUAAAUGUUGCAACAAUUCCAGAGCUUCUAAUCUUGAAUAUGCUACCAAGGUAUACUUUACUCAGAAGCAUCUGUUCCAAACACCAAGUCAAUGAAAGCAGACACUACAUUCGUGUGUAGGAAAUACAAAGCAUUUAAACAUUCUUAAAACACCUAGCUAUGAAUAUUCUCAAAGAGUGGCUGCUACCAGUAUGGAUGAACAAACUGUGUCUGUCAAUCAGCAAACCAUAUACAGUGGUACCUCGGGUUAAGUACUUAAUUCGUUCCGGAGGCUUAACCUGAAACUGUUCUUAACCUGAAGCACCACUUUAGCUAAUGGGGCCACCAGUUGCCGCUGCGCUGCUAGAGCACGAUUUCUGUUCUCAUCCUGAAGCAAAGUUCUUAACCUGAAGCACUAUUUCUGGGUUAGCAGAGUCUGUAACCUGAAGCAUAUGUAACCCGAGGUACCACUGUAAUGGAUGCAUAAAUCCAGUUUCUGUAUUGGCUGAUAUUAUUUAUUUAUUUUAUAAACAGACCUUCAUUCGAAGACCACAAAGCUGUUUGAAAUAUAAAAACACAAAAAUAUAUAGCACAGUAACGAAUAAAAACAAUACUUACCCCAGAGGUUAAGAGGUCAUAGAUUGUUUAAUUAGCCAAAGGCUUGGGGGAAGAGAAAUAUUUUUGCCUGGCACCAAAAAGGCACCAGGCACCUCUUGGCAUCUGAGUCAUCACAUUCCCUAGGACCAAAGGUAAAGGGACCCCUGACAGUUAAGUCCAGUCGCGAACGACUCUGGGGUUGCAGUGCUCAUCUCGCUUUACUGGCUGAGGGAGCUGACGUUUGUCCAGGUCAUGUGGCCAGCAUGACUAAGCCACUUCUGGCAAAACCAGAGCAGCGCACAGAAAUUCUGUUUACCUUGCCGCCGGAGUGGUACCUAUUUAUCUACUUGCACUUUGACAUGCUUUCAAACUGCUAGGUUGACAGGAGCUGGGACCGAACAACAGGAGCUCACUCCGUCGCAGGGAUUCGAACCGUCAAGGGACCAAAGGUACAAACCAGCAAAGAUUAGUUAUGAUUAACAGCAUAAUUGUAUGCAUGUUUACUCUGAAGUAAGUAAUAACCGUGGGACUUAGGCUGCUAUCCUAACAACAUUUACUUGGGAAUAAACAGCACUGAAUUCAAUAGGAUUUACCGCUGAGAUUUUAUGGUUAGGAUUACAGCCUCACUCAGUGCAGCGAUGGGGAUCCUAGCCCCCUCCCCCCUCCCAAAUUCUACGUUACUCCCAUCAAAUUAAGCCAGCAUGUCGAGAGGUCAGGGUUGUGGAAAUUAUAGCUAAGCAACAGGUUCCCCAUCUUGCCUUAGUGUAUUUACAAUUGCAGCUUAAGGACUCAGCUGCAUUAGUCAAAGAAAGCACUUUGAAUGUGUUAUAAACAUGCAAUACCCAAUGGCAAUGGAGAGCCCCCCAAAAAAUCUUUGCAAUUUUACAAAGCUUUCCCCCCUUUUAUUAUAAAGAUUUAAUAUCUGACUUAUUUAUAGCGUUUUUCCUCCUGUGUGUAGAUCCAUCCUUAGUCCCAUUUCAUUGUUUUCAAUGACUUACCUUUGAUAAAUGAUGCUUCAAGUUUUAAAAAUGGCCCAUGGAUUUGUGGUAUGUGUAUUCCCGCUAUAUCCAUUUGUGAUUCAGUUCUAGGCCUGGUAAAAGGAAACAUUGUGAAACCAUAUUUCUUAUGGCAUUAGGUAACUGUUCAGCACGUAGCGAUCCACUUAGAGAAAUAUACAUUUAAAAAAAUAAAGAAAGACUUAAUUGCAAUAAUAUGUAUGAGACAAUAUGCCUGGAAUAUAUAAUGCUGUACACUCUGUGUGCUUAUUUUUGGAGCACAUCCUCACGUACAUAUAUAUAUAUUUAUUUAGUUUAGCUGUUUAAUCAUGUGGUGUGUUUUUUUAUUCUUUUCAUUAAAUAUCUUUCUCAGGAGGGGAACAAAUAACAUGUCAGCAAUGCAAGAUCUGGGACACACUAGGGGAGAGAAUUAUUUUUCAGCAACAUAUUCUCAGGCUUUCCUUUCUGGCAUUUUUCUUCCCUUUACUUCUUGUGUUCUGUCUGAGAUCCUGCUAAGAAAGAUGAAGUGAUUUCUUCCUAGAGUCAAUCUGAAUAAAUCUUCACAAGAUCGAAAUCACAAAGAAGAGGUGAUGACAUCUUCAUCUUGAGAGAGGCUUAACACAUCCUUGGCUUUAAGGCUUUAGGGCUUCACACUUGCUGCUAUUGUUGACUUAAUUUUCAAUGCUGAGAGACAUUCUUCAUGUGUCAUGAGACAAGGCCCAUAAUACAUGCUACAUAUGCUUUCUGUCAGACUUAAACAAGGCCUAUUUUGUUCUGAGAGAAUAAUGUCUUAGGAAGAAUUUUCCAGAAGCAAUCACUGACUUUAAAGUAGGUUGUUUCUCCCUUUAAUUGUCAUGUUAAAAAGUGCUUGUUGUCAUAGCCCCACUCCCAGUGUUUUAUUGAAGGUGUAUUCUGCAAUAUAUUCUUGACGCAAUAAUCAUGCACUAGCAGUAGAUUCAGUCUGCUUUAUUUUGUUUUGCAAUCCUUUCCCAACACCAACACGUUUUUACUAUCCAGGGGGACUAUAAUGCAAACAAAAGUAUGACAAAAAGGUGAGAUAUAUCUGGUAUAAAAAUUCACAGGAUUUUAGCAGGAUGUGCACUGAUUGGAAAUUAAACAGUGUUAUUGCCCUGAAACAUUUGCACAUGCCAACGGUGUUGAAAGCAGAAUUGCAUGUGACUGCCCUGAUGUCUGGAAAGAUGUCAGCUGUGGGGCUGGGGAAAUAGCCUCAUGGGGCAAAUUGGACCCCUCAGUGGGUCAAGACUGGCCCAUGGGCCAGUGGUUCCCCACCGCUGCUAUAGACCUAGACAUGUUUUCAUUGCAGCCAUACUUCUUCAGGUCUUGGAACCCAGUUUCGAAAAAUAUUUUAAAACAUCUCCAUAUUUUCUCACACAGUACAAUGGCAAUGAUGUAAUGUGUGUCUCAAAUAUGGGUUUAUUUAUUCAGAUAUUUUCAUAGCCCAGGGCAGCUGGGAGAGCUUAAGAUUUAGCUGCUUGACAUUUUGAAAUGGUUGUUGUUCUUUUUAACAAGAAAAAUAAUAAUAAACAGAUGCUUGGCCACACUAUUUGAUUGUAAGUUCAAGUUCACCCCUCAUACAAUAACUUUUCACUUCCCAUCCCAAUCUUGGGGGGAGGCUUUCAGCUCCACUUUCCCAUUCCUAUCCCCAUACAGUGGUACCUCUGGUUACGAACUUAAUUCAUUACAGAGGUCCGUUCUUAAGCUGAAACCGUUCUUAUCCUGAGGCACGCUUUCGCUAAUAGGCGCGAUUUUCAUUCACAUCCUGGGCAAAGUUUGCAACCAGGAGUAGCUACUUCUGGGUUAGCAGAGCUCGUAACCUGAAACAUUCGUAACCAGAAGCGUUUGUAACCAGAGGUACCACUGUACAUGCAAAAAACUUCAAUGGUGCAUGUUUAACCCAUGUUUUAAAAAAAUGCAAAAGUGGCCAUUUCUCCACAGGACAGAGCCUGUCGUUUUUGUAAGCGAAUUGCAGUCAUGGCUCCAACCAUUAUGUUUAAGCAUUUCUAGUGGGAAAUGCAUACAAAUGAAUGCAGUUACUCUAAGAUUAUUCUGACAGUACAGCCCUUAAUGUGAGAAUGGCACUACAAACACAGGGCAAAGCAAAUCUCUAUUUAUGCACUUGCUUUGAUUCUGUUUUGCAUGGGAUAAUCACCCUUGCUGGAAAUCCCCCUACAUGGUGUUCUCCUGAUCCCCUCAGAGCCAGUUUUGGGAGUCACAUGGGAGGAAAAGAGGGUAGGAAGCCCCAUUGCUCAAGAGAAAGGCCUUGUGCAAGGCUUCCACCAAUGGGGCAUGCUAUGCUUAUCCUACCUGUAUAAUAUGUUUCUAGGAUGAAAGCUGGUUCACAUUUUGCAUGUUGUUAUUUAGUAUGCACACCAGAGUAAAAAAUGCCUAUGUGCACCAAGUGUAAAUAUACACAUGGAAACAGCAGACUCUAUGAGGAGAACUAAAUCAGGAGGUUUGUGAAGCAUCUGCUAGGCUGCCAUGCAUUUGUAUGAUAGAUGCAUUUGGCUUGAUGUGUUACAAUCUGAGCUGGGCCAAGCCACGGGAAUAAAUCUACUGCCUUUUUGUAUGUGUUAGUACAAUUUUUUUCCCAGUUUUAAUGAGGGAAUUGGGUGUAUUCUUUGCUGUAUCUUAAUGAAGUAGAGAUCUGUUAUGUCAAUUGAAUUUGACUACCCUCUAAGCUAAUAACAAUGUUUUUUUUAAAAGGCAAAGUAGGUUGUUGGACAUCAUUUGCUUCAAAUUAUCUCAUUUGUCUCUAUGAGCUUCCAGGUUGAUUGCUUUCUUGUUUGUUUUUGCUAUUUCCUCAGGUACUGAGGAAAGGUUAAUUGAACAUUAAAAAUCCUUGGUUUCUCUCCAUCCACCCCACUCUCCACUACUUUUCUUUUUUCCAGUAAAUCUACUUCUACAAGAUAGACACUUUUGCAGAGACACUGUGGCCUGGUUCUCCUGUAUUUCCACAUCUGAUUACUACCAUUUAAACUGAGCUUACUUUGGAUCUGCUCUGCAUCUGUCACAUUGUGCCUACCAAGGUCAAACAUAAGAGCACACAUUCAUGGUCAUUCAUGGUGUAGAGAAAGGGGACAUAUUUUUUUUCUCUUCCCCUCCUAAUGCCAGAAUCAAUGAAGCUGAGCACUGGAAGAUUCAUGGCAGGCAAAAGAAAGAACUUCAUGUGGCACAUAGUUAAACUGUGAUGUUUUAUCAAACUAGAAGUAGUGAUUCCCACCAACUUGGAUGGCUUUAAAAGAGGAUUAAAUAUAUUCAUGGAGGAUAAAGCUAUCAAUGGCUACUAUCCUCUUUUCAAAACUUUACUAUUUAGUUUUACUAAUUUCAUCUCAGAGGGGUGCAUCUUAUUUUAUAUUUAAUUAGGAAUCCCAAGUUUGAGAAUAUUAUGGUCAGCCAUGCAACAUCGCAAUACACAUGGGGUCUUUCCAUAUAUUCCAGUAGCACAACUUGGCAGACCAAAAACAUAGCCUCUGGUUUUUCUUCAUUUCCCACCCAUUAGGAGCAAAGAUACAAGACCAUGUCAGGGAUAAAUUAGCAACAAUUUUAUUAACAUACAGAGAUCUGCAAGGAGUGAAACUAUAUUGGGAACAGGCCAACAUCCCUUCAGUAUAGAACACUGAACUUCUGGUGUAAGCUGUAAGGAUUCUUCUCCCACUGUCUACUUGUCAUUGGUGACUCUACCCUGACUAGUCCACUGAAUGACGUGUGUGUCCCCUUGACCCUGCUCACCUUAACAAUGUGGUUUCUACACACACAUCCCAUCUCUCCACCCUCCAUCACUCAAGCAAAAUGCAUUAUCAAUGUUCAAUGAAAGUUUCAAACCAAUUAAAAGCUCUUGAAGAGAGUGUGAAGCAGAACCAAGAAGGAGUUUGUUUUGGGGAAGGGACAUGGCCUGGGAAGACUCUCAAGGGCUGGAUAGACCUGAUUGGUAUAUUUUGCUCCUUGGCUGGAGGUUCUCCACCCCUAUUAUACAGACACCUGUCCAUGGUGUCUCUCCAAAUGCAUUUGACAUGUGCAUUUUACCCUGCAUAUUGAAUGCCUUGUUGUACUCCUCCAUUUGGAUGAUCAUAAACAUUGUCAUCUUCAUCCCAGGUUGGUGAUUUAUCCUGAACUGGAUGUUCCUUAGCUCCUGUUGACUUUACCCCAACAACCAUUUAAAAAGCUGUUCUGCCAUCUUUUUGAUUUUCAGUGCCAUCAGUUUGUUAGUUCUAGUUUUUCAAGUGGAUCCUUCCCCUUUGGUUAAGCCCAGGCUUCUCCCAGAACAUACCCCAACGCCUAAUAAAUCUGAACCUCUUCUGAUAACACAACUGUAUUGUCCAUGUAUUUACUCUAGUAAGAAGGACAAUUCUAAUUCUUGCUACCUCCUUAAGUUUUUGUGGGGUUUUUUGUGUGUUUUUUUUAACUCUAAGGGUCUUCUGAGGACAUGAUUUAAUUGCCUUUGCUAUGUCAUUCCUAGCAUUACAAUUUGCAACAUUUAUAAUCAAAGUCAAUUGAAAACUAGCAAUUUCUUUAAUGUGAUAACUUUCUGUUUUUCCACAUUUCACCUCUUGGAAAGAUGUGAUAAAACUACAAGUUUGAACUUUAUCCCACUGCAAAAUAAAUAAGCCAUCAUGAAUCGCCCACCAUUUGCCUGUGGGACAGGCCUGGGGAAAAGUGAUAUUUAAUAUUGGGAGUCAAGUCUGAGCUGGGAAGAGAAGGGUCAUUGCUACCUAAAGAAAAACCAGGGUUUCAGCCAUAGUUGCCUGAAUCUUAGCCACUAUUCAAAAGGAAGAAUAGCAGGCAGCAUUACUGACCCCUCUAAGUGUUUAGUACUUUAUAAUUCCAUCUUCCAGCAGCCUGUACCUGGGUGCAUUUCAGGCAAACGAAGUAUUCAUGUGGAGUGGUGAAAAGCUUCAAAUGUACAAUUAAAUUUUUACUGCAAGUUGUAAAAUAGACAGCCCUUUUACAGUAUCUAUCUGCAUCUUGGUUUGUAUCUGUCAAAGAGAGAGAGAGAGAGAAGCGUUUCCAAAGUGCCAAAGACAUCCAGCAAUAUCUUGUGCUAUUAGAGUUCAUAUGUAUUCAACGAUGCAAAUUGUUGUAUUUGCAUUUCACAACAAUGUGGUUUGUUUGCUCUUCUUUUUUAGAAUUAUUUUUGCAAGUCAUUAUAAUAAGAUUUAUCUCCUGAAGAUUACCCCAAUCAGUUGAUUUAAACUCUUCCUGCAAACAUACAUUUGUGGCAGAAAACAAUAACAUUGCUAUACUUUGGUUUUUAAUCCAAUACAGUUGUAUAAGCAAUAUAACCUUAACAUAGAAUGGGAAUUGUAAGCUGAUGAUGUGCAGUUCUAGACUUUUAUCUGUUACAUAAAAGCUAAUAUCAACAUUUAUUAUAUUAUAUUAUAUUGUAUGUAUGGGGGGCGGGGAGAGAAACCUACCUGGGUUUUGAAUAGCCUGAGAUCUGACCAGACUUUGAUAGAGGUCCUAAAGUGCUCAUGCUCUACCGGACAUUUCUAGGAUGGCUAGAGAUUCCCAACAAAGUGCCCUUGGACACCAUGGCAUCCCUCCUUGGUACCUGCCAAAACUCCUUGCAUCUCCUCAUUAUUUUCUUUAAAUUACUUUGGUGGAGAAGUGCCUAGGUGUCUUUCCUGUUACCUGGGGAUUUGGUUGCCUCUGUUCAUAUUUCCUUUUUUUAAUAAUUUUUAUUCAUUUUAAAACAUAUUGUUUAACAAACAUUCCACCAAAUUUCACCUCUUAUACAAUCUUUUUGGACUUCCAUCAGCGCCUCUGUAGAUCUUCCAUUUUAUAAUUUCUUCUGCAUUUCAUAUUGCCUUUAAUUAUCUUAACUAAUAUUAUCCUUUUUGUUCAAUAGUGCAAUAAUACAAAUUAUUCUCCUCACAAAACUUCCUGCAAACCUACAAAUGUAAUCUGGUCAUCACAAUUACUUUUCAUAUAGUCCGUAAAUUUACGCCUAUCUUCUGUGAAUCUCUGGUCCCUCCGGUUUCGAAUUCUUCCCGUUAGUUUAUCUAAUUCUGCAUAGUCCAUCAAUUUCAUCCUCCAAUCUUCUUUCGUUUGUAGUUCUUCUUGCUUCCAAUUUUGUACCAGUAAUAUUCUUGCUACCGUCAUUGCGUACAAAAACAACUUACACUCAUUUCUAUUUAUAUCCUCCCCUCCAAUGCCUAAUAAAAAUGCUUCAGGUUUUUUAAUAAAUGUAUAUUUCAAUACUUUUUUCAUCUCGUUAUAUAUCAUUUCCCAAAAGUUUUUCACCUUUUUAGCCUCUGUUCAUAUUUCCUGUAGGGAUGGACAAAUCAAUCGAUUUCUGGUCCUUGUCACUUUUGCAAAAAUUCACCUAUGAAUUUUUCCCAACCAAAUAUUGUGAACCAUCAGGAAUUUGAUACUUCAGCUUUUCCUACUGAAACACAGUGAUGUCAUUCACCAGAAAGGCCACUUUACAAUGUCAUAUAGGUCACAUUUGGCUUCAUGGGUUCUAGUUGUGGAGACUUGUUGUUAAACUCCUCAAGCAGGAAUUAGCUGCGCGAAGCCUCCACAGGGGAGCAGGGAGCCUUCAUCCCGCUCCCCUGCGGAGGCUUAGUGGGCUAUCCCAGAAGCCAGAACAGCAAGAGGGAGCGCUGCGCAGAGCUCCCUCUAGCUGUUCUAGCUUCGCACGAAGCCUCUGCAGGGCUGACCCUUCCCCCACCUCCCAGAAAAGCCCGCAAGAGCCGUGCUCCCUUUAAAGAGUGUGUGGCUCUUGCAGGAGGUGGGGGGAAAGCCAGGAGGCUUGCUUUCGCUGAAGCCAGGAGGGCAAGAGGGAUCGGUGCGCACCAAUCCCGCUUGCUCUCCUGGCUUCAGGGAUAGCCCCGCAAAGCCUCCUGAGCAAAGAGGGAGGAGCGCUCUCUCUUAGCUCAGGAGGCUUUGUGUUGCUUUCUUAUUUCUUGUUUUCCUCCCCUAAAAACUAGGUGCGUCUUAUGGUCUGGUGCAUCUAAUAGAGCGAAAAAUACGGUAUGACAUUUUACCUGUGAAGAUGUGCAACCACCCCACAUACCUAGACCUUGUCUCUAUUGCUGCAGGAAAGCUCAUUUCUUUCAGGACAUUGAAUGAAGAGCCAUGGGUAUUUACACAUAUCUUCCUUUGCUCCCAAUGCAUUGUGUACCAUCCAAAGUUAGCCUUUUUAUUCACAAAUCUUCUACACUUAAGAAACUUCUUUAUGUCCUCUUAAUGACCUUGCCUCUUAAUGUGUUCUUGUAGAAAUCUUGCCACAUAACUGAUAUAUGAAUCAAGAGAGUUGUCCUGAAAUGAUUCUAGGGAAUCCCAAUGGGACAUAAUCUGAAAUAUUACUAUACGUUUAAAUAGAGCCAAAUUUAAUAGGCUGGAACAUAAACACCAAAAACAGUGUAACUCAAAUGCAAAGCUUGUUUCAAAGUGCAAUUCCCUGCUGGAAAAAUAUCCUAUAUAAAGCAAUAUUGUGCCAUCAAUAUUUAGAAUUUAUUCAAAGGGAGAAGGGACACCCAGAAUUAUCAUGCAGUAUAUUUGUUUCUACAGAAACUUAUUUUGCUUAUUGAAUAAUUUAAAUUUUAAUAUAAUACCAAACCUCCCAAUUUAUUUUGUUUCUUUGUUUCAAUCUGCCUGACACACAAAAAACCCACAACAAUCCCACGGGGCUUCCUCAGAUAUCUAGGUGAUAAUUAGUUUUCAUAAACAAGUUACUCACCAUAUACUGUAUAUAUAUGUGGUUUUUGUCUUGCAUUCUCAAUUAUUUUUGAAACCCAUAAAGUAAUUCUUCAAACAUUUUUUAUGAUUAUAAUGAUGAUUCUUUAGUUUUACAUUGCUGCUGAAGGCAACAAAAUCUCUAUAUCAUUCAUACUGAAUAAAUAAGGAGUGAUUUAUGCAACCAUAUUUUUUUGUUGUAGUUGCAAUUAUUGCAUGAUAGUUUGGCCGUCUGCAGUACUUCUCACCUGUGGCUCAUCAUGAACAGAACCUUGCAUUAGUAAAUGCCAUAAAAGACCAGAAGAUGUUAGAGAUGCACCUUCCUUAAGACAAGUUAGUGCACGAUUGCAGCUUUGCGUAGGGUAAAAUAAAUAAAAUGAGAGUGAGUUUCCUCCACUCCCUAUUUAUUUCCCCCACCCACUCACCGACGCACGAAAAGUUGCAUUCAUGUAAAUUAAAUUAAGUGCUAGAUGUGAGUUACCUGUACUGCAAAUCAUUGGGAACAUAAGUAACCCACAUUUUCUCUCUCUAAAAACCCCCUCUUAAGAUCAAGAAUAUCUUUUUUAUGUCUGAUAUGUCCCAAUUACUAAUAGAAGCAUAUUAGGCUCCAUUUUCCUUUCAAACGUGCAACCAUUUGUCCUUUUAAGAUGUCUACAAUUUAGGGAAACAUUUCUUCCAAGUUAUUCCCCACCCUACUCUUCUCUAUCAUUGGGGGUAAAAGAGGUUACUGGUCCAAAGCAUGCUCGUGUCACUUCAAUUACCACUCCAAGAUAUACACCCAGACCUUCCAUGAUUUGUCUGAAAGAGAGCACUCUUGUUGGAAAAAGAAAAACAGCAUGAGCAGUCACCUUUAAUGCUAAAUUGAGAAUCACUCUGUGUUCUAAAUUACAUGAAAAGAAUCCAAAAAAUAUUUCCCCUAUGUAUUGUUCUACGAAGGGGAAGCACUUACAAUAAUUAAAAAGAUGCCUACAAGAAAAUUCAUUAGGCAAUCUUUUAUCACAACAGCAAGAGCAGAAAGUCAGUGGUGCACAAUGUUUAAUUAAUCUGUUAAAAUAAGGAUAUUAAUACAAUGAUGAUCGUAAAAAUCAUAUUAACAUUCAGACUCCUGCAGAGAUUCCAUUAACCUUGCCUUCAAGCAACAGAAGCAUAUGUCAAGUUGUUCCAGCCUCUUUGGUACAAAUGGGCAGAAUAUUUCUUAAUCCACGAACCAGUAACAUCAGAAUCUAUAAAUUAAAACAAGCCACUGCUACCUGAGAUGGCUCUGUGAGGUCAUUGCCAUGAACUGUAAGAGGUAAUCAUUCAUAAUACAUGGGCGAUGUGGAUUACAUUAAAUGAGAGCAGCACAUGUACAGUAUAUGCACAUCUGGAGCAGAUGAGCUAAAAUAUAUUUUAGAAAACAAAUUGCAAAGUUCUUUACUGGAUGGGGAAACACUUUUCUGCUGAAAUCCUAUUUGCAUGCAAUUGGACUUAUUUCUGAAUAGGAUAGCACUGUUAAACAUAUUAAAAAUGUGUUUUCUAAAAAUACAUUUCCUAUCCAAUCCUAACCAAUUGUUCCACCCUGUCCCAUUCAUUUGCCUGCCCAAAUUAAUGGACUCAGGCUUCUGUGACUGUACCUGUAAACCUUCUUCAUGUCCCUGUCACCUGUUUAUCUGCUAUUAUAAGAAAUAUUGUAAAUAACAUUCAUAAAGUUAUACUCUUCUUAAGCUUUCAGAAAGGCUCUGUGUGUUCUUAAUAAAUAAAGGCUAUUUAUCUUAUAUACUUGAUGAAAAUAUUGAGAUAAAAAAACCAUUGCAAACAAAUGUAAAUGCAUAUGAAAUAUACAUAAUACUUUAAUAGAAUCUGAUUACAAUUAGAAGCGAACAGUAUGUAUCUAUUUAUAUACAAAGCAGAAUGAUGCAAACACAGUGUAUAUACUGCAUUAGCAAAAUACCAACCAACUGAACAAAUGUCUCUCAUAAGAUAUUGUAGAGGACAAAAAUGUCAGCAACCUAAACAAAUAUGUUUAUAAAUAUCACAAAGUAUAACAAACCAAAAAAUAUAGCAAACUGUGACAAACCCCAAAUGCAAUUGGACCCUGAUCUUUCUCAGUGGUCCCUUCCAACUCUACAAUUCUAUAAUACAUAACAUAUAAAGUUGUCAUAACCAUGCAUCUAAGUGAAAUAUCAUGAUGAUUAAACAUUCAUCCUUCAUGAUACUUGCAAAAUCUAUUUGCAAAUACCUUAAGAUAAUUCAGCUAGCACACCUUCAAACCAUGUUGCCAUGAUCCCCUAUCUGGCCCCUAGCAGGUAGAAAAGAGCAGUGUUUGCAAUCAAUGGUUCAAAACCCUUGCUGGCAGAGUUAGCUUAAAGGGAUAUCCCCAAUAUUUCUUCAGAAGGGUAUAAUUAUUUCCGAUGAAAAUACACAACACAUUUAAAUAAAAGCAUUAUGGCCAGCAAUCUGUCAUGCACCUGCUGAAAUUCCCUCUUAUUCCCAACUAUAAAAAGUGUGGGAGCAAAGUCUGAUAUUCCUGAUAGGUUUUUUUAAAAAAUCCCUCCUUUAAACAAAUCCAAAUCUUUAUCUGGAUGCCAUAAAUUCUGCUCUUUAAACUGUUAGACCUUCAUGCCACAGCAUAAUCUACUUCUGAAAGUUCCCUUGUUUUCAUGUGGCUUGUCCUGCAACAUUAUAGACUUUAUGCAAAGCAGAACUUCCUUGUAUGCUAAUCUAGUCGGGCAGUCCUUUGUGUUCUGCCCUCUCAUUUUCUAGCAAGUCACAUUGGAUAUCAUCCUGUAUACACACUGUUUACCUUACUGAAAUAUACUCAGAGUCGAGUGUGAAUUUCAUGCUCUUUAUUCAACUCAUAGUAACAAUGAAUGAAGCUUUCCCCAAAACAUCUAGCUAUAUAUACGUUAUUUACACAAUGGGCCCCACGUGACUGGCUAAUUCCGGGCAGCUCCUGUAGGCCAAUCAGGUUGCUGAUUCACUUCAUCCAGGAGCCUGAUUGGCUGCUCCUGCAGGCCAAUCAGGUCCUUGAUUCACUUCCACCUGGAGCUGGAUUGGGUGGUUCCUGCAGACCAAUCAGACUGCUGCAUUCUGGAUCCUAUUGUUCUAGGAUUCAGCUCAGUACAUAACACCAUCAUAGCGCAGCUCAGAUGCUUGCCUCCAUGCAUCAACCUGGAAACUGUGCAGAGUGCCCAAUCAUAAGCACAGCUGUAUGUGCCUAGACCCACCCACCCCCUUUCCAGACAUCAUGCUGAAUUGUGUAUGUGCUUAGUUUGCAGUAUCAGGAGCAGGGCUGCCUCUCCUGCCACACACAUUUCGUAUAUGCAUGGAGACAAGCUUCUGAACAGCUCUCCUAUUUCCACACAUUAUAAACUAAAAAAAGUAUUAGCGAGGAGGUGGUCCUGCAAUUGGGAAGAAGCUUUAUCCAAAUCCAUGCUUGUAUAAUUCGUGCACAAAAUAACAGGGAUGCAACAAAUUCCCCUUCUUAAAAUGGGUUUUCAUUCAGUGAGUCAUCUGCCACAUCCUUCUAGCCACCAUCGACAUCCAUCCUAAUGAGAGAGCGCUCUGAGAGCAUGCUCCGCUGAAAAUAACACAAUGAUACAUCUGAAUGCCAAUGAGUUGUCAUUGUGUAUGACCUACAGCUAAUUAUUUCUUCUAUGCUUCACUUAGGACACUAAUUUACACUAUCAGGUUGAUAAUUGUCAAAGCUUACAAAUGGAUUGGUAAGCUUUAUUAUCCAUGCAAUGUAUUUUUAAAGUCUUGAAAUGUUCAUGUGUACAUAGCAGACUGUGGGUUGUUUGUGCAGAGAGAAUUUGCUGUAGUGGUAGUACACAGUGCUCCUAAAAAUAGGGUGAUAUGAUACUAGUUUUAACAAUCCUUGCUGAGUCACCAUUAUUGGAGACCUCUCUCCUCAAAUCAUGUUUUCAUAAAAUUAAUGAAAAAUGCAAUGGUAUAACAUUCUGCUCCUAAUUACUUAGUUCAAUCCAGCAUCCUGUUUCUUGGUUGUGUUAGGCUAUAAAGAACUGGAGUAGCCAGUCCACAGGUCGCAUUACAACUCCUGUCAUUCCUGUUCAGUAGCCAAGCCGACUAGGACUGAUAGGAGUUAUAGCCUGACACCUGAGGAGCACAAUGUUGACUACCACAGAUAUAGAUAGUUCCUAAUAAUUUUGCAUUGCAAUCAUAUACAAGUCUUCCCCUGAAAUGAAUCUCAUUGUGUUCAAUGGGGCUUACUCCCCCACCUACCCAAGUGCAAAUAGUAGCCAUGGCUAACCCUGCGUUUGUGGAAAUUUUCCAGGCUCCAAAGGCCCCCACUGACUUUGGUGGCAGUGUCAAAACAUUUUUUUAAAGUAUAUAUACAGUAGAAUGUGUGAAUGGGCAGUGUCCCAAUGGAGAUAAAUGUUUCCCCUACUCAGUCAUCAGACUGAUCAUUUGAUGAACAGGGUGGGGUGAUAACCCUCCCCUCACAGUUGAUCUGCAUUGAUCAGAUAAAGAGGGGACUGGGUGCCUGGGAGUGUGUUUACCUGGGUGGGUGGGUGUGCAUGAGAGAAGGUGAAGUAGAUUGCUGGGCUGGGUUGCACCCAGAGGUUGGCCAAAGGUGAAUGCAUCCCACAGCUCAAAAGAAAGGGCAGCCCUCCCUGUUGUAUAGGACCAUAGCAUAUUUAUUUUAUGUAUGUGUAGUUCAAAUAGCAUACGUAUAAAAGUGGAAGACAAAUACUAUUACUAAUAAGCUAUAGAACAGGGAUGUCCAACAGAUCGAUCACGAUCUACUGGUAGAUCCCCAGGAGGUUUUGGUAGAUCGUGGUCGAUCGCUGGGUUCCUUUCCUUAGAAUCUGCCCCCGCCCCCUCACCCUGCCCUCCAUUGUUAUACGAUCUGCAGAACGGAAAACGGAGUUUACUCAGCGAGGCUGUUGGUGAGUGGCUGUUCCCCUUUCUCCCUACAAUGGGCCACAGUUUAGCCUUGAACUCCCAAAAAUUGGUGCUUUCCUUCCUCCAACCUAAAAAAAGCUCAACAACUUUGGCACCUUGACCUGAACUCCAAAAAAGGGGGUAGAUCACUGCCAGUUUUUAAUUCUGUGAGUCUCUUGGGAGCUGGCCACCCCUGCUAUAGAACAUAAUAGCGACAAGUGAAAAAAAGAAAGAAAAGCAUUUAGAAAAAAUGCUAUCAAAGACUGAAACACAUGGAUAAAUUAAAUGUGCCAUGAUAUGAAUAUACAUCAGUACAAUGACAAUACAACAAAUGGCAAAGUGAAGGGUAAAGUCUACUGUGGGGGGCGGGGAAAAGGCCUGACACAAAAUAUGUGGAUUCGAAUAGUGGGGUAUUGUUACAGGCUAAUUAGGGAAGUUGUCACAUUUUCAGAUCUAGCACCAUUUACUGGUCCAGAGGAAACUUUGUAUGAUCACUGACUGCAAAAUCUCCUGUAACAAGUGUAUAAAUAUUAUAUUAACAUGCAUCUGAAUAAUCCUACCUCAGUACCUCAUGUAUUUUAGUAAUUUUCCCCUAAAUGUUUAAGAACAUUUCAGAGAUAAAAAGUAAGAAAAAAUAUGCCGCCACCUUAAUCAUUAUCCUUCCUAUAUUGCCUCUUUCUCCCUCGCCUAGGACAAAGUACAGUGGUACCUCAGGUUAAGUACUUAAUUCAUUCUGGAGGUCCAUUCUUAACCUGAAACUGUUCUAAACCUGAAGCUAAUGGGGCCUCCUGCUGCCGCCGUGCCACUGGAGCACGAUUUCUGUUCUCAUCCUGAAGCAAACUUCUUAACCCAAGGUACUAUUUCUGGGUUAGCAGAGUCUGUAACCUGAAGCGUAUGUAACCUGAAGCAUAUGUAACCUGAGGUACCACUGUACUCAAAACAUACAAAAUAUCAUUACCUCAAAAGUGUUCUUUCAGUCUCUAAUGUGGGAAAUGCACUAAGAGGAUUUUUUUUAACUUAUUCAGAAAUAAUGAUUGAUGCCAACAUAUGGCAGUCCUGUUAAAGGUUACUGAAAGAGUAUCAAUGAACACAAAGCCUGAUUCAUGACAAAGUUCAGUUUAUCACACCUGAAAAUGAAUAAAUCAUGCUUAAUGAACCACUGUCUUCCUGGAAAGCUGCUCCUUAUUUUCUGCAGAAUACACCAGCCUAGUUGGAGAAACUAGCCCCUGGUGCCGGUUUUUAAAACAUUCAGAGUGUGCUAAUGAUUAACCAAUUAUUCAAGGGAGAAUUAUAAUGCAUUCAAAUGAGAAGUUUCCAUGUAAAAAGUUUUAUACAUAUGACUUUCCUUCCUGUUGAAUAGUAUAUGACAAACUUUGGUUUGGAUCCUAAGAGAAGGUAACUUAAGGCGGUUCAUGUUAGGAACGUUUCCUGUCUUCUUACAUACCCUCCAGCAUUUUGUUGAUGAAAAUCAGGAUGCGUGUCUUUGGGGGUUAGAUUAGAUGACCCUUGGGGGCCCUUCCAAUUCUACAGUUCUAUGAUCUAUGGACCCUGUGAGGCAAGUUGGGGCUGUGUGCAGCUUGCCCAAGGUGGUCUCCUCAGCCAAUGGAGGUCUCAUCUUCCCUCUCUUUCUUUUCUCCCUCUGCUUCUAUCCUUCCUCAUGUGGUCUUUUCCACCCCGAUAGCUUUCCCAUCUGCCACACUGUCUGCCUUUACUGUCUGCUCCCUGACUGAGAAGAACGCUCAGGGUGGGGGUGUUGAUGGGCGCUGUGUGCCCCCCGGUCGCCUUCUUGGAUAUUGUGAGGAGGAAAUUCCACAUGGGCAGUUCCCUAAAAGUCUGUCAACGGCCUUGAUUGGAUCCCAGCGGACAUCGUGGAAGGGGAACACCCUGUCAGCCUUCAUCGCCAGGCACGCAAACCAUGCUGCCCACUUGGCCCUGCCUCUGCCACUUGCUUUCCCUCCACCAACUGGAAACAAUAGCUGCAUUUUGAACUCUUCAGACAGAGUUUCAGACAGACGGCUUCAUACAGGAGGCGUGAGGGAUCUGACAGGGUCCUAGAGUCCGCCCUCCUUCUUCCCAAAGCCUAGUAUUUUGGAUGGAGCAAGGCAGAAAGUGUAGCAGCUGUAGGGAAUGUGUCCAUCCCACUGAAAUAGUGGCACUUGGAGGGUAUUUUCUUAAUUUCAGAAGCCACACCCUUAUUGUUCAGGAUGGCCCCGAUGCAGAGUAUAUUUUCAGGAGUAGAGGGCAACAAGUUAGAAUAAUGUGCACAAGCUUCCUUCAGUUAUGAUAUUUUAGGAUUCAAGUUUAUGUUUUCAAUUGCUGCUGCACAGCAGAAUAUUUGUAAGGCUGGGUUCUGAUAAUUGCAAUGAUCACAUGAAAAGCAUACUUCCAUUAUUCAAACCAGACGGUAGCAAUAGUUCUUGUGACUACUGCUAUCAGAUAGAUUGAAUAGGUUUUGGAAAGCAACUGCAUUUUCCAAUGAGGAGCCUGCUCUACUCAUGUAGGCUCCCCAUGCAUCUUGCAAACCCUGAAAAAUUCUGCAAGGAGUCUACAUGUAUACAGCAUGCUCCCCACUACAAGGGGUCACCUUCCCCCUUGUGCAGAAUGACUGGGAAUGUGAUGGUCAGCCCUGGGUAAGUCUAUCCAUCCAUUUCCUCUUCUAUGCAAGUGCCUGCUUAGGGUUCUUGUGUGCUUGCUAUUUAGAGGAAAGCAACAGGGUAUUUGCAGCAGUGCUUCUAAUUGCUUAUGUUGAAGCUAAGAAUAACUCAAACAUUAUUUAUGAGUAUAUCCAGAGACGAGCACCUAUUCUGUAGAAUUGAAAUAUGACAAUGUGUUGUUCCAAUAAGAAAGAGAGGGAGGGGUGAGACUACAAUUAAAGAAAGUAUAAUGCAACACUUGGAUAAGAAGCACCUGCUAAGGUCAAAUCAUCCAUUUUUGUAAGGCAAAAUUAUUUGCCUGACCUGUCUGAACUUCUUGAAAACGUUAAUAAAAUGGAAACUAUAAGAAAUCAAGCAUACCUAAUUCAUCUGAAAUUUCCCAGUGUUUCCUUUCAAAGGGAUAUUAAGGAAAAUGUGAAAUAAGAGAUUAAGUCAUAUCAUGACAUACAGUGGUGCCUCGCAAGAUGAAAUUAAUCCGUUCCGCGAGUCUCUUCGUCUUGCGGUUUUUUCGUCUUGCGAAGCACGGCUAUUAGCGGCUUAGCGGCUAUUAACGGCUUAGCGGCUUAAAGAAAAAGGAAACAAACUCGCAAGAACUCGCAAGACAUUUCGUCUUGCGAAGCAAGCCCAUAGGGAAAUUCGUCUUGUGGAACGACUCAAAAAACGGAAAACUCUUUCAUCUAGCGAGUUUUUCGUCUUGCGAGGCAUUCGUCUUGCGGGGCACCACUGUAUUAGUAUUUCAACCAUACUAAGUGGUUGUGAUGGCUUCUUGCGCUGGAUCUCAUUUCUCCAUCGUCCAGCCUUGUCCCUGCAUUCCUGAUUAGAUAUUAGAUAUACCUCUUCGAUUUUCCAAGUUUCCCUGAAGAAGUAGAAGUCAAAUCCCUAUGUCCAUCCUCUGUCGGCCACCUAUGACAGGUGGGUGGGAUCACCUACCUGUCAAUUGCUUGGUGUCAAAGUUCAAAGGCAAUUGCUGCAACAACCCAUUAGCUGUUGAGUGCUUUCAGUGAGCUCCUUUGAGGAUGCACUCCCAGUGCCAAUCAGUUGAUUGACAGUGGGAGCAUGCCUUCAGAGCCACUUGUCCCAUUAGAGUGAAGCAGUUGGUCUUGAAACUGCAUGCUAAAAUUGAGCUAUUUUCCAUUGUGAGUGUGGGGUUUUUUCCUGUUUUAGCAAGCCAUUUCAGUGCAAACCACUUCACGCUAAUGAAACAUGCCUCUUUGAAGGCUUGCUCCCCAUGGCUCUCCCUGUCAGCACAAAUCAGCUGAUCUUCUUUAGGAGCUGUCUGUGGUGGUUAGACUUACAUGAGGGGAUCGGGGGCUUUUUUUACAAUCUGAUGAAUGUCUUGGGCUUUGCUUUUAAUUAUUUUGUUUUUCAUAUAUUGCAUUUUACUAUUAUUGGUAAGUCGCCUUGAGACAUUUGUGUAAAUCAACUAAUAACAAAAGCAGCAGCAACAACAUACUCCUGCCAUGUUACACCCGUUCCGCUACUGCUCUUUUCCAGAAAAUCUACCUUUUUUUAACACCAUGGAGCAGCUGCACAAUUUCCCACAUCUGUUCCAUAAAUUUUCUGAUCUAGUCUGGUUGUAUGGAUUGUUCUAGCCAUUUCCUUCUCUGUGGUCCUUCACUCCUUUCUAUGAAUCAACACUUCAUCCUUUCCCUUUUAAAAUAGCAUGGGUUUUAUGUCUAUUUCUCUUUCCCCUUAAAUUACAGCAAGAGGGGGGUGGUUGCAUGACCAUGAAUGCAAUGAGGGGGAAGGGAGUAUUUAACCCUUUCCCAUCACUCUAUGGUUCCAGUGAGCCCUUCCCCCACUCAUAACAAUUGGGUGUGGGUAUAUGAGAACUUGAGUGCUCAACUAACGCAUCUAAAGCAGCCAUCCAGAUUAGAUCUCUAUAUGCUAAGAAUCAGGCUCAAUCAAUCAAGAUAGCUUUGAGACUCUUUCAAAUGAAAGUCCUCCCCUUCUUUUGGUGGGCAUCUCUUUAGGCUCCCGUAGGGAUUUUUUGAAACUGGAUUCUAUCCAAACGCGAUUCCUUAGAGCCAUCCUUAGGAUUCCCCCCUCGGUAGCGGGUGCGGUUAUGAGAUUAGAGGUCGGCUGGCAAGCUCUAUGGUAUGUGGCCUUGAAGACGAAGCUCUGGCUAUGGCUCAAGCUUUGUUUUAAACCAGUGGGUACUGCCCCCUUGAUAUUGAGGGACGAUUUCCAAUCAUCGUGGGAAAGGGAGGUCAUUAAUGAGGUUCAAUCCUGUGGAUUGUCUCUCCUUUACUUUGAGUCCAUGACGUACAAUCAAGCUAGAGCUGUGAUCUCCCGGAGACUGAGUGACAUUGCCAGACAAGAGGACAUAGCCCAGGUAAAACCAGGGAUGUUCCUAGGGGACCAGAUUUAUCGGACCAUACCAGCCCCCUACCUUGCAGAAAUCCACUAUGUGGAAUACCGUAGACUUCUUACAGCGGCUAGAUUCAAUGUCCUUGACUCUGCGAUAUUGUGGGGAAGGUACAGGGAAGUACCAUACGCCCAGAGAACCUGUCAUUGUGCCAUGGGUGUGGUUGAGUCCACCGAACACAUUCUCUUGACUUGCCCUUCCUAUGCAGAGCUUAGACAAAAUUUUAUAGACCCACUCUUAUGUCAAUUCAGCUUCCUACCUGGAGAAAACCAGGUUAUACACUUGCUGAAUAACACCACUAGAGCUAUACCUUCCUUGGUGGCCAAAUUUCUCUUCUUAGCUUUUAAGCGUCGCAAGACUAUAAUUGACUGUAUUGAUAUGGGGCUAUUUGUUUAGCCCAUUUUAGUGUUGGCUAAGUUUUAAAAUCUUCCUGGAUGUUUUUAACUGUGUAUUGACAAAAUGUACUUUUUUCUGACUGACGGUCGAAUAAAAAUGAUGAUGAUGAGUGCUCACUGGAAGGACAGACCCUGAAUAUUUUGGCCACCUCAUGAGAAGAGAAGACUCCCUGGAAAAGACCCUGAUGUUGGAAAAGGCUGAGGGCACAAGGAGAAGGGGACGACAGAGGACGAGAUGGUUGGACAGUGUUCUCAAAGCUACCAGCAUGAGUUUGACCAAACUGCAGGACGCAGUGGAAGACAGGAGUGCCUGGCGUGCUCUGGUCCAUGGGGUCAUGAAGAGUCGGACACGACUAAACGACUAAACAACAACAUAUGAGAACUAUCCACUUGGCUACAAAAUGUUAUUUGAUUUUUAAAAUUACAGAAUUACUGUUCUACUUCAGUUUAAAGUAGAGCAGUAAGAAUUGGGUGCUGCUAAAUUGUCCACAUCUGUAACAACCCUAAGAGAAGGGUGUGCAGAUUUCUCCCCCAGCCACGCACCCAAUGACAAUCCUGAAGAACUGUAGACUAGGCAGUGCCCUGGUCCUGCUUAGUAAACCAUGUGCUCUUGAUAGGCAUUCUUUUCUUUAAGAUUGAUGGAUAUUUCUCUCUAAUGCUAACCAUCUCUAGGAGGCUGAUGACAUAGGAAUUUGAUAGCCAGCAGGUUGGAGUGGGGAACCAUCUGUCUGUUUUAUUUAUAAUGUAGUUUUGAAGAUGGCUGCCAGGUGAGUUUCCUAGGAAGCAGAUUUAAAAACAACAACAACAAUAAUAAAUAAACUUAUCUCUCUAGAGGUGAGAAAUAAAGUCAUUACUGAUGAAUCACAGAUUCAAUGAAAGAAGUUUGAAAGUCAAUUCAGAAAACCUCCUCAAGUAAAUUGUAUUCCAAUAAACUUCAGUCUGUCCAAUUUCUAUAAACUGAGUUAAUAGUAAAUUUGUAAAAUGAAAUGUUUCACGUUGAAAGUGACCAGAAUUAUGUGUAAGUCAAAGUGCAAUUAAAUAAAUAGGUACCGCUCCGGUGGGAAGGUAAACAGCGUUUCCGUGAGCUGCUCUGGUUUCACCAGAAUGCUGGCCACAUGACCUGGAAAAGCUGUCUGUGGACAAAUGUCAGCUCCCUUGGCCAGUAAAGCGAGAUGAGCGCCGCAACCCCAGAGUCACUCAUGGCUGGACUUAACUGUCAGGGGUCCUUUACCUUUGCCUUUUUUAAGCGAUUACCUUAGAUGAACCAGUCCCCUUUACCUUAGUUCACAGAUCACACCUUGAACCAAAAAUAGAAGUAUCAAAGGUCUUCUAGUCCUGCAAACUUGUGAUUCAUCUUGGCAUAUCUAAGGCUUUAUCUCUUUGACCCAUGGCUCACCUUGUAUACUGAAGCCUAGUGAUGAACUAACAAUGCAACAUAAGCCUUUGCAUAGCUUGUGCUUUUAGAACCUCAUAUGCUACCGUACAUGAACAAAUGUUUUCUCACACACUGUUUAUUGAUAUCCUUAAUUAAUAACUCAUGGCUAUGAUAUUGACCUGAAACUGCUGUAAUGUGUGGAGAAAUAUUUAAUUAAACUGAAUGGGGAGGAGGCAACUCUAUGAUGAUUAUGUUGAUGGUGAUAAUUCUCUCCUCUCAUUAGCUUGCAGUUUUAGUGGCCAGUGUCUCAAAGGAAGGUGGCAAGUGGGGAGGGAGACAGCCUAACAAACUGAUGCUAGAAUUGCAAAAGCACUCUAACAUACACAGGCCUGGCCAAUUAAGACAGAAUCAAUCCCAUUAAUGGAAUCUUCUUCGCAAUGCAAGGUAGUUUCAGUGUUAUUGAAAGUACAGAGGAAUUGACAGCUAUAAUUACAUCUAACCAUAUGAUUCAAAUGAAUAAAGCCCCAUGACUGCAGUACAAGGUGUCUCAUAAAGAGUGCAGUUGUUAAAAACGAAUUGGCCUGCCAGCAAGAGUAAUUGAAUUUAGGACUUUUUCUUACUAAUUCAGAAUAGCUAAUGAGAAAAGGCAUGCUCUGGAUCCAAGAUGAUGAGCUCCACCCUUUUUGAAAGCUGCAGUGGAUUUGUCAUUCAUGUAUAUAUUUACAGCAAAUAGAGUUCGCUUCUUUCUCUCUGACUUUUCUAAUGGCAAUAUAAACUAUACAAACAUUUAGAUGGUGCAAAAGGGUCAAAAAAAUGAAUUGCUGAUAUGAAAUGUUUUGCUUUUCCAUAGUGUCUGGUAUUUGUCAUAAUACCCAAGGCAUGCUUUCUUAAUUAUGUGAAGAGGGGAUGUAAAGGUUAGAUAAUAGCAAGAAAGUGCAUUCAAAAAUUACCAUGGAGGCAGGAGCAUGUUUUGAUGUUCCCCGAAUGAUGUGGAGAAGAGGAGGUUGUUGUACUUAGCCUACUUAUGAGGUGCCUGGAUGAUGUUAGUGUCCUUUAUUUCACGGUACAUCUCUGGUGGUCUGCACUUUGCAGUCUUUCUGGGUGCACACUCUUCUUUUCUGAAUCUCAAUGACAUUGUUGGCUGAGCUUUCCUGUAAGUGGGGGAAGCAGGGAGGGUUGCCUACAAUGCAUCUGAUAUAUUUAAAUGACCUCUUUUUACUUCCAAAAUAAUGAGCGUGGAUUUGAAUGAAUGAAUGAAUGAAUGAGGACUUUGCUUAAAAACAAAACCAGCAAGAACACCAAUCUUGGUGACCAGUCCUCCCAUGGUGGUUGUUGUUUUCUUCAGAUCAGGAAGUGUGGUGGCUGAGGUGGCUGCAGAGCACUAGAGAAAUGUGUGAUGGGUAGAGAAACACAUAUACUAUGCUUUGGUGCUUCAAAACAAUGCAGUAUGUUCAACCUCAGUAUGGAAGAGGAAAUUGUUUCAUUUCGUAUUUCAAGGCAACCUACCUAAUUCACACUUUCUGAAACAAGAGGUGCACCGAAGCACAACCAUUCUUUGAAAUUCACACGCACCUGAAUUUUGCAAUAAAGUUCUCAGGCCAAAUAAUGCGUGCAAAAAUGCUCCUACUAGUGUAAAGUGGUCAGAACAAGGCAUAUAUUAGUGAAAAUAAGAUGAAAUAUGAACUAUAUAUGGUGGACAACGUGCUUUGCAAAAAUGUGCAUGUUAGGCAAAGUUGCAUGAGGGACGGAUCUAGUGUGAAAUUAAUGAAUCUUAAGCUUCAGGGCCUCUAAUCCCGGAGGGGUUCCAGAAGUUGCUUUAGUCCACAUAGUUUAAAAAAUGCAUCAUGCAUGUAUAUAUCAUUCCCCUAAUUAUGCCUAAAUUUCACCCCUCCCAUAACUCUGUUAUGUCCCUGUAACUUAUGUCCCUGUAAGACAGAAUUGUUCCGCCUGGCCUUUGGCUUGUAGCCAAUUUGAUUCCCUCCCCCUCUUUCUUUUUCCUUUUUCCUUUCUCCUCCUGUGAUGAGGCUGCAUUUUAAUAUUUUAAUGUUUCAAUAUUUUAAUGUUGUAUUUUAAUCUUGUUUUUAAGUUGUAUUCAUUCAACUUGUUUUUAUUAUUGCUUGUUAGCCGCCCUGAGCCCGGCCUUGGCUGGGGAGGGCGGGGUAUAAAUAAAAAUUAUUAUUAUUAUUAUUAUUAUUAUACAGUGGUGCCCCGCAAGACGAAUGCCUCGCAAGACGGAAAAACCGCUAGACGAAAGGGUUUUCCGUUUUGAAGUUGCUUCGCAGGACGAAUUCCCCUAUGGGCUUGCUUCGCAAGACGAAAAUACCUUGCGAGUCUUGAGAUUUUUUUCGCUUUUCCCCCUUUAUCUAAUCUGCUAAGCCUUUAAUAGCCUUUAAUAGCCUUUUAGCAGCUAAUCCCUAAGCCUUUAAGCCUUUAAUAGCCGCUAAACCGCUAAUAGCGCUAAUAGCGCUAAUCCGUCAAUGGGCUUGCUUCGCAAGACGAAAAAACCGCUAGACGAAGACUCUCGCGGAACGGAUUAAUUUCGUCUUGCGAGGCACCACUGUAACUCAAAAAAUUAAAAGAAUUUUUUUGUUCACACCGGUGACUUUGACAUGUGGGAUAAUCCAGUACAGCAAUUUUAAUCAAAAUCUGAAAUGUAGUAGCUAUUUUUUUAUUUUUUUAAAAAUGUGAUCUGUCAUGGAACAAUUGCACUGAAAAAGAUAACAGUGGUUACCCAGACCUCUUUGCUGGUUGCCUCCCUAACAGUUCAAGCUUUGGGGCCCCAAAAGUGCAGCCCCUUCAAGUGUCCCUAUUUUCCAGGGACAGUCCCAGGUUUGCAGAAGCCAUCUCGGUUUCUGAUUGGAUCCCAGAAUGUCCCUGCAUUGAAGGGGAUUGGGCUAAAUGACCAUUGGGGUUCCCUUCCAACUCUACAAGUCUAUGAUUCUAUGUCCCGCUUUUCCUUAGGACAUCCCUAUUUUCAUCAGAGAAAUGACGGAGGGUAUGAACAUUUAGGUCUUUCACUGAAAUUGCAUAUGAAGUGUGUAUGUUAGGAGAAAUUCACGCUGAAAUACAAAUUUUCAUACAUAGUAUUUUCUUGAAGAAACACACAAACAAAUGUGAAAAUGUCAGGAACUUAAGUUUGGGAAAAUGAGAAACUGAAGGACAGAUUUGCCCUCACUUGCUCUUAAAAACAGAGGGGAAAGCACAUCUCUAAAGUGCCCUGCAAGGGAGGCGGAAAAACAGGGGAACAAAACUUUGAAGAACAUACCAAAACACAACAGCUUUCACCCUGCUAAGUAGCGUCUUCCUUGUUUGAUACACUGGUGCUACAAUAGCUUCCUCCUCAGCGAGGGAGAACAGCAAUAGAUUAGCAGUGCUUAUACUGGAUGUCAUGUUAAUAAAGUCCAUUUAUUUUAACAAUGUAUAGAUUGAAAUGAAAGGUAGGCUGUUGUGCAGGUUGCAAUGUAAAAUGGUCAAAUUCAUGUGUAUAGAAUAACUUAAGAGAAGAAAUUGGGAACUCCAUUUCCCAAGGCAUUUUAGCUGGAACUGAAGUGGCUUUGCCCUCUGUUAUAAUAGAGGUGGCAGUGUUAUAUUCUGAGGUCUAUCAUUCAUUUUGUCAGCUGAGCAAUCCCAGUGCAUUGUUCCUUUGUAAUUCAGCUGCUCUACUAAAGCAGGGUUGCUUUUUUAAUAUUUUUCCCCAAAGGAGUAUUUCUACUGCUGAACUUUUUCCCCCUCUUCUUUUUUGGUCAAGAUAGGAGUUUGGAACUGAUUGGAAGUACGUUUUGCUCUUUUGACAAGCACCAUCAUUUUGUAAAGGUUAUGGAUUAUCUUACAAAGUCCGCCCUUUACAAAAGCCUUUUCAUCUUUUAUUAUAAUCUGCAAUGAAGCAUUUAUAAUGUACAUCCUAGGUGUUUCUUUUGUUAUAAUUUCCAAAUGUAGCUUCUAGCAGAAGAGUUCCUAUUAAAUUUAUACUUAUUAAAACUCCUUCAGCUUUCCAGAUCUGGAAAUGUAAGUCCAGAAUGCAUAAUUCAUUAUUUCUGAUACACUGAGGCUGCAGCCCUAAACAUAGGUGAUAGUCAACUAAGUCUUACUCAGAGUAGUCCCAUUCAAACUACUGAACAUGACUAAAUUAGGUCCAUUAAUUUGAAUGGUUGACUAAGACCCACUAAGGUGGAAGCCCCAUUGAGCUUAAUUUUGGGUAGAUUUGCAUAGGGUUGCACAGUUUAAGAGGUGGGGUUUUUUUCCCCAUCUUUACUGCUAUUGUACUCUGGCUGUGCCAUAUUAAAAGUCAGAGUGCCCCUAGAAAUGCAUGGGAUUUUGAGUCACAUCGGAUAAUUUUGAAACAGCUGGGUGUUCCUUUUAUAACUGGUGACUAUCUAAGCCAGGCAUGUCCAAAGUCUAUUUUGGGGACCUAAUACGGCCCCCCAGUCGGUUUAAUCCAGUCCCUGUGGCAGUAUAUUUCCUGGGGUAAAAUCCACAAAAAAGCUCAACAACUACAGUCCUAGAAAAAGGUCAACAACUUUGUUCGGCCCUCAUGCAUGUUCACUUCAUCAAAUCCGGCCCUCUUUGAAAAAAGUUUGGGCACCCCUGAAGUCUAAGCCAUGAGAUUUAGGUUGGGUUUAUUGCAUAUCAGUACCAAUCACUGGUAAUUACAGCAAACUUGGGGGGGUGCUUGCUUAUGUGGCAUUAACUGUUUCCAAUGGAAAGCAGAAUUUAUUAACCUCACUCCAAAAUAAAGACACACUAAGGAAAACCUGGGAGGAAAAGACCCAUGGGAAGAAUAAACUUGAAUUCAGAGAUUAGGAACAUGAACUGAUUCUACGGGUCUUACAGUAAAUGGGUCACAGUCUCUCAGCAGAAGAACCUCAGCUGAUGAGAGAGAAGUCAAGGUGGAAGGCUACUGUUUUCAUGCCCUAUUUGUGGGCUCCCUGGGCAUAUUUAUCAAUUAUUUAUUUUGAAGAUUUAUACUCUGCUGUUCAUUUGAGUGAUUUUGCCAAGCUGCCAGCAGCACAGAGCAGGGGGCGGUGCCUGGGAGCACUUAAUGCACGUAGGCUGAUGUGGGUUUAUGAGGACUACUCUUACAGCUCAAAGAGUUUGGUGUGAAACCAGGAACAGGUCAUUGCCUAACCCAGGGGUCAGCAAACUUUUUCAGCAGGGGGUUGGUCCACUGUCCCUCAGACCUUGUGGGGGGCCAGACUAUAUUUUUUUUGGGGGGGGAAAUGAACAAAUUCCUAUGGCCCACAAAUAACCCAGAGAUUUAUUUUAAAUAAAAGCACACAUUCUACUCAUGUAAAAACACCAGGCAGGCUCCACAAAUAACCCAGAGAUUUAUUUUAAAUAAAAACACACAUUCUACUCAUGUAAAAACACGCUGAUUCCUGGACCACCCGCAGGCCAGAUUUGGAAGGCGAUUGGGCCAGAUCCAGCCCCCGGGCCUUAGUUUGUCUACCCAUGGCCUAGCCCAUCUGCUAGCCAGUACCAUUGUCCUGGUCAAUAUGCAUUGGAUACUUUUGAUGAGGAGGCAAAGAUCAUGGGCUCAUCGUGGUGCAGAAUGAUGUCAUGGGCCUAUUGUGCAACCUGGCGAGUGGGAAAGCCUUUAAGCUGUGCCAUAAACUGGCACUCCAAGGAACCCCCACUUACUACUCAGCUAUGGAUCUGGCCUCAUUACUCCCGCACCUGAAAUGAAAACCCUAUGUGACCAAAGUAUAUAGAGCCAAGCAAUUAGAUAACCAACUAGCAACACUGCGGUGUGGAAGUUUAAAAACCUGCAGCCGCUCCUUCUGUGACCAGUGGUUGGGGUCAGGUUGGUUUCCCUCUUGUCAUUAUGUUCUUCCUGGGAGGUAGAUGGCAUGGCCUGUGGUCACUUAGCACAUAACUUUAUUGAGAAUCUGCCUAGAAGCGUCCAGCAUGAAUUUAGACCAGAUUUUUUUUACAAAUGCUUUGAAAUGUGUUUCUAAUUACUUUAAUUUCCUUGUGGUAUAAAAGCUAUAGCCAAGUUUUGUUUUUAUCUCAUUGCUCAUUAUUUGUUUUGGGGAGAGAAACCAUAGAUUUAUAGACAGCAAUACACGGCUUAGCUCAGCAUAAAGACUGAGGGGAGAAGCCAGCAGACCACAGUUUUUGCUCUGUGUACACUCAUGCUUCCUCAUUCACAUUUAGUCAUGGUUUGACUUAGUGUUACAUCUGAACUCAGCUAUUGCCCUGUCCUUCAGAACAGUGUACAUACUGUCCUGAAAAUGGCAGACAUUAGCAACAUGAAUCGGAGGACCUGGAAAUUCAGUUGAGUUGUAACAAAAAUAGUGAUACGGUAUUCAGGUUGGCUGAAAGCCAUUAGGAGAGAGAAUGAAAUACAACCCACAAAGUUGUGUAUCCUCCCCAAAUACAGUGGUGCCUCGCAAGACGAAAUUAAUCCGUUCCGCGAGAGUCUUCGUCUAGCGGUUUUUUCGUCUUGCGAAGCAACCCUAUUAGCGGCUUAACGGAUUAGCGCUAUUAGCGGUUUAGCGGCUAUUAAAGGCUUAAAGGCUUAGGGGAUUAGCUGCUAAAAGGCUAUUAAAGGCUAUUAAAGGCUUAGCAGAUUAGAUAAAGGGGGGGGGGGGAAGCGGAAAAAAAAUCUCUAGACUCGCAAGACAUUUUCGUCUUGCGAAGCAAGCCCAUAGGGAAAUUCGUCCUGCGAAGCAACUCAAAAACGGAAAACCCUUUCGUCUAGCGGGUUUUCCGUCUUGCGAGGCAUUCAUCUUGCGGGGCACCACUGUAAAUUAAUUAUAAUGGGUUAGCAUUUAAAAUAUGGAUCUUGGAAAAUCUCUGUUUUGGGUUGCUCAGUAAUAGAGUCUGAAAUUUACAAACAAAAUAAUUUUAUUUGUUGAGAUCCUAGCUCAUAAGAAUGUAAUACAGCACUAAAAUCACACAAAAAAGCAGUCAAGUAAAGCAGGUGGACCCAAGUUUCAUAAGAGCUAGCCUGAAAUUAGAAAAGGUGAACCUUGACCAAAGUGUGAUAUAAAAUUUUACAAUAUUUAUAAAUCCAAAUUAUUUAUUUCUGAACCAUUAGGUCAGAAUAAACCAUCCCAACUACAGAAUCUAGUUCUGAAUAUUAAUUUCAUAUACAUAGACUAUGUUAAAUAAAUCAGCUUGUUAGAGAAGGCCAUAGAUUUGACUGCGUAUUAAAACUCAGGUAGAAGUGGGGGGGAAAUAUAUGUCCAUUAAACCACAAACAGCAGUCAAUUAUGAACUAGCAAUUAUAAGAUAUCCUUCCUCCAAUAAUAUUAAUUUUUAAAAUUUGGACAGUUCAUCAUAAUAAGCAAUGUUUGUUGGAAUACUAUGGAAAUUUUUGGGUAAGUACCGGUACAUAAAAUUCGGUUUAUCACGUUAGGCUUCUUGGGAAAUUAUUUAUUUAUUUUAUUUAUCUUAUAUCUCUUGUAUGGGUCAUCUAUUCACCUUGUGAUGCUUUGAAACUAUGAUAGCCAAAAGCUUUACUAUGCUGACCCCAUAAAUAAUGAAACACAUGCCCUAGGAAGGCCUUUCAGGCCCAGCAUUUUGGGACUGUUGGAAUGAUUUACACACACAAACAGCACACAGGCUUUUGAGAUGAGUUAAAUAUUUACUGUUUUGCUGCCCUGUUUUAAUAAUGGUUAUAAUAUUGUUUCAGUGUUUUAAAUUUAUUUUUCUGAGCUGGUUCAAGGAACCUUUUGGUAUAAAAUGUGGGAUUUAAGUUUCAAAAAUAAGAUUAUUAAUACCCUUCUUGAAUCGGUUAAGAUAAUACUAAGCUUUUGUGAAUCAUACUAUGAUUUAUUUUCAAAGAACUGUUAACAGAUUGCAGUAAAUGCAGGAUAGAAGUCAUUUUGCCCAAUAUGGUUUUGACAAUACACAGUUCAUGUUUCUCCCUCUUCUCUCUCUCUCUCUCUUAAAUCUAUUAACAGUGUAAUGGAUAUUACUGCUUUUAGGGAAACCCUAUUGAAUUGUAAGCAAUCUUCUGUUUUGCCGAUUGAAUGCCAGUUCCACCAUUAUUCUGUCCUUUUACAGCACUGAAUGCUGCUAUUUUAUGUCUGUAGGAGUGAGAAAUGAAAACGGCAGAUUUAUGACAACAUGAUGCAUUGACUCUACCCACAUGAAUAUCAUUAGUGUCACACUCUAUCUUCUCGUCUUGUGGCAAGUUAUAUUUUUUAGCAAAAUAAAAAAGAAAAGAAAACCUAAUUCGGCCUUUUUUUUCUUUUUUGCUUCUGUGCUGCAUGAUGUUUAGCUCUUUAAAUUCCAAUAAAACAUAUUCAAAAAGAAUGAAAAAUACUUGUGUUUGUCUAAAUGCAGAUAUAACAACCAUUAAUAUGAAAGGGAUCUUAAAUCUACACUUGUGUUAUCAGUAUUAUUAUAGGUUAGUUCUAUUUUUUCCUCGUGUAAUAAUUCUAAAAAUUAAGUCUCUUGCCUGAGAGCCAAAUUUUCCUACUCCGUCUGAUUAUGAACUGGCCCACAAAGUGAAAUCUAUAAAAGUUGCAAGCAUUCCUUCCCUUUGGAUCCAAAAGGCUCUGCCUCCUUUGUACUGGACCAGAAGGAAGCAGCUUCCUUGCAGUUGUGGUUACUGCCACCAUCCUAAUAUGCUGCUCUUGCAGGAAGAGGUUGGGACAGCUCCUAAAGCAGGCAAAGGCAAACUCAGCCCUCCAGAUGUUUUGGGACUACAACUCCUAUGAUCCCUAGCUAACAGGACCAGUGGUCAGGGAUGAUGGGAAUUGUAGUCCCAAAACAUCUGGAGGGCCGAUUUUGCCUACGCCUGUUCUAAAGCCUAUCAAUUCCAUUUCCCAUUUUAUUAAUGUAAAAUUAAGUAUAUAAAUAAUAUUUCUGUUUGUUCCACUUUGCUUUCAGCGGUGCCAAAUCAAAGGAAUUAUGGUUGAGGAGGUCCCCAACAGGCCUGAGAUUGUAACACUGAAAAAUAAAGCACUUUGAGGAUAAUCAUUAACAAAAAUGGGUUAUCGAACCUAUUAAUUAAUACAUUUAUCAACUGCUUCUCUAGCUUAAGUUGUGGCUAAUUACAUCUUUAAUCAUCAGAAUAAAAAUAUCUGUUGCUUGCUUGAAUUUCCUGCAUGUUUCUAAGGUGGUGUGUAUAAUGCUUACACCUAAAUAUAUGCAAUCAAGGAAGGUGCCAUUUUGAAUGCGCUUUACAUCUCCUUGUAAUUUAAACAGUAUGGACUUCUUUCACUAUGGGAAUGGAAAUGAAAAGACUGACUCUGGUGGUUUUACUUUUAUGAAUAUCUUGAAAGAAAGCAGGACAAUAUAAGGACGGCAUUUUGCUCAUUAUAUUUCUAUAAUGCAUUAUCAACAUCUGGCAUUUAGUUUGUAAAUAAAAGUGUUGCAGUUUACAUGCACAUUUGUGCAUUCCCUGACCAUGCAGUUGCAGGAGUGUCACAGAGAGUCUUGCUUCCUUUGACAGUAUUAUUGCUAAGCAUCAACGGUGUGUGUUUGUUGGGGGAGGGAUGGGGGGGUUAGUUACACCAUUUGGGCAAACGCCCUGUUACAAAUACUUGAUAAACUGCAUUUCAGGGACCAUAAUAGUCGCAGACUUACAACCAGAGUGUUUGUAGGUGGCUAUGUGUCUGGUCAACAUUUGCCUGUUACUUUGCCACCUAUCUGAGGGUUGGAAACUAAUGUUCUUCCCCUUCUCAAUAGCGGUAAAUGGAAGAAGUGUGUCAUAGUUUCAGUUGUUGCAUUUCUCUGGGGAGAAAGGUAUUGUGAGCUCCUUUCUAACCAUUAGCUGCAUAAUCUACAUGUUAUGGGGGUGUUGCUUGACUCACUUCUUAUGUGACACCAUGCAUAGUCACAUCCUGCACAUGAAUGGAUCACGGAAACACAUUGCAAUAUUAAUAACAUUGAGGUAACACGUCUUGUUGACUAAGGCUGUGUACAUAUUCUAUGCCGCUAGUCUCAGUAAGGAAUCAUUCGUGCUUGUCACCAGCAUGCUGCUCUCAAUCUAAAUAGAUUCUGCACCCUGCCACCCACAAUGGUGGGUAGGGGCUGCUUGAUAUCUAUGUGAAAACUCUGCCCUUGAUUGGGCUUCCCCUGCCUAUUUCUCUCUGCACAUGCAGCAGGUGAAUGGUGGAGGAAGUGGUUAUUUCAGUCUUGGUAUACACCAACCUACAAUAUCAUUUUCCCAGUAGUGAUGUAUGGAAGUGAGAGCUGGACCAUAACGAAGGCUGAUCGCCGAAGAAUUGAUGCUUUUGAAUUAUGGUGCUGGAGGAGACUUGAGAGUCCCAUGGACUGCAAGAAGAUCAAACGCAUCCAUUCUUAAGGAAAUCAGCCCUGAGUGCUCACUGGAAGGACAGAUCCUGAAGCUGAGGCUCCAAUACUUUGGCCACCUCAUGAGAAGAGAAGACUCCCUGGAAAAGACCCUGAUGUUGGGAAAGAUGGAGGGCACAAGGAGAAGGGGACGACAGAGGACGAGAUGGUUGGACAGUGUUCUCGAAGCUACUAGCAUGAGUCUGACCAAACUGUGGGAGGCAGUGGAAGACAGGAGUGCCUGGCGUGCUCUGGUCCAUGGGGUCAUGAAGAGUCGGAUACAACUAAACGACUAAACAACAAUAAUAUAUGAGAACUAUCCACUUGGCUACAAAAUGUUAUUUGAAUUUUAAAAUUAAAGAAUUACUAUUCCACUUCAGUUUAAAGUAGAGCAGUCAGGUACACCACCCCAUUGUCGGGACUGCCUACAUUUUCAAAUGGACACAUUGUGAGGUAAUCAUUCUGCAAUGAGCUCCCUACACACCAUGAAUGGAACCAGUUUCUCAAGAAGCACUUUUGUGAGUGGACUACACACACACUUAUAUAUAUAGUGCACAGUGAUUCCACAAUAAAACAUUUGUGCGCAGCUUAAAAGUUAUCAUGGAGAAGCACAAGUAGAUAUGUGUCAGUAGCAGUUACAUGCCUUCCACAGCACAAUAGUCCAGCCCUAAACCAUAGCUGAAUGAGAACUUUUCCAUCAUCCAAAUCAUUUAAGACUUUUGCAGUGGACAGCUUUGUAAGCUUGAAGGGUGAUUUUUAGAGUAUUUGACAGAGGACACAAGUACUGAUUUGCUUGCCUGAUAGCAAAAGACUGAGUUCCAAUAUAGUUCAGUAAGACUACCGAAGAAGCAUCAUCUUCUUUAUGAAUAGAGUCUUUGAGAGAGCAGUAUAACAUUUAGAUGUUAGAAAUAUAAAUGAAUGAAUGAUCCCUAUCUCUUUGGCCUGAGAUAGUCUUGAUUAGUUUUCUGACAAGUGGAGCAAUGUCAUUAGGUUAGGGUACAUCUCAAAGCCAUUUCACAAAAGAAGGUUGCAAAAUCAUUUUUGUUUUGUUUGUGUGUGUUUUUUAAAAAAUGUUUCCUAUGUCUAACACCAAGACAAAACACAUUUUGUAAUAUGAACUUUAUACUAUGCAUGUUUUGUUCUCAUAAAAGCAGUAUAACAAACCCCUAAGAACGUUCUUAUACCAUCCAGGCUUCAGGAGUGUUAGCAUUAAUCAAACAGUGCCUUGGAGAGCACCAAUGGUAAGACACUCAGAGUCCUAUUUUUAGUAAAAUACAAUAGCGCUAAGAAUAGAUGUUCAUAACAGAAAGUACAAUUUUAAAAUUCAUUGUGGAAGGCUUUCUUCAGCAGUAUUCAAUUUUCUAUAGGAACAAUAAGAUUUUUAGUGUCUGUUUCAGUACAUUUGAGGAGAGGGAGUAAACAUUCCUGUACAUGUUUAAAAAAAUUCUCAGGGGACUGCAUUUAAAGAUUUACUGGGGGGGAUACUGCGUUUCUAAAUUUCUCAUAAAUGAGAUGCCAGUUGGGCAAAAAAUUCUCAUAUAAUCAGACUGACAGCAUGGCUGUAGUGUUCCUCCUCCUCCUCCUCCUCCUCCUUCUUCUUCUUUGGCGAUCACUUGUAGCCGAGUAAGAUUGUCUUCCAUAAACAUGGUUUUAAAAGUGAGUCCGUAAGUGACUGUGGAGGCCAAUUCUGGAUCCACACAUCCUUCCACAGUGGGGACAUAGGUUUCCAGGUGGGAGUUUAUCAUGAUGAGUUUUGUCAAGCGUGCCUUCCUCUUAGUGUGUUUCUCCCUUUCGUCCUGAGUUCGAGUGUCUUCAAAACCCAUGACACCUUUGGUAAAGGCUGUUCUCCAAUUGAAGCGCUCACAGGCCAGUGUUUCCCAGUUGUUGGUGUUUAUACUACAUUUUUAAAAAUUUGCCUAGAGACAGUCUUUGAACCUCUUUUGUUGACCACCAGCAAUAAGCUUACAAUUUUUAAGUUCGGAAUAGAGUAGUUGCUUUGGAAAAUAAUUUGCAGCUAUGUGAUAUAUAUCACAUUAGUAAGUUUGUAUAAGGGGCAAAGCUCAGAAGUAAAGAAAUUAGACACACAAUUAUGCACUGUGGUUGUUGGGGCAGCAUGAGCAAGAUGGGGGAAACUGAGGCAUAUUUUCCCUUUGGAGAAUCUAUAUAAAUCCUAUUCUAUUAUUGUUUAACCAUCUUAAAUAAUGCUUUACAGUGGUACCUCAGGUUACAUACGCUUCAGGUUACAUAUGCUUCAGGUUACAGACUCUGUUAACCCAGAAAUAGCGCUUCAGGUUAAGAACUUUGCUUCAGGAUAAAAACAGAAAUCAUGCUCCGGCGGAGUGGCAGCAGCAGGAGGCCCCAUUAGCUAAAGUGGUGCUUCAGGUUAAGAACAGUUUCAGGUUAAGUACGGACCUCCGGAACGAAUUAAGUACUUAACCUGAGGUACCACUGUAUUCCAAUUUAUCUGAAACCCAGAUUCUGUUAACAAUAAACAAAGAUGUUUCCUUUGUGGGGUCUGUGCAGAGGUGGAAAAUAUUCUUACCACCUGACUGUUCCAUAAACUCUGUGUAUGUGCAUACAAGCACACACAUACACAAAUACACACACACACACACACACACACACACACACACUCUACAGGUAUAACUAUAGCUGUCUGCCUAUAGUGAUAAUCACCUACGCACCAUUCACUCAGUAAUGUCAAAGUAACUUUUUAAAUGUAACUUUGGUUACAUUCCAGUUCUUAAUUACUCCGGCAUAUUGCUCUGAAGCUGUUGUCUUUAUUUUAAUUGAUGCAUAAUUCUAGCAGACUCGAAAUUACUCAGAACUAUAUAAUUUGUUCUGGAGUGUCAUCUCAGUGUAAAACAGAUUUUAAAAAUGUGUGUGUUUGUGUCUAUGAUUUUAUUAUUCUCAAAAAGCACAUCCAUCUUUAAGAAUGUGGUCCAAACUCAGGAAUUGGGUGGGGGUGGAGGGUAUUAAGUUGAGCACAGGUGUUCAGCACUGCCAGCAUCUGCUGGCCUCCACUUGUUCAAUGAGUCCAGUGUUACUCUGCCAACAUGGAGCUUUCUGUUCUUCCUACUGAAGAGGAUCACUGCAGCAGCUGUUGGUGGGACAGGACAGGCAAGGUGCCAUUGUGUGCUUGGUUUCCUGGUGCCGAGUUUCACUGCCACUUACUGAGAGGGUGAGGUGCAAUAUGUAGGGUUAGCAUAUAAGGGGCUUGCAAAUGGUAUACAAAAUGACUCAGCCCAAUAUGUAGGUCAGACCGAUGGCAGUGCUUCCCUGAUCUUAGGCGAGAGCAGCUUGAGAACCGCACAGUUCCUUUUCUCCAAAUUCUUAGGUGUUUCAUUGAGCUGCACCAUUUGGGACUGCACAGUUACUCGGAGCCUUUAAAAAAACCCACACACAACAAAACAGUUCUUAGAGACUUCUGCAGAGUUCUGUCUGAACUGUUAUUACUAUUCAGAACUCCUAGAAAAAGCAGGAAAAUUUGAAACCAGUCAUUAUGCAGUUGGCUUGGCUAUUUGACAGAGCAGUUGCCCUUAUUUAAUGUGCAAACUUUAACAUAAGAAUGUUUGUGUGUGUGUGUGUGUGUGUGUGUGUGAGAGAGAGAGAGAGAGAGAGAGAGAGAGAGCUCUACUUUUAGACAUUGAGCUUGUGAACAGUGCUUUUUAAUUUUGGUCAUUUCAUAAAUAAAAUUAUGAUGAUGAGCUCAUGGUGAGGUUCUUAUCUGGUGUUUUUCACUUUUUAAAAAAUGCAUGUUUAAGGAUGAAGUAACUAAUUAUAUGUAUUAAGGUUUUUUUUUCUAAUGUAAACUCCUGAGGUUCUUGCCCAGGAACACAUUUUAAGGAAUUUUGAAGGAAUUAAAAAUAAUUUUGGUAAGAAUUGGUAAUUAAAAAUAAUUUUGGUAAGAAUUGGUAAUUUCUCAGCAGAAUUCUGCAUAUCCUUAUUUCUGAGAAGGAAGAAGGAUUGCCCCUCAUUCCUAAAUUAAUUAAUUUGGCAGAAUUUUGUGACCAUAGUGCAAGUUUUUAUUUCAGUAGGCAGAAGCUAUAAUAGUUCAACUACCUUACUCCAUACUUUCUAAAUUCAUUUUCUAUCAAAGAUCACAUUUCUACAUAUAUUUUCUCUCAAAAUACACAUUUAAAAACCUAUUUUGACAUUUUUUUGUGAGCUGAGAUCUGCACUGGAACAUUUGGGAAGUGCAGACCUGGUGAACAACUUAGUUCCAGUCUAGGCAUUAUUUCCAGUAUUUGUACUAUCAUUUUCAAAUACUGAAUUCCUCAGGCAUCGUGGAGCUAGUCCUUUUAAAGCACAGAUUACUGUGCUCCCAGAGGAGCAGAGUUUUACCUAAACUGUAUGUUUUGAGCAUGCACAGGAGCCACUAAUAUAGAAUCCAAUAAAUUUGAGACAUUGUACACUGUUGACAAUUUAGACAGUAUAUCUUUACAAAAAUAUUACUUAUUGCACAAUGAAAGUUAAACUGUCAAAAAUUGCUUCCCAGUAGGAGUCAGCAAAGCUCUUUCUUUAAUUCCAGACACAGAGUAAUUCUGCCUGUUUGAAUUUGACUACGGAUUCCAUGUUGAACUUUAUACUAGCCUCAGUCUAAUGCUAAGAUAAUGCCUUGCAGAUGACAAAUUGUGAGAUACAGAUUAUGCAACACUCUCUAUUUACGAUCGCUAAAAUGUUUAAAAAUAUCCUGAGUUAUAAAUAGCAUUGGAUCAAUAGCUAUAAAUGAGAAAUGUUUCUGAAAAACCUUAUUGAUUGUGUCAUAACCCAUAAAACAUCUGUAAAAGACAGCACUCUCUCUAAAUGUCAGAUGCAUAUCAAUAUUAUACCCCGACUUGCAGUUAGCAUUGCCACCAAGAAACAUAAACAAACAAAAUUGUAACUACAGAAUGAGGAAUGCAUUCUAAAGCUAUUGGAAAUGCAUUGUGUAUAUACAAUCUGCAUUUCUUCACAGGGUAUUCAUCUCUUGUAUUUCUCUGCUGUAAUAGCUACAUAUACUCUGUGGUUUGCCCUGCAGACUCCAAGGUCAUACAAAGAUCAGGCAGUGGUUUCCUUCCUUGUGACAAGUCCUAAGAUUAGACCUCAGCAGAAUAUACUGUCCCCAUUCCCAAACUAACUCUGAAGAGCUCAUAGUUCAGCAGGUCAACUGCAGAAACAUUUCAAUGUGGCACUUCAAAGUAGGUGGUGAUUUAAUAUAGGGUUGGUUUUUUUAAUGGUGGAGUUGGUGUACAGAAUAUUUAUUUGUAUUGAUAUUCUGAUUUUUCUCAUUCAGUCCAGUUUCUUAAAGAGGAAUAUUCAACUGAGUUAUCAGUCACUUUUUAAAAAAAUUAAAGUGCCUAUUCUAGACUACCCUUUGAACCCAGCAAGCUUUUCUUUAUGGGGACUGCUAUACAAAUAAUAAAUAUGAAUGGGCAAAGCUUGUUUUUGAACCUGGACAUAUGGAUGUCAUAUGAAUUGAGAAAGACAGGAAGCAUUCCUAGGGGGAAAAACAACAGCCUUUUGACACAGCUGCAGGACACACUGGCAAUCAAAGUACAGUGCUUGAUUUACAAGGCACACAGACUUUUCAACUCCUGGGAUAGGCUUCGUCAUCCGUGGUGUGGGCUGGUGGAAACUAUAAUGGGUUGAAAACUCUGUUGGUUAAAUACUUUUGGAUGGAUUAGUUGAAACAGCACAUCCAAUAUUUGAAACGCCUUCACUUCAUUCACAUUCAUUUACAGUUACUCACUGCCAUCUACAGCUACUGCCAUGCAAACAAUCUUCCCAUUUAACUUCAGCAGAGGGGACAGCUCUACACAAAGGAGUAUACAUUGGUCUGCGCACAAGCAAUCACUAACAUGGACGACAGUGAUUGCAAGACUAUAUUUGAUUUUACAUUUCAUUUUACACUGUCAAUAUCUGUUUGUUUCAGCAAACUUCUCAGUGAGCCUAAUGUUCUGUAGCUACAACUGCUACAUAGGCAAUUGCCCAUUAAUAUAGAAGGUAGCCUAUUGUAAUCUUAUGUCUUGUCAGCUAUCACUGGUUUGCCCUAAUAGUGUAAGUAUUAAUUGGUUUGGCCCAUGUAGUUAUAAUAAGAGCAUUCAGGUUUAAAAUUACAUUGUUCAGUCAAUUUAUUAUUUUUUGCUAUGUGGCUAUGCCUUGCUAGAUAAUCAAAAUUAAUAUCUCUUGAAUUCACUGCCACUUUGUUACCAGAUGCAGCAGGUUUAAAGGACUCAAACAAUGGCCAUAAACUCACAUGGGGAUGUGUCAACAUGUUCAAUUUAUAUUGCAUUAUUGAAAUUAUUCCGUUACCUAAGAAUACAACACCCGCUGCAAAGAGCAAGCAAAAAAAGUAGUAGUUUUUUUUUAAAAAAAAAACCUGAAUAAACUAAAAUGAAAACCUAACCAUUCAAGCCAUAUGUUCAUGAGGCAAACUACACAGUUCAAUGUGGGUUGCAGUUGCACAACCCUUCGGUCCAUUGAACAUACCCUACUGAAUGCCUCUUUGAUGGUGGUCCCUCAGCUCCUCCUCAAGAGCAAGCAAGGGCAGGACUCAGGUAACAGUGAACUCUUGGCCCAUGCCAGGUGUUUUUGCCCUUACUCAGCCAAUUGGCAAUUUAUGCUAGCUGGCUUGAAUUCCAUUGCUUACAGUUCUAAGUUGCUGUUUAUCUGCCUGUUGUAAUUAAUAAAACUAUGACUCUUUAACCCAUUUGGUUGUCGCGUGCCUUCAGGAUAGUCAAUCAGAUAGGUUAUACUGCCAUCUAGUUUCCACAUAUUGGACACCUUGCAUUUUCUUCCCUUGGGGGCUAAAUGGCAGUAUAGCCAACCUGAUGGAAUAUCCUCCGAAAGAAAUUACCUCCAGGUAACGCCAAAGGCCUCCUUUCCUCCCUUCUUCCUAAAUGGAUCUUUAUCCAAAGUUCAGCAUGCAACAGGCACUAGGGAAUGUGAGGGAUUAUGAAUUAGUUUAUUCAGUCAUUUGACCUCUCUUGUUCCUUUUUUGAUAGGGCGUCCGAAACAACAUUCCCUUUUUUCCUGCAAUAUGUUCAUUCCACAUAUUAAACUCAUUCAACUUCUAUGACCAUUUGUGCGGUUUUAUGUUGGUAUUCCUCAUAGUCUGAAGCCCUGUCAAAGACCAGUUAAAAGGGCAAGUUCCUGUUCCCAUAUAUACAGUAUAUGUUCUUAUCUUAGCUUAUUCUUUCUUUCUUUCUUUAUUCAUUCAUCUUGUUAGUUGCCUAACACAGGGCAGUGUAUUGAUGACUUACAAAAUGCUCCCAAUAUUUCUAAUUUCAACAAAUGCCCAAGUGAAUAUGGCAGUCUUCACUUGGUACACAGGACAGCAUUUUACAGGUGUGUGGAGAAGCCAUAGCCUAGGCAUCUCAAGGGGACAAAUGGAGAAGGACCUCAGGUGACAGCUGUUAAGUCUCUGUAUAUUCUUGCUGUACAAGUCUUGCAUUGUGGUUUUGAGAUGAAUAAGACUUUAUAAAUUAAUACCAACACCACAAAUUGGGCCUGGACAUGUGUAGGUGCUGAUGCAGUUAUGCUAAUACUGAUGUUAGAUGGCCAGAGCCACUUGGUCUGAAUAGCAGCCUGGCUGCUGCAUUUUGCACCAGCUGCCGUUUCUGAGCUGCCUUCAAGGGAAGCCCUGCAUACAUCAAAUUGCAGUGAACCAGUCUAGAGGUUACCAGAGGAUAGAUCACUGCAACUAGCAUAUCAUAGAGGGAAAUAUGUGGCUGCCUGCUGAAGCUGGUGGAAGGUACUUCACGCUGCCAAGACCACAUGUGUCUCAUGUGACAGAGGAGGAUCCGGAAGAACCCUCAAGCUAUGAGCCUGCCCCUUCAAGAGGAAUUCAUCCCUAUCGAGAAAAGCUUGAAUGCCACUCACCUGGUCAGAGGAGGCACGCACUAACAGCAGUCUUGUCUGCUUUGGGUUUAGUUGAUUGGCUUUCAUCUAGUCCACUAUUGCUACUAAGCAUCAAUAUAGCACAUCGGCCACCUCAUCUGCAAGAGAUGAAAAGGGGAAAUAGAGUUGUGAGUCAUCUGCAUAUUAAUAACACCAAACGCCACUCGGCAGUGCCAUAUUUUUCCACCACACUGGCAUAGUCAGUACAGUAUCAUUUAAUUUCUCAAAAACUUCCUGACAUCUGUAUGGCCAACAUCUCCUUCUUUGUAAAUUCAUGUAAAGGUAUCACUAUAUCCUCAAGUUGCUGAAUAAAUCUGCAGUAAAGACCUGCUAGCCAUGCCUAAGAAAGAACUAGCCUGUUUCUUGGUAAUAGGUGGAACUCAACAAUUACUUGCUUCCAUUCUUUUCCACACUGGGAUAAUUUCUCCAUUCCUUACUUUAUACUGAAAUAUGCCACCCUGGGAAACUAAACUUGCAUUUGGAUGGUCUGAUGGCCAUUCCCACUCUUUGAAUGACAUCUAAGACUGUUUCUAAACUAACAUGGUGAUCUUCCAUGCUGUCUCUAAAAACAGGGUCCCGGGACCUGAGGAAGUUAGAUUAGCUUCAACCAGAGCCAGGGCCUUUUCAACUCUGGCUCCGGCCUGGUGGAACGCUCUGCCGCAUGAGACCAGGGCCCUGCAGGAUCUGAUUUCUUUCCGCAGGGCCUGUAAGACAGAGUUGUUCUGCCUGGCCUUUGGCUUGGAGCCAAUUUGAUUACCUCCCCCUCUUCCUUUUUUUCUUUUUCCUUUCUCCUCCUGUGAUGAGGCUGCAUUUUAAUAUUUUAAUCUUUCAAUAUUAUAAUUGUUGUAUUUUAAUCUUGUUUUUAAGUUGUAUUCAUUCAACUUGUUUUUAUUAUUGCUUGUUAGCCGCCCUGAGCCCGGCCUUGGCUGGGGAGGGCGGGGUAUAAAUAAAAAGGAACACAAGUGAACAGCACAAGCAACGCUGACACCAAACCCUACAUACAUUAAGCAUAACAGAAACAUCGCCACCCCACCCCACCCCCGCCCAUCUUCCCUCCUUCCACCCCUUCUUUUUUUCUUUUCUCCCCCUAAUGUCUCAACAAAUGAAAUGGAUUUGUAAAAAUUUUACAUGGAAAAAAUAUGAGAGACAUUACACUUACUUCUGUAAAACAAGAAAAUCUUUAAUAAUAAUAAUAAAUCAGGUGCAAAAAAAAAUAUUAUUAUUAUUAUUAUUAUUACUUUAAUAGGUUGUCAGUUGGCCACUGGAAUGAAGCAGUUGGGUUCCCUAAUCCAAAUUGUAACACACUGAAUUCAUAUUAACCAUUGUGAUAACAAUGAUUUUGGGCUCAGGUCCAAAACCUCUUAUAUAAAACAAUAGCAGAUAAAGCUUUAGUAGAUAUCAGUACAUGAGGGUUAUGGGGAAUCCAUUCUGGGCAUAGGAAAUGCAUCAGGUUUUAAUACUAUGUUAAGUUUUUGAUCAUCCAACAUGAAACCUAAUUGAGACAUCUGUCUUUAGUAUUAACCCCACAGGUGAAUUCCAUGGGCACAAUAAAGGCUGUAUUAUAUUUUCUAUUUCUCCUCUGGUAUCUUUCAGUACCUUCUAAUUGGCAUUCCAGUAAGAAGGGCUCUAAUAGAUACAAAAUGAGGGACAGUGAAUAAUAGGAAGAUUACAAGGACUUUAAGCAAGAGGUCAGGAAUCUUCUCCAAGGUUGAGCAUUUGACAGAAUUAGUCUUGAAUCAAGAGGUUCCACUCACAAAUCAGAAUAGGAAAAAAGUGGGUGUGCUGUGAUCUGGAAAGAUUCAAAACAAUCUUUAUUUUUGCUGACACGUGAAUAGGAUUAGCACCUGCCAUUGACAACUGAUUGACAUAUAUAAAGCUUCCUUUUACUUCUCAAGCUUGUGUUUUCUUAAAUUGCUAUAUUAGUGAACACGGUUAAAUAAUUAAACUUUUUUAAAAAAAAAAGAAGCCUGAAAGAUUCAAAUCAGUAUUCAUUUAAUUAUCAUUUAUAGAAAAGUAAAAUUAUCUUUAUUGACUGCUAUCAGUAACUGGAAUAUGUCAGUCUUCAAGGCUGACUAAUAACAAGGACAUUUCCUUUCCAGCUACCAUAUCUAUAUUCUGGCUGAAAUUCCUGACAAGUGGUUUGUGUUAUUUAUAAAAAAAAAAUUAGUCAAUUGCAUCCUUUUAAAAUUUUCAACCAUAAGCUAUUUCCAUUUACUGCAUGUCGAUAUGUGAUGUUAAAGUCUGCAACCAGGUUUUGACAAAAAGAAUUAUUCAUAGAGACUUAAUAAUUCAAUACUAAAGGGUAGAUGUCUAGUGUUUUAUCUUUUUGUUAGGUUUUUAAAAAAGAAAAAUGCAUUUUUUAAAAGUCCUUGAAAGUGUGAUCUUCCACUCAUUGAAACACUUUUGGUUUCUAAGCUGCAUAUAAAAGCAAAUAGAUUUAUGCCAUGGGCAUUUAUAUAAAAUGAUAAGAGAAUUCAUAUGCUUAGCAAAAGCAAAUGUUUUACAUAGCCAAGAGUUCUGCUUAGUUCCCCAAAUACUGUUAGGAGUAGAUUCAUAUUUGCUUCCCUUGAAAUAAUGAAAGAAACCCAGUCAUAUGUUUUAAAAUUGAAAACAAAGGCAUAUAAUUCUAGGAAACAUGGACAGCUGGCACGAAUACGUGUAACUUUUUAAUCCUACAUUUGUUUGUUUGAUAACCUGAUAUAUUUGGCUGAAUUUAUAUGUAUCAGUAAACUACAGUUUAUUGUGAUAGGACUGGGCCUAGCCAUCCCAUGGAAUUGCAGUUUCCCUUCUGGUAUGGUUACAAGGAAACUAUUGGAAGCUUUUACUUCUUUUCUAGAUUAUCUGCCAUUUGGUGUGUCAUUCAAACCCUAAACUGUGCUUAGUCUUAACUACGGUCUGUUGAAACAAGCCAGCUUCAUAAGCUAUGCAAGAACUCCUUCUUUCAGCCAUGUCCCAGCAGAACACAGGAGUAUGGGGGAGAGGCUAGGCUUCUUCUCAUAACAGCAAACCAUGCACACAAUUACGAUGUUGUCUCUGCCUUCAUUUAAAAGUGUAAAAGGAUGUGACAUAUGUCACAUAUGUCUGUGAUUUUGUCCAGGUUGUCUUUCCGAACUUCUUUGCUAGAAUGCAGGUGAAAUGGUACUGUCUGGAAGCUAAGAGAAACAGGAAGGUACCUAUUAGAAUGCGUUUAUAGAACCUGGAGGCUUGCACCUGAAAUAAUGUUUAUUCUCUGAGGAGCUGCAUAGUGAAACAAACAAAAUUACUUUUCUUUCCUUCAGGGAGACAAAGUGUCUUUGUGACCUAGCACCUAUUUCUGAUCAAUUUGCAUGCCUUAGCAACCAGUGCGUGUCACCGUGGCACCUGUUAAUAGGCCUGAAAGCGAACAGUCAAGAACCAAAGUGAGCAAAGUGAGUUUUGUCUGGGAACAAAACUGAGAACUUCAGAAAUCAGGGGCAGAGAUGCAGACCCCAAGAAACAUAAAAGAAGUAGAAAGUGGAGUGGUUGUUUUUUUAAAAGAGGUAGCAAAGCAAGCUUAGAGGGAAAGAUUGGGCUGGUUCUAGCACACCCACUCAGAUGCAGAUCAGCUUUUUCAACCAUUUGAUGGUUAUCUUGGAAAUAGUUUACAAUGCUGUUCUAACAGGGGAUAACAUUGGGAAAUGGGCAAACUUUCCACCUAACUGCGCCCUCCCACUUUUAGGUUGCAAGACACUGAGAGAGCUUAGAAUCACUCUCAAUGGACCAGUGACCCAAAGGCAGAGAUAAUUCAAUCACCACAUAUGUAAUACCAGGAGAUUCCAUAUGAUUUCCCUUUCUUCUCCUCACUCCCACCCUUAGAAUCUUACAACCCUGGUUGCUUUACCACCAAAACACCCUCCAGCCUGACUCGUCUGUUAUAAAAUGGCAGGACAGUUCAAAAUAAGUUCUUGCUCAUCCAUGAUUUAAUAGAAGACGAGAGAGCCCAUCUGGUAUUUGUCCCUGAGUCCUCUGGAGCAAUGGCUCUUUACCCAGCUUUGUCCACCCAGGUUCUCAGUGCAGCAGCACCACAGACUGGAGGGUCAAGGGGAGAGUGUUACAGUGGACCAUAAAUCAUGUAUAUUUCCCUCCAGGAGACUUCUCCAUUUGGAGACUGGCGUCAAGGGCCAAAGAAACAGACUGGGGAUACUACCUGCUGCCUUGAAGAAGAUAGCAAUGUGGCCACUCAUGGCCCCAAUGUUAUUUAACAACUACUGCCCCAAUGUACCCUACGACUCUUUUCAUUCUCUAUAUUUGAACAUGAAAAUGUGAUGCUUAAAUCCAAGGACCUUGUAAUAUAGUUAUUUGUCACUGCAAGACAGACUAUUGGCAAAAGAUGGAAAACAUUGCAUAGCUUGAACAUUGCAAUGUGGUAUAGCAAUGUGUGGAAUAUUGCCAUUUUAGAAAUGUGAUCUCAACGGGGAAUUGAAACUCCAGAUGUUUUUCAUGCUAUGUGGUGGAGCUUCAUUGUUUAUGCCACCAAUGCUAACAUCCUUCAACUGCUUACAGUAUUUUUGGGAAUUUGGAGUGCAUGAAUAAAUUGCAAUAUAGACUACUUCUGAAGAUGUACCCAGGGGAUAGAAUUGCAUACUUUAGUUAGCUGGUAUUCUCUCUUUUUUGUUCUUUGUAGCUGUCAGUUUUGUUUUCUCUUUUUAUGCAUAAAAACUCAAAUCAAGGGUUGGUAAAAUAAUAAUAAUUACUACUACUAAUAAUGAUGAUGUCAAGAAACACAGAUGCUGCUGAUAAGAGGGCUACAGAACUCCUAACUACUGGACCCUUAGAGACCACAAUGAAUCCACUCAGAUGCUUCAGAGAGUUGCCUGAUAGCAAUUUCAAGUCUAUACACCAUUCAUACAAGGUGGACAGGUUGAGGGGAGGGAAUCCAGCAAACUGCCAUGACAGCUCCUGCAGUGGCAAGCUAUAAAGGGGAGCUAUCCAGCCCACCUUGCCUGAAAGCAUGGCUCAGAAGGAAAACAGAGCUUCUAGCACAUCUUUGUCAGGUGUUUCUUAAGUGGAUGGUAAGCCAUGGGGCGUGCUCAUAGAGUCCUAAGCCUGCCUGAGGCAGGGGGUGUCCAUGGCUAAGCAAUGGUGAGUAUGCCCCUCCCUCCACAGGUACCUUCAACAUGGGAGCAUUAUCUGUGCAAGGCCUCACUCUGCACCAAUUCCUUUCAUGCCACACCUGUUCAAACUGUAUAUCCCCAUUCCAUUGGCAAACAUUCUGGAACUUCAGCAGUGGUACUUGCAGAAGAAGAAGAAGAAGAAGAAGAAGAAGAAGAAGAAGAAGAAGAAGAAGAAGGGGAGGAGUUUGGAUUUGAUAUCCUGCUUUAUCACUACCCGAAGGAGUCUCAAAGUGGCUAACAUUCUCCUUUCCCUUCCUCCCCCACAACAAAUACUCUGUGAGGUGAGUGAGGCUGACAGACUUCAAAGAAGUGUGACUAGCCCAAGGUCACCCAGCAGCUGCAUGUGGAGGAGCGGAGACGCGAACCCGGUUCCCCAGAUUACGAGUCUAUCGCUCUUAACCACUACACCACACUGGCUCUCCAGAAGAGGCAGGGGCAGUGCUACCUUGUCUGAGGGCCCUCAUUCUACCUAUUUGACCUUUCCUCUUCCCUGAUUCCCAGCAUGAGUAUCUUAUACCUGUCCUUGCAUGCUAAUAUAAAGCUGCAGUUCUCUAAAGGGCACCUGAGAUGAAACACAAAAUGGUGCCCCUGCACCCUGCCAGAAUAAAUAUUGAUAUUGGGAACAAGGUUGGUAGAAGACUAGUAGUAUGUCCCUUUCACCAAGAGGUUGUUGUAGAGGUGGGAUGGGGGGACAGAUCCAGCCAAGGAGUGUGCUGCACACUGUCACUGUGGCAGCCGUAGUGAGCGAUCUCCUUGGAUGCUGGAUCUGCUGCCCCUGUUCAUCCUGCCACCUGAGGCAGUCGCCUCACCAUGCCUCAUUGGUGGGCCAGCCCCUCGGCAUCAGGCUUGAGGUGGUUGGAUCAAUGUGAAUGUGUCUUUAAGAAUAUUACUUCCUGAAUCUUUCUGGGUUUGUCUCUUCUUGUUGACUCUUACAUUGCAGUCCUAUAUAAGUCUAUUUAGAUGUAAGUCCAAAUAAGUGUGUACAGUAUUGCAGCCUUAGUCGGCCAUGUUCUGGGAUUGGUGGUGGCGGACUAGCAUGAAGGUGGCUGGUCUUUUGCAACUGAUGCAUCUGUGCUUGUAAACUUACCAGAGGCAUCUGCUUGGCCACAGCUAGGAAGAAAAUGAAUCUAUUUCUGAUCCAGCAUGUCAAUUCUUAGUUUCAGAAGAGGAGGGUAAAAUCAUGCUCUAAGUAUGUGUUCAACAGGUUUUCUUGACCCAUAUAUAUAUUUCCGUAUUGCCUUGCUCUUGACAUGGUUGAUUACUCUUGCACUCUACUGAUUAAAAGAGCUUUAAUGAACAGCUUUAUGUAAACAAUGUUUUGUUUCUUACUAGAGCAUAUACACUCCUAAAAUUUAUUUUGAUAUGGUUGAUCUCUCCUUAAUGUCAUCUUGCUUUUGCCCUUGCAUUGGGCAAGAAAAGGAGGGGUGGAUAUGGGUUGUUAUAAAACCAAUUUAAAAAUAGAUCCUGGUCAUUAGCAAUGUGUUAAUUGAAUAAGCCACAGUGUUCCAUUUUAAACUUAACCUGAAGCGCGCUAAUGAUGCUGUUUCAUUAUUGUGAUAACCACUGUAUUUAAAGUCACCUCAUGAAAAGAAAGAAAGCUGGAGAAGAAAAUUAAUCAGCAAGCUCCAUUUUAACAGCACUCAGCCCAUUCGUAUCCUGCCUUUGUAUAUGCCACUGCUUCCGUGUCAUGUAAUACCAUUACAGUUGUAUAUAUUUUCUGCAGCACAGGACCCAGCGCUACUAUAACAUUAAUGCUAAGUGAUUGCUAGGGCUAGUGGAAUUUUAUUCCACAUAGUUGGGUGUGUGCUGUGUUUGACAUUUGAAAGGCACCAUUAAGCACAGCGCAAAUACUUUUGGACACUCCAGUCCCAACUGCAUAGAUAUGCAAGAGUGAAGAAUCACCUUAUCUCUGUGUCCUGAUCUCUCCAUUCACUGGGUGUGUGUUCUCAAUUCAAAACCAAGAGCAAUAACCUCAAAAGGUGCUAAAGACAAUUGUUAAAAACAAUGUUUGUUAAAUUGUUUUGUUUUUUAGCUGCCUCGGACAAAGGAAAUUAUAUAUUCAAAACUGUUAGGCAUGAUAAGAAGUUGGAGCGUUCUUGGAACUAAAUUAAACAAUGUUCCACAGACUUUUAAUACAUUGAGAUUAUUCACAUUAUUCCAUUUACUGUUGUUGUUUGUUGUUAUUAAAUAUUGCCCAUGCAAUCUCAGUACAAGCACAACUAUAGUAUAAAAGUCUGCUAAAAAGACAGAAAGAAACUUUUCUAGAACACCAAUAUUCUAUUCUAUAAAGGCUCACUGUUGCAAUACUAUGAUAGAAGUAGACUUGGCACACUUAUCUUUUGUUUCCAUAGAAUUAACUUUAUGUUUCUCUUGCUGUCAGAGACAUAUAAAAAUCACUUAUGAUUAUUCUUAAAAAGAGGACUGGGAAAAGCCAUUCCAUUACCUGGGGAAAUAAAUAUUUAAAACAAACAUGCAAAAGCCACACUCAGAUUUUCAGUUCAGGUACAAUGAAUGUCCUGGGUGGAGUGGGGGAGUGAAAUCAUGCUAGCAGGAUCCACCUGAGCCACCCUAUCCAUUUUUGGGAUUUUUUUGAAUGCCUGAAGACAACCCCUGUUUAUAUACACAUGCAGGCCUUCUUCAGACAUGCAAAUUAAUGCAUGUAAUUUUGCGGGUGCCUCCUGCCGCCUCAAUCCCCACCCCUUCAUACAUUUGUUGUACCUGAAUUCAAGGUACAACAGCAUUUUUUCUUACUGAGAAAGACUUGCUCCCUCUUGGGCCCCUGUUUUCUCUUUCUUUCUUUCUUUCUUUCUUUCUUUCUUUCUUUCUUUCUUUCAAAAAACUUUAUAUUGUGCUGCUCAGUUAACCAAUCUGAAGACAGAGGAGGUAGAAUCUUAUACUGUGAAGUAGUGGCAGCAGUUGGUUUAGAAUUGCUGCAGGUGGCGCUGUAAGUUAAGCCACAGAGCCUAGGGCUUGCCGAUCGGAAGGUUGGUGGUUCGAAUCCAUAUGAUGGGGUGAGCUCUCGUUGCUCGGUCCCUGCUCCUGCCAACCUAGCAGUUUGAAAGCACAUCAAAGUGCAAGUAGAUAAAUAGGUACCGCUCUGGCAGGAAGGUAAACGGCGUUUCCGUGCGCUGCUCUGGUUCGCCAGAAGCGGCUUAGUCAUGCUGGCCACAUGACCCGGAAGCUGUACGCCAGCUCCCUCGGCCAGUAAAGUGAGAUGAGCGCUGCAAUCCCAGAGUCGUCCGCAACUGGACCUAAUGGUCAGGGGUCCCUUUACCUUUACCUUUACCUCUAGUUACGAACUUAAUUCGUUCUGGAGGUCCAUUCUUAACCUGAAACUGUUCUUAACUAGAGGCGUGCUUUCGCUAAUGGGGCCUCUUACUGCCGCUGCACCACCGGCCCAUUAUUUCUGUUCUCAUCCUGGGGCAAAGUUCUCAACUCGAGGUAACUCUUCCAGGUUAGCGGAGUUUGUAACCUGAAUUGUUUGUAACCUGAGGUGUUUAUAACUCGAGGUACCACUGUAAAUUGGGAUUGUAGCCUUUAUCUGCUUCUUAUUGUAAUUUUAAAAAAACAAACCCUAAUAGGAUGCAUUGUUUACUAUUGUUCUUUUCACAUGGAUAAUUGAUUUCAGGCAAUGGGUUUUCUCUGUGUAUGACUUAUCCAUCAGAUUCCAUACAACCCUUUACAACCUUAAUUGCCUCUCUCAAAGGUUCCACACAGGAAUUCUACAGAAUCCUACAGAAGUAAGGUCAGAGGGAGUUCAUAGCAGAAAACACUGUGCUAUCUUCCAAAGAUACAGUGAAACAUAGGUGCUAGAUUUAUCUUCAUUAGAGUGUAUUGCUAGGUGGUGAUGGGUUUGUUAUGAAACAAGAUGACUACAAACACUGUUCUCGUACUAAGGAUUGAGAACUUGAUUGCACUGCAGUCAAUCACUACAACCGUUCACGCUACUGCUAGUGCGCAAGGAUUUUACCGCCUGACUUUCUGACCAUUCUUUUUGCUUCCAAAUAGUAUGCAUUGCUAGACUCCACAUGGUGACUUCUGUCUCCUGGCUUUAGCAUGUUCUUUUCUUUCCAAGUCCUGACUGCCGUUUUUUGUUGUUGUUUUUUGCUCAUGAUUCAUAUUCAUAGAUUCAGCGUUGGCUUUUUAUUGUUGUUGUAAAUAUCAAGGAGAAUUAUUGUGCAAUUAGGAAAAGCUUAUAGAUGAAUUACACAAAUAUUCAGUUGCACAAAAGAACCCAAGCAAAUCAGUGGAACAUAUGGAAAAUAGUUUUGCUGGACACCUGCUCAUCUUUUAUGCCAGGGAAAAAAAAUGCAUUUUACUAAGAAGAGUGCCAAUCCUAGGUAAAAUACGGCCCUUAAAUUUGUUAAGGAAUGAGUUAAUUCUCCAUAAAUUGGCACAAAAUAUUCCUCCCCUCCCAAUACAUCUGCAGAGUACUCAUGAGUGUCUUAUCUCUCUUUGCUGUCAGGAGUGCCAACUUGAAUACAUUGGGGGGCAGGUAACCCCACCCCGCAUAACAGAUCACAAGAUGUGUCACACACACACUAUUUGAAUGGCAAUACCCAUCAGCUUGGGGGGUGGGGGCUGCCUGCAAUGGAAUCUCUGUUGGAUACAGGAAUUGGAAUAGACUGAGUCAUAUAGCCUACCGCGUCCCCCUACCGCCCCCCCAACUCACAACAAUAUUUAAGGAUCAUGCUGGAGAUUCCAUUUUGCUAUAGCAUACGUAAAAUACUUUUAAAAUACUUUACUGCGUUUUAUCAUACUUGUUUUGUUUUAUUGACCUUAUAACGUGUUAGGCAUGAUGAUUAUUUCAUUACAUUCAGUUUCACUGCUCAGCUCACAAGGCUUUUAGUUCUUGAUUGUCACAAACUCACAAUGUGAGGAUGAUUCAAGAGAUACUGAACUCCAGGAAACCUCAAUGCACCUUGAUAUUGCCUCAGAGCACCAUUGCAAGUUUCACUGAUGCAAUUCACUGUGACAGUCAGCUCCUGUGUGUCAUGUCAAUGCCUGGUAUGAUGAUAUUAGAAAGGAGCCUUGAUGCUGGAUAUAAUGUCACUAUCAACAUUGCCACCAUCCAGUCCUUACCACAGCCUAAUCUUCAAGUUUGUGAGCCCUCCUUGUGUAUUGGGGUGGGGAGCUUUUAUUUUCCUGUGAAUUUGAAAUGAGAGCUUUUUUGCUCCAUAAACCACAGUUUUUACAAACACGGGAAGAUGAAAUGUCUACUUUCUCAGUACAUUUAACCACCAAGACUAGAAACUUGUGCAGUUUUCUAUGGGGCAAAAGAAAAGAUUUUGGAAAUGAGACUUUCCUAUCCAUUCCUUCAGCCAGCACUAUCCCUGCAUAGGUGGAGAACCAUUUUGAAUAGCAUUAAAUGGAACUCAAGUCGGUUUCAAAAGGAGAAGGGAAGGCAGAGGGCCGAAGGAGCGGAAUGGGAUGGGAAAGACCCCUUCCACAAGUUUCCUUUUACUCAUGGUUCUGAAGAUCCAGGCCCGUGAGGCUGAAAGCACUUUAUUACACAGAGGAAACAUGGGUGUGGCUCUUAUACAAACUGCUGAUGUCUGGAGUACAUGAGACUACAUGUGCAAAAUAGAAUUUUCUCAAGGUCUCUCUCUCUCUCUCUCUCUCUCUCUCUCUCUCUCUCUCUCCCUCCCCCUCUCUCCCACACGUUGAACACAGAAAACCAGCAUGUGAAGGGAUACACUCAGUUUCCAACAUCUGUAUGCAUGAAUUCCCAACCUCAUAUGAAUAAAUAUUCUGGUCCAGUUAUUAGAGCAUGUUUGGCUGUUCAAACUACUACCCUUCUGCAUCGUGGAGGAAUUCCUAUCCUGGUCCCCUUUGGGCAAUGUUUGCCUGAGUUAUCUUGAGGUGACUAUCCACAUAGCAGCUGAUGUUUGUAUAUGUGAAGAUUGUCAGUACUGCUGCUCCCAUGUAAACAGGGUAAUAUGUAUGUGUGAUCCAAAUAUAUACACACAUCCAUUAAGUUCAGCUUUGCACCAGUACCAUAACAUUAACCAAAAUUGUACUUGCACAAGAAGCUUUUAUGACAUUUGCAUUUAUGUUGUAUAAAAAAAUGAAACCAAACAGGCUGUUUGAAUUGCCAAUUAUGUGUUUGUUGCUGCAAAUGCUUAUAUAUAAUGCUAAUGAUAUUUAAAUUGCAAAAUAUAUUCAAAGAAAAUUCUCCCCUUGGGAUAUUUGAAUGGAAAAUUAAGCUUCAUUUCUUUGGCACAAAUUUCAAAAUAAACUUUGUGAUUUGUGAAAUCCCCUCCCCCAUUGAGACCUAUCAUUAUGAUGGUGAUGUAAAUGUUAAUCUUUUAUUAAUAAUAUUUUAUUAAUACAGUGGUGUGUACUCUGGGGUAUUGCAUGCCUAACUGCUUAUUUUUCCUGAAGGUUGUGCAUAUAUCAGUUCCCUUCAGCAUCUUUCCGUGUUUGGUGUGAGACAGUUGAAAUGCUUCUGUGCUACAGUGUCAUCAAUAUUGCUGAGAGAGAAAUUGAUUAAAACAAAACAUGACUUGAUAAAAUUAGUUUUAUAAAAGAGAGGGCAUAUGAUUGCACAGCCAGCAAGCAGCCCUGGAAAUAUUUUAAUCUUAAUAAAGAUACAAGUUUCAGAAUAAACUUAUUACUAGCAACUGAUGAAUGCAAAUAAGUACAGCAACAAGCAGGCCUGUAGUCUAUGGCCUGAUUUAUGGAACCUGCUCUACCUCAGACCUGUGUAUAAUCCUAAGCAUUCAUUGAUUUAAGGAUGAAGCUUGCAGGGCAUGUUUGUCUACAGGCCAGACAGCCAAGAAUAAAAUGCACAUCAGUUGUGAUAGUUGCAUGAAUGAAAGAGGCAGGGCCAUAAAAUGGUAUCAUCAUGCCCCCAUCAAUGGAAAAUGCCACCUGUAUGAGCCAAUACCAUGCUCACUCACAGAGAGAAGUUGUUAGUGCCUCUCCUCUUUUCAGAACUGAUGGGAGGCUAGGUGCCUAAUCUUGGCAUUCAGUGAAAUGUGGGUAUAUUUAAGGAAGCAUUUUCAGUGUAGCAGGAACAGUGUAGGAAAAGCAAACAGUUUUUCCUGCAUUGUGGGUUUUUGAGGGGAUAUUUACCACGACCUUUCACAAGCAUUAUAGUGAGUACUGGUAGACACUAAAUUUGCAGUCUAUGCUUUAAAGUUCUUCAGAGGACUUUGCCACCACUCUGGGAAGUCGUUUGCCACAAAAGUCACAGGAAUUUAAGAUUUCCCACAUUGGCUGCAUCUUUUUUUCCAGUGAAGUUCUACUUCACUGAACAGCAAUCUUUAGUGCAAAAACUCAAAGCUCACAAAUAUCAAGUUCAGCCCUAAUUUCAGAUAAUCUGACAGGUUCCCUGGAUUGUCUCCUGCAGAAACAAAUAGGGAGCUCUGCUUAUCUAAUUAUAGUAAUGUUUUUCUAUAAUGACCUGGACCUGAGUAAUCCAAAGCCUAAAUAUUCGUAGCUCGUUAAAAGCAAAUAUUGUCUUUUGAGAUAAAAAAAAAUAGCACAGAAAAUGUCUGCUAUUAGGAUUUAACAGAGGCAAUUUUCACUUGAAUUUGUCUGGGUUAAUGUGCAAUAUUUCAAACAACCUCCAUCAAAUAAAUGGAUGGAAUCAUCUUGACAGGUACAACAGUGACCCUGUUAUAACAAUAUCGGAGUACUCCUGUAAUUUGUCCUCUGUGACUUGAGUAUGUGGUACUUCCGUGAUAAUAGCUGACACUGACAGACUUGGAAGGCUCAGAAGCUUUGUAUCAUAUUCAUUUCUUUCUUUUCCUUUUCCUUUUCAAAUUCCAACUUACUUAGAUUGAGUGAACUAAGAGGUGUCUCUUUUUAAUGUUUGCUGGCAGAGUUCUUAGCAUGAGAUAACAGAAACAAGGGGAAGUUAACUUGUGUGAAGAUAGAAUUCAUGCAUCCCCUCCAUAGGAAGAUGCAUGCGCUCCUAGUGCUAUGCAAGCUCACACAUCAAUAAUUCAAAAAAAGCAAUAUGUGGUUGUUUCUGUUGCAUGCGCUUAGACCGAAAGCAGGCUGUGUUACAGUAGGGAAUAGCAAUUAGGGGGUUUUGCGCACGGAAAAGGUGAGAUUUGAGAAGCGAUUUGAAGGAGAGGAGACAGAGGGAGAGAUGCCAUCAAAGUGCCCUGAAAACCUUGGAACACUUUUGCUAGUGAAUCUAAAGGACCAGGAAGGUGCCAUGCCACUUAUAGAGUGUGGCACAGGAGUGGCUAAUGACAGGACAAGUGAAAAUGGAGAUUUACCUUCCAUGUUUCCUCUCCUCUUUCACCAGCACUAACAGUGUGAAUAGUGUGGAAGGAAAUCAGAGCUGCAGUUCUUCCAAAGAUAUUUAGGGAUUGGGAUGAUUCCCCCUCCCCAAGGGGUGGGAAAGGUAGCAAAGAUGGAAAAUGCAGGUGUUGGGAGAAUGUGGAGGUUUCCCCCACCUCCCAUGUCUUUCCUCUUCUGGUUCACUCAGAGGAAAAACACUGGCAAGCAGGAAAUGGCAAGCCAGGACAGCAGCAGCUGUGGAGUGUUACAGAGAUAAUCACAACUGCUGUAUAAAAGGCAGAAUGCUAGCAGGUCAGAAGGAGGCCCCAGAGAAUUUACAAGAGAUAUUGCACAGGUGCAGAAAGGUGCGAAAGGAAAGAUAGAGGCUGCAAGGGAAACCAGAGAGGGAAGAAAGAGUGAGGAAUCCAGAGUUUGCCAUUCUUCUCUCAGUGAGUCAGGUUUUGUUCUAUGUGGGUGAAGACUUUUGUGUUCUUAAAUUUGUCAGCCCUUCUGAAGCAAAGCAAAGUAGGGUGAAUUUCAUUCUAAGACUUGCCUCUAUUUAAAAUAGUAAUAAAUAAUUUACUACCAGAUUUAUUUAUUUUUACACCAGAAAAUGUUUUAAAUUUAUAAUUCCGUAUUUAUAAUGUUGACCACAGCAUUGUGAUGAUUCCUCGUCUGUAUUUAGUAUUUUCCACCAUUUGUGAAGAAACAUUAAAACAAAGUUAAAUGGUGAAAACAUAAAAAUAAAAGUCCCCCAGUGACUAAGUUGCUGCUGUUUGUUUCUGCAAGCAAGUAAACACACUAUGAGCAGUGAUAGGUGCAUUUCAUCUGUAGCUUUUCAAGCUGGUGGACACACAAUGUCUCACUGGUUUCAGUAGAGAAAUGGGAACCCCCUUAUUGAGGGUCCUGGUUGUGUGCGGGUUCCUAGGACACCCUCACAGGGUUAAUUUGGUUAGCGGUGUAGCCUAAGCCUUAGCUUUAGCCCCAGGAUAUGCCAGGCUGUUUGGGCCAAUCUCAUGAGGUGGCGUGAUUCCCGGGGUCUAUAAAUGUGGCAGCGUGACGUAAUUUGGGGCACUUGCUUCGCGCUGCCAAACACCCUCCCUCCCUCCCUAAUGUUAGGCAGUGCUGCUUUGGCCUUGCUUUGGAUUGGGUCGCCUGUUUUGGAACAGGGGCUGUGUAGGAAUUUUUUUCCAUUUGGCAGAUUGGCUAUAGCCACUUGGUUUUCGCCUAUCCCCUCAGCAAUUGUCACCACUUGUAAGGUUUGGCGGUUAGGUAUUGGCUUAUUGAAAUGUGGGGGACGGGAGGUGUGGCCAUCACCUGCCCCUCCAGAAAUAGGGUAUUCUGGUAAAGGAAUCUGGGGGUCCUGGAUCUCAUCCAAAGCCCGCUUGAGGGGCUAGGGCGAUGCCAGGACCACAGGAACCCCAGGGUGAGCUUCAUUGGUCUUCAUUGAUGUUGCUCCCUCGUCUGGUGUUUACCCUUUCAGAGUACCAGCCAGAGAGGCGGGGAGUCAGUUAUAGUCUUUUGCCAAUGCCUAAGCCAAUAACGCUCACUUUGCUGUAAUCAAUAAAGUUGUGGCCUAAAAUUUGCCCAAUAACUUAAACUAAAAUAUGUGGCUGUGUGAAGUUAUUUGUGGGGGGGGGGAGUGUCUUGGGGGCCUCGGAGCGCAAAAGGAACCAAUAGUCAUCGAGAUGUUGAAAGAUUUUACCUCUUGAAUCUAAUCUCCAUCAAUGUUUACAUUGGGCCUAUGGUCAUGUGUGUCAGAUUCUUGGAUAUUCUGUCAGUAGCUGCUUACAUUAGGGAACUGGAAACAUACCUAAGAUGUGCAACAAAGAUGACCUAAUAAAUAACAAAGGAAUAUUUGGCAAUGUGACAUGGCAAUUUGUCCUUCAAUUUUAGUGGUGUUAGAAUCAAUAGGAAAAGAAUGAGGGGGAAAUUGAUGAAAAACAUUUGCUGAGGAGAGAAAUGUUUUGUAUAUUAAAACUCAAUAGUUUGUCUUCAUUAAGUCUAAAUGAAGACCUUGAAUAGCUGUCACUAAUGUAAGUUCCUAAGUGACAAUUUGUAUAUGGUGAAAUUAGACACUGCACAUUUCCAGCACAAGUCUGAAGUUUCAAUUAUGUGUUUAUUUUUUGUUUAUCAUUUUAAAUAUAUGCUCAUAUACACUUUCCAAUUGCGUUCUAAAAGAAGACUCCCACCCCUUCUUGUGGAAUAAUUGUUUUUAAAAUCUCUAAACAAAUAGUGAGUCAAGAUUGAGCCUAGCUCUACAUAAGAGUAAGUCCAGGCUUAUACAGGAGUUGCUCAGUAUACCAAGAUGAGCGGCAUCUUUCCCCAACAUAAAAUGGUCUCUCUCUUUGUUUUCUACGUCUGCAGCCCUCUGCAGUUUUUCAGCUCUCCCUCCUCAGUUUUGAUUCAGUAAGGCAUAAAGGUCUGCACUGGUUUUUAAAACAAAAACUGAACAAAACGGAAUUCCAAUUGUAUGUGUUUUGUUUGUAUAUUAGCAACUGAAUUUAUUUCCCAUAUAUACAGUUCAGAAAUUUAGCAAGUAUGCUAAUUAUUUAUUUAUCAAACUUCUAUCCUGCCCCUGUUGGUGCCUGGGUUGGGCUAAAUGACCUUGUAUGUAGGUUCCCUUUCCAAUUGUGUAGAUGCUGAUUCUAAUGGAGAGUGUUAAUGAAUAAAGGCUGCAUUUAAGGUUCCACCUAGAUGUAUUUGUGAAAUUAGGUAAAUUAGCAGCCUGAUGAGCAGCAGAUGUAUGGUGAACAAAAGUCUUCUCUCUCCCUACUAUCUGCUGAUUCCGUGUCAGUUUGAGCCCGUAAGGAGAGACUGCAUACUGAAGCAGAUGGGAAACAAACUUUGAAGGAUUUGGGAACAGCAAACUUUGAAGGAUUUGGAGUGACAGAUGGGUUGUUGUUUUUUAAGUUGUAACUUCUGCCUAUGCUUGACCUGUAUGUUUGUAUAUAAACAUACAUACUACAAAAAAGCAACCUCAUUCAAAGGAAACUGAACCCAAGUUAGACUCUGUACCCCUGAAAUAUCUCACUGCUCUGAAAACUGGGGUACAUGUGUCAUAGCACGCAUCAUUAAGAAGCCAUUUGGUCUUUCUAUAAACAUAUUUUUUUAAAUUUAAUUUUGUAUAAUUUUCUUUAUAAUGAAGAAAUAGUCACAAGCAGUUGCAUGGUUGCCUUUAGGCUGAGCCUUAAGAAGGAAAUUGUGUUUCACCAACGUUGCUGAGCUUCAAGAAACUCAAGCACUUUCGAUAAUCCAUUUAUGUUCAGUUGCUGCAUACAGUGCCUUUCUCUUUGCUUCUCAUUUUCCUGUUGGUAACACAUGCUAUUUUCAUUAAAAAAUUCCAGCUAUCUGCCUCCUCCGCGAGGGUACUAAAAACUAUCGGAUUUGUGCCCUUUCAGUCAGGCAGCCAUUAAGUCAUGUGUUUCAAUAUUAUUUAGAAGGACCUUACACUAAAUGCAGAGAUAGUGGAAAAUGCUUAAGAAGCUUAUUUAGAAAUCUGCAAUAUGACCAGAACUUAAAAUGUGCAUAAGGACUAAAUGUUCUAAUUCAAACUUGCUGAACCGAAGAGAUUGCUCUAUUAAUUCUAAUGGGCUAAAAAGUACUUUCCGCAGCACAUUUGCAGAGUCGGUUCAUUGUAGGCUGCAGACGAGGGGCAUCUCAUAUGUCUGAAUAGCAUUCAAGGCCAUGCGUUAUGAAAACAAAUGGCACAGAAAGCAUUCCCAUUUUCAUUUUCUUCUGUCAUAAGGACUAAAUGUGUUUACUGACAGGCCUCACUCCUUGUUGCUAGAAAUUUUAAACAUGCACAUCCUCCAGUUAAGUAAUCCAAACACUAUCUAGGUUAAAGUAAUAGAAAAUAGCUGUUUUGAUGAAACUCUUGAGGCUGUUUCCUUUAUUUGGGAGCUAGCUUAUCUCCCACAGUGCAUUUCAUUUAUUCUUUAUGCUCAAUAACAAUGUGGGUUUAAUCCAAAAUAUCUUCUUCUUUGGUGUAGGCCAUAUGGAUCUCCUGAUUUUAUUAAUGUAUGUGGUCAUAACACCAUUAUUACCGUUAUAUUAUUCCUGUGUUAAUUGUGUUUCCUCUUAAUUUCCUUAAAUGAUUUGCUACGGCAUCUUCAAAGCAUGUGCGUUAUUGGUUACCAAGGACACAAUGUAGUUUCUUGCAAAGAAAACUAAAGUGCAGUGGAUAUCUUCAAAUGUCAGUAAACAGCAGUAGCAUAUCCACUUGAGGCUAUCAAGUUUCAGAGAGAACAACGCAUGCUGGCAGAAGACUCUUUUGCACAGCACUCAGGGGCAAAUCUGGGUUUGUCACUGAAUAUAUACCCAAUGAUGGCUGCUCGAUUACUGUACUUGCAUGAUGCAUUCGUAAGCAUAUGUUUAUAGUAAGUCAUUGGGUUACCUCGUUUGCAGUUAGUGAUAGUUAAGCCUUAAUUUCUGUCUGAAGUUAGGCUUACCUUAAAGGUUUCCUUCCCCAUGUGUUUACCUGCGAUGCUGAUGGAAUUGCUGUUGGUUUUUCAGAAUUCUCAUUUAUUGUUUCAUUUUUUAUGCAUGCUACUACGGUCUGCUAGCUCGGCUGGGCUUGCAGCACAGAUGAAGUAUAUGCACUUUGAAUCCUCUAUUUAUAUUAUGACUGUUUUCACCCUAAAGUAAGUUCCUUGACCUUUUCAAGGGCAAAAUAUUGCUGCCUAUGGAGCUGCAAAUUCUACAGAGCUGCAUAGUAUCUAUGCACAUUCAGGAAACAAUUCUUUUCUAAGGAUAAGUUCAACAGGAAAAGCAAAGGCGUCUAGUCCCUUAGCAGAGCCAAUAGGAUGGCAUUGUUUCCAUUCUCUCCCUUUGAUACAGCCUGAUUAAAUGGCUAGUGCUAGGAUACAGUUGAACUUAAAUUCAUGUUGCUUUGAUUUAACAACAACCUAAUUAUGUACCCAAGUACCCCCUCCAAUACAGCCCUAGUCUCUUUUAUCUGGAGAUAAGCACCAUUGAACUCAACGGGACUUACUUUUGAGUAGGUGUUCGUAGGAUUGUGCUGUAAAAACCAGGCAUAAAAAUUCUGGCACUAGCAAAUAACAGCUGUUUCACUACUAGAACAAUUUCAUUUUUCAUUACUUAAUUGCCCAUGUUUAAUGUAGGGACUACUUGUACUUAAUAAUAGCAUUUCAUUUAUAGUAAUGUGCAAUACUUGGCCUGUGAUUGCACAUUCAGGGUGUGGCGCUGCUGAGGUCAUCAAGUGAGAGAUGUGUGCGCCUAAGUGACUGGAAUUGCAGAAAAAUGUGAUACAGGUUUACUGCUGAAGAGGCCUAGUGUUAUGUACUGUGCUGAUGUUUCAGCUGAGCCAAAAUAUUGUGCCAAUUCAAGGAGUGUGGUGGUGCCAUAAUUUCCAUUCUCUGCCUUUGGGUCAUUUCUGGAUGUUCCACUUUGGUUGGGUUCAAAUUCAGGUGCUUCACAAUGGGCUGCAAUUUAGGCCAUUGGCUUCUGUCUUCUGUCCUGUUGUUGUUAGCAGUAGUCUGUAACUAUAUUUCUAGUGCAUGACCUAGUUUGUUCCUUAUAUCCUACUAUUGUGCUUGUUAUGUUCAGGCAUUAAAAGCUCCAUCACUCUGCAUCUACAUGAAGUAACUGAAUUCCCACUGCCACCUUGACUGUUCUCUAUGCAACAAUAGCUCUCCAUAGUGCCCCCCUCCCCCAUCGUUUUUGUCUCACUGGAAAGGAUAUGCCCACUGCUAUUUUUCUAGAAAAAGAGGUGCCAGAACUCACCACAAACACAUCCCUCAUUCUCUUAGAAUGGCAAUGGCGCCCACCUGAGGGAUGCCAGAACUGAGUUCUAGUGAGUUCCAACUGAAAAGAACAGAAAAGAAAAAAGCCGUUUUACCAAAUGAUAUUCAAUAUAUCUGAAUAUCACUUUCUUUCCAGAGGAUAGCUCCUGAAUGGUUCUUGCUUAUAACUGCAGAAACCACAGUCUCAUGAACCAAAUCUAAAUCAUAAAUUCAGCACUUUCACACACUUUGGGGACUGGCAUCAUCGUCUGGCUGUAAAUCUGUCACUUCAGAAGUGGUAUAGAGAGUACCCCCCUAGGGGCAAGAAAGGAUAUCUGUGGAUGGUGAUGAUUAAAACACUUUAUAUUCUGCCUUUCUUUUCAAGAAUAAAUACUAAGGCAGUUCACAACCAAAUAAAAGCCAACAUUUGGCUUUUGCAGGGCAUGGUUCAAUGACGUGGCUAUUUUAAUUCUGUGUUUUAUUAAUCAUAGCGUCGUAGAAUUGUAGAGUUUGAAGGGACCCCCCAAGGGUCAUCUACUCCAAUCCCCGGAGUAUUAUUAUACAAUUUAAAUCUAAACUGCUAGUUUGUGUCUUAUUUCUAGGCAUUCUUACCAAUUUUGAGCCUUUGAGGUGCCACGGGACUGCCAUCAGAACAGGGGAGGGAGGCAGGGAUGCUGUUUGGAUACAAGGAGCCUCCUACGCUUCUGAGGAGCAGUUCCUCGUCCAGCGGUGGGGAAAGCUUUCCCCACACCUCCAGUGGAGAAGAGAGGGAAGGGACCAGCCAAGCGAGGAGAGGGCUCGAAGAUGCUUCUGAGAGCCCAAGCACCUCACCUAGCCUGGCUGGCCAGGAGGGGCCACUUCCGUUGCCCAGCUUGCGCAGAGGGGUAAAACGCAAGGAGGGGAGGCGGAGAUUUGGGGUGUCUAAGUUCUUAAAGGUAAAGGGACCCCUGACCAUUAAGUCCAGUCGUGACCGACUCUGGGGUUGCGGCGCUCAUCUCGCUUUAUUGGCCAAGGGAGCCGGCGUACAGCUUCCGGGUCAUGUGGCCAGCAUGACUAAGUCACUUCUGGCGAACCAGAGCAGCGCACGGAAACACAGUUUACCUUCCCACCAGAGCGGUACCUAGUUAUCUACUUGCACUUUGACGUGCUUUUGAACUGCUAGGUUGGCAGGAGCUGGGACCGAGCAACGGGAACUUACCCCUUUGCGGGGAUUCGAACCACCGACCUUCUGAUUGGCAAGUCCUAGGCUCUGUGGUUUAACCCACAGCACCACCCGUGUCCCUAUGUCUAAGUUCUUAUGUUAGGAGAAAAGCCAGAAGGGGCCACUCCCGGAUUCUGCAAGUGACUAGGAAGGACAUGAACUUUGUGUAUCUGCACUGUAAAUAGUUUGCACAAUAAAACCUGUAAAAGACAGGUUGGAGUCCUGCCUGGUUACUCACAAGCAACCACCACACAGCAUCUGACAAUAGGAUAUGCAUUUCUGCAAACAAACAAAUAAAUUAUAUCAGACACAGUGGGGAAACAGUGAUCAUUGGCUGAAUUCAGUAAAGCAAGUCAUUGUGACUAAGGCUACACUCCAAACCCAGAACGCAGUGGGGCUUAUUGGAGUGGUGGGACCAUUGCUACAUUUUCAGUCCUACCGCUUGCACCAGCUGGAACAGACCACAGGCAACACAUUGUUCAGGCCUGUACAUUCUCAGCUCCUGUUCCACCCCACACUCCAGAAUUCCCUGUUUCUUGGCUUCCUGUGUGGUGCUUCUGGUACGAAUUCAUUCAGUGGGCAGAAUGGACGAUCCUGCACCAGUGCCGUGAUACUGGUGUCAAUCCUCAGGGGGAGGCUACGUGAGGCUGGCAGAGCUGGAUGGAGAGACAGCUACGUCUGUUCCACAAACACACCAGCACAACAUGGAAGGGGUUUGGAUUGCAGCAUAAACCCCAUUGACGUCAACUGAACUUAAGAGUCUACUGGUGCAUAUCAGUGCCAUUGGUUUUCAAGGAAAUCCAGUUGUCAGAAAUGCGUCUGAAAGGAGGAGAGAUGCUGGACCAUCCCUGGAGAACCCUGGACCAACCCACCAUGGAUGUACAGCUGCAGGUCUUGACUAUGGGUUUCUGGGUGAGGUGGGGUGGGGAGGUUAAAAAGGAGGGGGGAAAUUCCAGGUUGGUGUGAAGGGUUUUUGGAUUAUGGAGAAGGGGGCCAGUGUUGAGUUUUGAUUUUUAUCUGCUAGUAGGGUGGGAGUAUAGCUUUGUUUAUUGUUUGCAUAUUGCUAAUGUUUUUUUAAAUAACUAUUAUGGGGCAGAUGUUUUCUUUUUCCAAAAUGCUGUAUGGAAUAUUAAUGUAUUCUAUGAUUCCACGCUUGGAGUAUAAUAAGUAAAUAAAUAAAAAUAUUGCUGAAGGCCAUGCAUUAGCAAUGCAUGUUUUGCUGCCCUUUUCUGUGGCACCCUCGUCUUUAUUUCUCAAAUCAUUCUGCAUCCUGGCUGCCCGAUAAUAUUGACAUCUAUUUAUCUAAGCAGAAAUAGCCUUUCGUAUAAGUUUGCAAUGUGAAAGGGUGCCGUGAUUACUGCGGUAAGUCCUGCCAAAAUGUAUAAUGCAUAACUGUGGAUUGGCAGUGCCUCUGACACUGGAAUAUGUUCUUCUAGCAAAAGAACAAGCCACAAGGUGUUGAUGGUAUUGCUCUGACCUUGUCGUUGAUUCAUGUGGCAUUCGACUUCUUUAGGUGUUCCAGGAAUAGAAUGUUGUUGGUUGCUUUGCACUCAGUUAUUCACUGGAUAUAGAAAACGUGCAUUCUUUUUUUUACAAGCUAUAUAACCAGUUCCUCCUUGCCCUUGCACCCAGCAGCACCUCUUCAUACAGUUCCAGAGGGAUUCCCAGUCCUGAGGUGCACAUUUUUAGGGGGUGCAGAGACCUGCAAGGAAGAGGAGUAAUUGGCAAUAAUUGCUCCCACUUCUUCCUAAAGCAGAAUGUCAGGAGAUCAAAGCCUAUGUGUUUAAAUACAUAGAUUCAAGUACUUAAGUUUGUUGUUCUUUGCCUGUGGGUCAGUAUGUUUUCAUUCUUCACAGUUUCAUAACAGGUCUGUGUUUAAUCUCUUGGGUCCGAAAAUUUAGGUUUCUAACUUUCCACAGCAGCCCUUCAAGUCCCUUAUUGUGUUCCUCUAAUUACAGCAGUAUGGACUUGUUUGCUACAAGAAUGAUCUUAAUCCACUGGAGCAUUCAGGGAUUAUUUUGAAUACACACUUUCCCUCUAAUAUUUGAUUCUGACACCCUCAUACUCCAGUGCAUUGUUGAAACAUAAAAUACCUUAACGGAAGAAGCAUGGGACAUGGCGGGGGGGGGGCGUAGUCACACAAAUUCUCCUGUAGAUUAGAAGCCUGUGGAAUUGUCUGGUAUAUGCAGAACAAAAAGAAAAAAGAAAAAUGUGUUUUUUGUUUUUUAAAAAAUGUUUUUAUUAGCAAUUUCAACAUAUCAAAACAUAUCGUAUUAUUUUUCCCCUUCCCUUCCUCCCAAGACUUCCUUCAGCUCCUCUCUCUGAUUUCUCAACCCAUAUUAUUCUCUGCAUGUUAUAAAAUUAUACAGGUCCUCACAUUAUCUGUCUACCCUAUUAUCAAUCAAUAAAUUUGUGUAUGUUUAUUCAAAACCUGCCAAGGAGUCCAAUUCAUUUUGUUGUCUUUUUAAGUAAUUUGUGAAAAGUUCCCAUUCUUCUUUAAAGUCACAGUUGUCCUUAUCUCACAAUUUGUACGUCAGUUUAGCCAGUUCUGCAUAGUUCAUCAAUUUCUCUUGCCGCUGUUCUUUUGUCAGGGUUUCCUCAUUCUUUCAUCCUUGUGCUAUCAAGACUCUUGCCACUGUUGUUGAAUACAUAAAUAAAUUCUUUGUUUUCCUUGGCAGGUCUUGUCCUACAAUCCGUAACAAAAAUGCUUCUGGUUUUUUAACAAAUGUCCUUUGAAAAAGGUGUUUUUAACAAGAAGUUUAAAGAAUAUCUGAAUGGAGUGUCAGCUAUGUGUAUUUAAAUCCAAAAAAUCAUGCAUCUUUAAUAAGUCAAGCAAUUAACCUCGAGGAGACUGAGAUGUCGUUGCUUUAUUGACAAAACAAACAUGAAUGAGGUGCGUUUAAAAAUAUUUGUAUUCAGACAAGAGCUAAUUGUUCUCUGGAGAAAGCUCUUUUAGGCUCAGCGAAAGUGACGAGUCAUUAAUGAGUUCAAAUUGUUCAAAACAUUGGAAUUUUAUAAAUUUUUGCUUUGAUGGUUAAUUUGUUCCCUCUUUCUCAGCACUUCUGUUCCAAAUAUAUUGCUUGUGUACAUAAAUGCAUAUAGGCGCAAAACUAGACCUGUCAGCAUUUUGAAGCAUUAGGGAGCCUUCCUCUAUACCAGCUGUGGGGCUGUAGUAUAUGGUGGAAACUUCCAUAUGCCGGCCUUUUAUGAGGCGCAACACUGGUAUGAUGCUACACAAGCGUUUCUGCUGUGCAGGCACAAUUCUGCUGGCAAAGCAGCUGUAAAUUUGUUUCUGGAUGUAGGAGCUUCUGCCAUGUGAGGUCAAAGCUAGACCUCCAUGCCUAUGAUACCUGAGCUGUUCUACCAGGAUACGGUUUCUAGUGCAGUCCAUUUGCUUAUAUGACUUGUUCUUAAAGCAGUGGCAGGGAAGAGAAAUGUCCCAUGAUGUGUCUGCUUAUGACUGAGUGGGCAAGGAAUAAUAAUAAUAAUUUAUUAUUUAUACCCCGCCCAUCUGGCUGAGUUUCCCCAGCCACUCUGGGCGGCUUCCAAUCAAGUGUUAAAAACAAUACAGCAUUAAAUAUUAAAAACUUCCCUAAACAGGGCUGCCUUCAGAUGUCUUUUAAAAAGAAGAUAGCUGCUUAUUUCCUUCACAUCUGAAGGGAGGGCAUUCCACAGGGUGGGCACCACUACCGAGAAGGCCCUCUGUCUGGUUCCCUGUAACCUCACUUCUCGCAAUGAGGGAACCGCCAGAAGGCCCUCGGUGCUGGAUCUCAGUGUCCAGGCUGAAUGAUGGGGGUGGAGACACUCCUUCAGGUAUACUGGGCCGAGGCCGUUUAGGGCUUUAAAGGUCAGCACCAACACUUUGAAUUGUGCUCAGAAACGUACUGGGAGCCAAUGCAGAUCUCUCAGGACCAGUGCUAUGUGGUCCCGGCGGCCACUCCCAGUCACCAGGAACACCUCUGUGGUGUCAACAGGUCCAACAUAACUCUUGCUGGCCAGGCACAUAAAAGCGUGUGUGAGGUAACAUCCCCCUUGACAAGGGUUUGAAUUUGCACCUCUGGUUUCCGAAUCCUAUGUCAUGGGCCGCAGGAGUCUGCUACUGUCAGUGUGUGGUUGUGUCUUCCCUGGUUGCUUAUAUUUCCCGUUCCUUCCUUGGCAAACAAUUCUUUAUCCUCCCUCAUUGGAAACUGGAUCCUUGUCUCAAGGAGGAUUGUAUGUGUUCUCCCAAGGCAGCUGUUUGGGUACUGCAUUUUGCAUCUCUUCCUUGCCUUUGUGUUAUAAUCAAAAACAGAAGAUGCUAUGGUAUCUGGACCACAAGUUUAGCAUGAGUGAACAGAAGGAAAUAUUUCCAGCUAAGGACGUUCAGGGUUUCAGCCUUAAUGUCCUAAGUGCUACCAAAUCAAAUGUUCAGAUACCUGUAGGCAAUGUAGAAAAGAAAUGCAAAGCCCUUGCAACAUGAUAUUAUUGAGUUUGUUUCAGCAAAAUGUGGUGUGGCUUCAUUAAUUAGUGUCCCUAAUAACCCCACAUUGCUCUCUCUUGAUUCCCUUCUCCCUCCUUGCAUUUUGUACCUCUGCCUUUCCCCUUACUGAGUCUUCCAUUUUGCUCCUCUACCUCCCCCCCCCCCGCCUUUCUGGUGUCAGUUGUAAUCUCCAGAGGCAACUCUUAAGGGAAAUGUUUGUAAAAAAAAAGAAGCAGCAAAAAGCCUGUCCCUGAAGCCAGAGAUAAUUCUGGAAGCCUGAGGGCCUGUUAUAUGUGCACUUAGAAUAGGUAAUUACAGAGACAAGGCCUGUGAUAAGAGAUGCAGAGUGAGUGGUUCAGUAUCUUCUUGUCAUCCCUGGAUGAUAAAUAAAACUUCGGUUUUAAUAAAAUGGAUCACUGUCAUCUCUGAGGAAUAAUCUGCCUGGCUGAGCUGCUGCAGAGUAGGCUGCAGAGCUAUGUAAUAUUUGUGAAAACAUGAAACUUUUGAAAACUUUACUCACUAUGGUUAAAAUCACUGGUUAAUAUAGAUAAUCUCUUUCAGUAAGGUAUUCAAGGAAUAGGCUACUGCAGAUGUCUGACUAGGGCUGCAAUCAUGUACACAUUCACUAAUGGGAGAGUUCAAUUGAAUAUAUCAAGAUUUUGCAAAAAAAAUAUAUUAAAAUGUAGGAUUGCACUGUUGAUUCCUUUGAAGAACUUCUUUCACGUAAAGCACAUUCUCCAAUUAAAUGAGAGUGCGUGUUGCGGUGUGGGCCACCAGGCCAGCCCUGUGUUGCCGGGCAGGUUAAUGGCUAUUGCCUGGUGCAUUGAUUGGAUGACCGGGUAGCUGGGGCAAAUUGCAUGUAGCAAAUUGGUGGGUGGGGCCAUAGCCUUUAAAUAUGGGGGCUCUCUGGUUUUCCAUUCUCUUUUGCAGAGUGCAUCAGAUCACCUGCCCGCCCUGUUUUCCGGUUGACCUUGCUUUGCCUGUCAUGGGGUCAUCUGCCUUGGUGCAGGGGCCUAGUAGGAAUUUUUCCAUUUGGCUGAUUGGCUGGUGCCAUUUGGUUUUGCCUACUACUUAGCAAUUCGUCACACCUUGUAAGGUUGCGGUUAGGCAUUGGUUUUAAUAAGCUGGUGGUGGAGGGGUCAGGAUAGGCUGUGCCUGCCCCUCCAAUUGUGCUGAAGGGAAUUCCGUUAAAGGAAUCCUGGGGCUUGCCACGAUUUCGUCCAAUCCCUUCCAUGGGACCAGGGCCGGCAAGCCUUGGGAAGCUGGUUGGGUGAGCGGCGUGGGACUGACGCUCAGCUCAACUGAUUCCCAACAUUGACUUUCCCUUCAACUGGCUUCCGAUCGGAGCUCGGGAUGUCAGUUCUGUCCCAGGCGGGGGGACAGAUAGUCAUAACCAAUGUCUAAACAACCACUCACAGAUUUUGUAUUUUAAUAAAGUUGUGCCCAAAAACCAAAACUAAAAUUAUGUGUGUUGUGUGAAAUUAUUUGAGGGGUGGCCUGGGGGCCUACACACGCAACACAGAAUGCUCCAUUAGACAAUGCCAGUCAGUCUAGCUUAGUAUUGUCAACAAUGACUGGCACAAAAUCUCAAAGGUUUGAAGCAGGAUUGAACCUGGGACCUUUCAUGUGCAAAGCAUGUACUCGUAAGACUGCUCUGGUUGAGAUUUUUUUGGGGGGGGGGUAAUCCAGAAUGAUACAAUUGUAUCAAAAACUGCCAAGAGCUCAAGAAGAACAAGAUGGGUUGGUUUAUGGGAUCCUCCUAAAUUGAGGGUCCUGGUUGCUCUCGGGCCCCUUAAGCCACCCCCACGGGGUGAGUUGUUACUAGGCGUGGCCCAAGCCUUGUCAGUUGGGCCCUGGGAUCGUGCCUGGCUGUUUGGGCCAAUUGAGGCAGGUGGCAUGAUCCUGGGAUCCUAUAAAUGCGGCAGCGCGAUGUGGGUGAGGCACAUUAAUUUUUUGGUCACGUUUCCUCAUGAGGCACUUUUGGCACAAUAGCAUCAACCCAGUUGCAACAAAUAAUGCCCGGAAGUGGGUAGACUCCAAGGUAGUGCGGAAGGUGUUAUCCAUGGGUGGCAGGGUGAUCCCCCACCCAGGCAUUGCAUUCUCUAAUGCAGCCCUGUUUAGGUCAGAUGGAGUGCAUUUAUCUGAUGAAGGUAAUGAUGUGUGGCUGGCUGAAGUCCGUGAUGGCUUAAAGGACUGGUUGCAAGGUGAAGGUAAUGGCGGUGAGCGCUAGGCUCAUGUGGCAGUUAGGCAUUGGUUUAUAGAAUUGUGGGGGAGGGGAGGUGUGGCCAUCACCUGCCCCUCCAGAAAUAGGGUAUUCCGGUAAAGGAAUCUGGGGGUCCUGGAUCUCAUCCAAAGUCCGCUUGAGGGGCUAGGGCCAUGCCAGGACCACAGGAACCCCAGGGUGAACUUCAAUCGAUCUUCACCGAUGUUGCUCCCUCAUUUGGUGUUUGCCCUUUCAGACUGCCAGCCAGAGAGGCUGGAGUCAGUUAUCGUCCCUGACCAAUGCCUAGGCCAAUAUCGCUCAAUUUGUUUUGUAAUCAAUAAAGCUGUGGCCAAAAUUCUGCCCAAAAACCUAAACUAAAAUUAUGUGUCCGUUUGAAUAUAUUUACUGGGGAAGGGCUUGGGGGCCUCGGGGUGCAAUCACCCAUCUUUCUUCUGACAAAUGCCAUCAACCAGGGUGACCAAUGUGGUUUCAGUGUGCCAUGAUCAGACUUGAAGCUACAUUAAAAUGGAUCCAAGUAAUCUGUCUUUUCCAAGUGUGUCAAGCAGGCAUGUAAAAGUUUGAUAAAUUGAGUAGGUGCUUCUGGUCCAUAACUGAGCCCCAUUGUUAAGCAUUUCUUACCAGAACAUAUAUAGUAAAGAAGAUUCAGCAUUUGUUUAAUCAUAAAGACUACACUAUUGGAAGUACAGUUAAUGGAGAGCUUUUGACAUUUUUGAAGGGCAAGAUUUGCAUUCUGCACUUCAAAAAAUGUCCUGCCUCCCAAGGGAUAAAAACAAUCAUUUAAAAAAUAAAUAAAAUAAAAACAGCACAUCAAAGCAGCAUUGAUAAUGGUCUGGGGGAAAUGGAAAAAAACAAGUCGGCAUUAAGAGUCCAUUAAAAGGGGUCAAAAUCUUGAGAUAUUAAUCUGGAUGCUAGGUUAAUGAAGAACCAGAAUGUAUUUUAAUUAUCUAUAUAGCCAAAGAUCUGUCCAGUCAUGACCACCAUGACUCUUUAUACUCUUUUGGUAUAAAGUAUGGCUAAAAAGGUAAUGGAGUAGGUGCCAGGGGAAAAUCAGUAGCAACUAGAAUAGCUAGAUUUAGUUCUUCUAAUUCAAGGGGAAGUUUCUACUUAUUGCAAUGGAACAGAAUAUCCUAGCUUAUGUGUUCGGCUUAGCGAGACACCUACAGACAUAUCCAGAAGAAUGAUGAAAUAUCUAGAAACACCAUCCUAUAGGUUGCAUAGUGAUCCUGCAAGAGAAACACACAAAAAUUAUAAUAUUGCACAUGCUGAAAUCAUGAGGCCACUGUUACAAAAUCCAUUUGGACCCGGUGAAAUCUGUAGCUGACUGCCGAGUCCCCAUUUCCAAAUUCUCUAGUGAGAUCUGCUUGGCAUUUUCCCUUGAAUAGAAUCCGCCAGCACAUUUCAAUAGUAGCCCUAUAUCCCACAUUUUCUUCUGGAUCCCCACCUCUCCCCCAGUGUGGUGUAGUGGUUAAGAGCGGUAGUCUCGUAAGUCUGGGGAACCGGGUUCGCGUCUCCGCUCCUCCACAUGCAGCUGCUGGGUGACCUUGGGCCAGUCACACUUCUCUGACGUCUCUCAGCCCCACUCACCUCACAGAGUGUUUGUUGUGGGGGAGGAAGGGAAAGGAGAAUGUUAGCCGCUUUGAGACUCCUUAAAGGGAGAGAAAGGCGGGAUAUCAAAUCCAAACUCUUCUUCGUCUUCUUCUUUUGCAAAAUUCAUAAUGUAAACUGUUUUAAGAAAAGCAAGAUAAAACACAUUUUGUCAACCUUAAAAUAUAGGCUCAAGUUAUGUAUCUGGCCAGAAAGUGUGAAUCAUAGAUUCAUACUGCUAAUUCAAGAAUUUUUUAUAUCCUUUGGUUCAGAGUUGGAUAAUAUGUCGACUUUGGGGAAGCUUAUUUUUCUGCUUAGCUGGCUGCCUGAUGCAGACUGAGGGUAUGGUGCUCUCUUCUCCUCCGUGGUUAUUAUGCUGUCAUACAGCUGCGUUGCCCUGCCAAAUUCCUAUGGCUGUUUUGGGAUAUAUUAAAUCAUGAGUUUGAUUGCUAACUGAACGCUUUUCAACAAUUUGCUCUGAAACAGAUUGUUUUUCUCCUUAUCCCAUUUGGAAGGAUAAGCACUGUGUUUACUUGCGUACAUAGAAUGGCAAUGGUAAGUUUGUAAAGGCAACAGUUUGCAAGAUCGUUUUAUUUUAACAAAGUGGCAUUGUUUGUUUCCUUAGUUGCAAUGCUUUUCAAGUAGGAAAUGCUAUCAGAGGGGGUUUUAGGGUAGUAGGGCUGGUUUGCCCACACUGGACGCUGCAGGGGGCGCCACAGCAAUACUGUGGAAUGAAGUGAGAGAGGCAGGGGGCACUGAAUUUUAGCGUUGCACAAGGCACCCCUGAAAUUUGACAGCCCGAAGACCACCGCUGAUGCUAUUACAUAAAGUGGGUAUGGGGGUGAAACAUACAGCAGGCUUUCCCAGCUGCAUACACGAGUCUUUGGCAUGAGUGUUUGAUGAUAAUAGUAAUAAUACUAACAAUCCAUUAAAUAACAAUCCUUGGUUGGCUGGGAAGGAACAGGCUGUGUGUUCAUUCUAGUUGUGCGUAUAUGGCAUUGUGUGAGACAGGCACUACACAUGAAGCACAUGUAUGAAUUGGGUCCCAUCUGAUUUUCUUAAAUUAUUUUUAUAUGUACAUGCUCUCAUAAUUAGAAUCCCCAUAUCUGGACCUGGGGAGAGCAUGGAACUUACCGUAUUUUUUGCUCUAUAAGACUCACUUUUUCCCUCCUAAAAAGUAAGGGGAAAUGUGUGUGCGUGUUAUGGAGCAAAUGCAGGCUGCGCAGCUAUCCCAGAAGCCAGAACAGCAAGAGGGAUUGCUGCUUUCACUGCGCAGCGAUUCCUCUUGCUGUUCUGGCUUCUGAGAUUCAGAAUAUUUUUUUCUUGUUUUUCUCCUCCAAAAACUAGGUGUGUCUUGUGGUCUGGUGUGUCUUAUAGAGCGAACAAUACAGUAUAUAUCCAUAACCACAGGCACCAUAUUCUGAAGCACAUUGAGGGGACCCAACCCAAUAUCCUAACGUUCUGCACCUGGCUCUACAUUCAGCCUCAACAAGGGAGGCCCCCAGUCCCCUUCCAAAACAAAUUGAGAGGGUCCACAGUGGCUCAGCCCCCAGGAGCCGAUGCUUAUGCCCAUAACCAAAAACUAGGAGAUAGUGUCAGAUAUAACCAAAGUAUGGAAGUGGCUUGUUUUAAGGAAGUUGAUGUGCACAGUGAACUAUAAAUCCCUGAAAAUCCUGGGUUCUAAUUACAUGAUGGAGCCCCUCUCCCAAUAUCUGCAUUCAGAUAUGAAGUCAAGGCCCUUAACAUGCUCCCACUGAGGAACAAAGCUUGUGGGUGGUAGCAUGGUCAGCACCAGUCUUGGUUAUGACAUUCCCAGUUUGUGGAAUUUCCUCUUCUCUACUGUGUAGUGGUCCCUCAUUACAAAAUUUUAGGAGUUGCUUUGAAAUGUUGUUUGGAGAUGUUAGGCUUAUGGGACAGGGCAAGCUGUUCAUGUUUAAUGGAAUAUAUCCACAAUGCUCACUAUUUUUAUCUUAUGUAUUUAAUAUCAGGUUACAGUUUUAAAACUUUGGUAUGUUUAAUAGUUUUAUUCAAUUUGUGUGUGCAUUUGUGUGCAUGUGGAUGCACAAUAUAUUUGUAAGAACACCCUGGAAUCACAUUCGAACGAAACCAGGUUGAAAAUAUAAACACCUAAAUAUUGUUAACAUUCUAUUUUGAUAGUCUUUUAAUCACUCGGCCUUUUGGCUAAGAUCAAGUGUAGUAGUCUUUUAAUGCACUUUCUACUGUCUAAAAAGUGCUCAGUAUAACUUCUAUGAUCAUUGCCUUGUGUGACUGAUAUUUACCAGUAAUUGCCAAAUGUAAGAUGCUUUCCAUAAAAAGUUCCAUAGCAGAAACAAUUUUCCUUUAACAAUUCUGUCAUUUCACUUAUUCAUCCCCUCCAAUAUUUAUUUUAAUACAGAUUGCGUAUGUUUCAUUUGAUAGCUCGAAAGCCCCCUUUUGCAAUAUAAUAGUUGUCAGAGUUCCUACAAAAUGAAAAAGGUACAAUAAUGAACACAUUUGUGGCACAUUUAAGGUCUAACCUUUCUUCUGACAUUGCAUUAUCUUUCUGUAAUGCUGCUCUUGAAGUGAAAAUAAAAGAGCAAUUUGCAUCUGAAGUGCACCAUCAUUCUCCGGCCAUUGAAAAUACCAACUCAAAAACCAGAUCUGCUUCUUCCUAGCUGUCAGUCAAUAACAAUUUUAGGCUGCAGUUCUAGACAUACUGAAUGAGGAUCUAGUCCCACUGAACUCAAUGGGACUGACUUAUGAAUAACAUGUAUAUGAUUACACAGUAUCAUAGUUCAUAUGGACAACCCAUAUGACAACCACCCAUUGGUGUUGAUGGUGGGGAGGAUAUACUGAGCUGAAUAAAUCUGAAUGAAGGGGAGAAAGUACCGAAAACAGUUCAACUAUGGCCGCUCUGCAAUAUCAAUAAACAAAUUACAUGGAAAACUGGUUUUUAUUGACUUGGGGCUGGGGAAAGAAGAAUUACCAGGAAAAGGAAAAAGAAUACCUAUGGUAGAGAAAGGUAUCCUGUAUCCUGAUGCCCCAGUUACUCAGUUAAAGUUCCAUUUAUUUCAGGGAAAUUGACUUCUAAGAAAGUCUGUGUGCACAUGAGUGUGGGUGAACAAGGGUCAGGCAGAAUUAAUCCUCCAAAUGCACUGUUCCAUUUGCAGAAGCAAAAAUUAUCAAUUUUCAGGGGUCGGCUGCCAAAAGUUCAUACGUUGUUGUGAGGUCUGUUUCCCUAUGUUUUGUUUAACUGUUUAUUUACAUUUUUAACUAUUUUUUUCACUAUCAGGCUGUGAGAACCUACUCCCACUGCAAAAAACAAAAUUUACAAACAGUUAAAGGAAGGGAGCAGCUUAAAGAAAAAUAGCCAAUGGCAAAAUAAUUGGCAAGCAGCCCCAUGGACCUUACUAAAACAAAUAAAAAUGGCUGCCCUUAAAAUUGGCCCGAUCUUGAACUGAAAAACAAAAUACACCAUAUGAAAUCAUAUUUUACCAAUAUGAGACCAUAUAAAACUGUACUUAAAUAUUUUAAAAAUAAUUUAACUCAAUGUACAUUUCUAAAUAUACUGGAUUCUAAAUGCACUGGAUUCUGGAAAAGAUGAACAGCUUUGUACUCUAUUGCACAAUUCAGAGAAGUGCAGAGUCUAAAAGCUACCCAUACAUAAAACAAUACAGACCAUGGAUCCAUAAUAUGGGCCUAUGAUGUAAGAGAGGAGUUACCAGAGACAUCAACAAAUUCAAAUCCAGCUUUAUGGCAGGAUUUACCUGCUUGCUUGUGUGUGAAUAAAGGUUUUGGAAAACGAUCUCUUCUGUCUCUAUAUAAGGGGCUAGCAGAUAAUGAGUGUCAUCUUCCAUCUGUGGUUGACCACAUAUACAAAGUGUGUCUGUGUACAUGACCUAGUUGCAGUGGCCAUCCAAGACUGCAGUGGGAAAUGCAACUCACUAAAGGCAUUUUUUGAGUUAGGGGGAUUUUGGUCAGAUAACUAGCUCUAAAAUGCUUUGUUCUCAAGAGUGCAUACUAAGGGGGAUUUUUUUUGCUGUUUCUAAUUAGUCUCCAGGUCCCUUGUGGAUUCUAUCCAGAGGAGCCAAUCCCUUAGAUGAAACUUAUUCAAUGUUGAAGCAGAGCUCAGUUCUAGAAAAUAAUACCCUAAAACAUCUUGACAAGCUGCUUUCCAGAGUUGGUUAUCAUCCAAUUCCAUAUAGCACAGCACAGGAAAAUGCUCAACAGGCAUACUACUAGUCUGUCCUUGUCUUAAUUGUUGGCCAUCCAGGUUCUGUACAAAGAGCUGCUAAUAUUCCUGAUGGCCCAGAGUAUAGCUUCCAAAAUAAAAAAAUUCUGCACAGUUUCCAAAACUUUAAUGGAGUUCAGAUGAGAGCUGCAGAUUUCAACACCAUAGAAAAUCUGAGUAAGCACUUUGCCACCAAGUUGCUGGAAAUGAGAGGUGACUGAGUAGAUGAGACCGCAUUUUAUGCCUCUUGGGUUUUGGGACAAUAGUAGUAGAUGGUACCUUUCAACAGCUUUGUGUUAUAUCUUUCAAGUUAUUUAGGCAAAAUGAAAUUAAAGUUACUUAGCUGCGGUAGAAUUCAAACCACAUUUGCCUCCACAUAUUGGUUUUCAUUGAAUUCAGUUAGAUGAACCCUGAAUACAGCUUUGUUUUUGAAAAUGGUACUUGCCAGAAGCACUGUGAGUUUAUCUAAUUAUCGGAGAUCUAAAAAGCAGCAGCACAGAGACUAUCAGGGGAUUUGAACAGAUUUUGUCUUCUUGACACUUGUUUUACUUAACAUUCUACGUUUAAUCGUUGAGGAACGUCCUAUCAUGCCUUUAAACCUGGCAAAAUAUGAUAAUUUUCAUGCUAAAAGAUACACAAGGGAACCGAAAGGUGCAUGAAGUAAGCAAUGAAUCCCUAAGCAACACGUUUGGCAUAUAAACAAUUUUAAUUUGGGAUAUGCCUUUAUAACUCUACCGAAAAGAUGUGCAAUGAGCACUUGGGAGUCACCGCUAUUAAUAAAAAAGUGAUGUUGUAACUUGCCAUCUGCUCUUAUUUUAUAAAAAUCUCAAGUAUCCAGUAAUCAAGUAACUUUCAAAUGUCUGCUGGGAGCUUAGAUUGACUGAGACUUGUGUUUGAAAGGGAUUUGGGAGCUGAAAUAGAACCAAAUGCAUGGCAUUUCUUUGAGGCAGAAAAAGCUGCUGAAGUUGAUAUUGUCCCAGAUCAGGAAAUAGGUUGGAAUUUUUGCCUCGCUGAUUCACCCCUUUGAGGUUGUGUGAAUGGCUUAACCAAACCUGAAGCUGGAGAGGCUGUUGAGAAAAGGACUCAUUUUAUCAUAACUGGUGGUGAUGGUGGUAAAAAUGAAGCACAUUUGUGGGGAAGUUAUAAAAGGCACUUUAUACCGGGGGGGGGGGGGGGGAAUAGCUCUGCUAUUAUUAUUUGAGUGUCCAGAUAUGGAUGUAUAUCACCAAGAGCUUAUCAUGGAGCUCCGCUAACCCAGAAACGGUGCUUCAGGUUAAGAACUUUGCUUCAGGAUAAGAACAGAAAUCGGGCUCCAGCGGGAUGGCAGCAGCAGGAGGCCCCAUUAGCUAAAGUGGUGUUUCAGGUUAAGAACAGUUUCAGGUUAAGUACGGACCUCUGGAACGAAUUAAGUACUUAACCCGAGGUACCACUGUAGGUUUCUUCCUGCUUUAUAUUUCCGGGUCAGCUCUGUGGCUCUAAGAGCAAUUGCCUUUUUGGCUUUUAGUGAGGUUUCGAGCUGAGGGUUUUUUUACUCUUUUCUCCUAGUAUAACAGUGCCAUGUGGGGGCAGGGAUGCACCCUUCCAAUCAGUCUGAUUUGAAGGGUGCAUGCCUGUUGCUUCCUCCUCACACAGCCCUGCCAGCUCCGCCCCCCCCAAAAAAUGCACCCAGGGCCAUUGCCCCAGCAGCCCCCCCACACACUACAUCCCUGAUAAAGGCUGCCUUUGAGGCCAAUCUCCCCCACCCACCUGGAGCUAAGGUCACAGGCAAUGAGGGGGAUGCACAAAGCCCACCUACUCACAAUUGUGCUGUGGCCUAGGGAAAAGAGCUAUGUAUGCCUUUAUUUCCCACAGGUGUGCUGGUCCCGGGGGCUAACCGAGAGGCGAGGUCCGAGUCCAGUCCGAGGUCGAUGGUGCAAUAUGAAGGUAGUCCGUAGAAGUCGAAGCUGGGUGCAGGGCAGGGCGUCAGGUGAGGUCAGGAGCUCCGGCAGGGAAGCAGGUCAUGGAUCAGGCUGGAACUGACAACCAACGAUGUUGCUCCUGCAACUUGGGACUGGGGCUGGCUGGCUUUUAUCUCCCCCGAGGCAUAGGGUGGACCCGAUCCUCAGGUGACUCGCCCCUCCUGGCCUGGAGGCGAGCACUCCUCCUGCAGGAACUUAGUUCUCUCCGCUUCUCUGCCCUGAGCCUCUGCAGCUCAGGAGAGGCUUGAGGGUUACCAGACCCAGAGGUAACCUCAGCUUCCUCUCAUAGGGCUAAGAGUGGAGCACCUGCAGGCAAUGGGUCCUCCUCAGGGGCCAAAGCAGACUCAGCUGGUGCCUGCACCUGAGGAUCCAGCACAGGUGAGGACCCUUCAGGCUCAUGCCCCAGCCCUGGCUCAGCAUGUCCUGGAGGCGGGGAAUCCUGUACAGGCUGGGAUUCCUCAGGUUCAGCCUCCGAAUCAGAUUCCCAGGCCAUCACAACAGGCCAGGGAUGGUGGGCACUGUAGUGACUGCAGUUUUUGCCUUACAUUAAUGUUGGUUCCCACACCAAUAGUUGGUUCCUUCUGUGGGUAUUUCAUUGGUUUACACUUUAAGUUUAACCUAGUUCAACCCAGCCCUUGUGCCUGUGUCUUUAUUUGGCCAUCAGGUCACAAAUGAAAAUGUUUUAAAUACUGAUUAAUUUUUUUUGUUGUUGUUCCAAAGGUGUGAGUAAAUUAUUUUUUUGACUGCUUCCCUUUGAUUUGCUCCAGCAGUAUCCCCCAUUUGCCCCCAUAUGAACUGAUAAGCCAUUUGAAAAAUUACCUGAGUUCUUGCAUAUAUUUUUUUCUGGAGGAAUUUUCUGAUCUAAUCUGAGAGGAGCUUUGAGAAGCUAAACCAGCAUCUACAAAGGUUUUAAUUGAAAUUGAGAGCUUUUGAAAGUGAGUACAGUAGCUGUAACCAUAAUAUUUACCCGCUUUUGAGAAGGAUAGAUCUGUGCUCCUAAGGCAGAGAUAACUAAAAUGCUAUGCAGAAUUUCAGAUAUUUUCAAAAUGCAAUCCUUCAAUUAUGCUAGGUGACCUGACAAUAUUGGGUGACAAUUUAAAUUAAGGUUUGAAUAAAAUGUCUUCUAGCACAAUGGAAGAUGGAAUUAAUGUUCCCUGCCUUAUGAAUAAAUUCACCUUUCUAAUAAGGUUAAAUAAUUGAAUGAUUAUGGAUGUUAAUAUGACAGAGGAGUCUUUCCAAGAAAAUAUAUUUUCUCCGGGAUAUAUAUGACGGUAUCUUUUUGAACUAUCAAACUCCAAAUAAAAUAACUUCAUUUCCAACAAAAGUUUAUUCACUUACUUUUUUUAAAAAAAGUUUACUCUAAAAAAUAAGGUAGAGGUGAAAGGCUAAAGGUGGAGUUUGCAUUCUCAUGGAUAAUAAUGGAUAAAAAAACAACAACAUUAAGCACAAUAUGAUCAUUUUUAUUUCUCAUUUCUUUAAAGAGACCACAUGCUCAUUUCUUCCAUUGCUUGAUUUUGACUGGAUCACUUCAUUAGACCACUGCUUUAUAGUUGCAUAAUCACAUUUGGAAACAGAGAAAGGUUAUGGCCUGUACUCACAUCUGAAAGAAUUAAGUGAUGAGAUUAUGGAAGGGCAUAUAUUAUAUGAUACAUACAUACAUACUUUGGACUUGGCUAAGUGUACCCAAAUACGGAAAAUAAAUUGAUAAUUCGUGUUAGAAGCUAGACACUGUUCUAUAAACAGCACCUAUAAAAGGAGUUUUCCAGAAGAAAUACAACUGAAUGAGGUGCAAAAUGCUUUCAGAAUGGAGGUGUGCAACAGGUUUUUUGGGUAUGUUCAUCCCAUUAUUUUAGAUACUCAGUGCUGUUUUUGCUUUGCUUUCAUUCAAACUGGAUACAUUUUGUAGAUUAUUUGUUUAACUAAACAUAUGUUUCAUUUUCAUUGGCUACCAUUUUUAAAAAAAAUUACUGCCAACUUUCAAAAGGUAGUGUACAGGAACUACCCUUAAAGCAGUCACAUAGCAUUUGAAGUAUACACACUUCAUUAAAAAAGUAGUUUGUGUCAAAACAACUUCAGUAUUCCUUGAAAUCAGAUGAAGUAGACAUAUUGGCUGUUGUUUGUCAAUAAUACAGGUCUCAAUGGCAGACAUCCUAGAGGUGGAAAUAUUUACUAAAACAAAAUAAGAUCAAGAUAUAGUCACCAUGGUACUGCAUAAAUACAUCCUGAAAUUUAGUGUAGCAUGUGUGUGUACGAAAUAUAUCAAGUCAAUAGAUAUUAAAAAAUUAUACACCUCUCAAUAUUAGCCACCUGCUGUCUCUUCAAAAAUAAUCAAGUUACGUGGAUAGAAAAAUACUAGACUGCUUUGAGAAUUUGUAGUCAGUGUUACUGAUAAUGAACUUUGAGGUCUGUUGGGAUGUGCCUUUGAGCACAAACAAAACAUCUGGUCAUUAAAGGCCUGAUAUCACAACAAAGAAGACAAAAAGAUUCAGGCUUUGGCAGGGGUGCCGAGUUGAAUUCAAAUACCUGGGGGGGGGGGGACUCAGGUAAGGCCCAACCUGCAUAAUCAAUCACAAGACACACACACAAACCAUUUGAAUGGCAACACCCAUCAAAUUUGUAGGAGCCUGGAUCCCUCAAAAUUUUUAUUGAGGGGGGGGCAAAGGGACUUCGGCCCCUAGUAGUUGGCUCUUACAGUCUUUGGUAAUGGUAGCUUAUUAUGUUAAUGCUAUAGUGUAUAGUUCUGACUCAAGCCUAUUAUUUCAGGCAGGCAUCCCCCAACUCGGCCCUCCAGAUGUUUUGGGACUACAAUUACUAUCCUCCCUAACCACUGGUCCUGUUAGCUAGGGAUGCUGGGAGUUGUAGUCCCAAAACAGCUAGAGGGCCGAGUUUGGGGAUGCCUGCUUUAAGGCUACUUGUCCUACAACUUUUCUUUGCACAGGUGCGCACUAGUAUCACAGUUUGCCAGCAAUGUUUGAAAAUCAUACAAGUGCCUUCGUUGCUACGUGCACACUGUUGGGAAGUCAUAUGUCAGGGGACUGCCAUCGGAACAGGGAAGGGAAGCUGAGGGGGAGUUGGUUUACAGGCAACCUCUGAAAAUCUUGCGAAGCAGUUCCUUUUCCUGUGGUGGGGAAAGCCACACCUCCAGUGGAGAAGAGGAGAAGGGACCAGAGGAGGAUGCUGGGAGCCUCAGCACCACUCCUGGUCAAGCCGGCCAGGAGGGAAGCAUGCCUCUUCCAUCGCCCACCCUGCGCAGAGGUGUAAAAUAAAAAGAAGGAAGGAAAAGGCUGGGGGUGACUAAGCUAUUAUGUUGGGGGAGGACCCAGAAACAACCACUCCCGGAUUCUGCUAGCGAUUAAGGCAGACAUAAACUUGUGGUACUGCACUGUAAAUAGUUUUGCACCAAAAUAAAAACCUGUAAAAGACAGGUCGGAGCCCUGACUGGUUACUCAUGAGCAACCACCAUUGCCAUCUGACAUCAUAAUUUCAUUUUCACAUGGAGUUGAUAUACAUGGGCUUUUCUCUCUAGCAGUGUAUACUUCUGUGGAGAAUCCAGUAUUGUGUGACCCAACUUCACUUUCUGCUGCUACCUAUGGGGCACAUGGGGGACUGCAGGGGUGAGGAGAGGAAUGAGAAAUCUUGUUAUGCAAGCUGAAAUAUAUUCUGCUUAUGCAUGGAAAACAUGGGAUACAAUUUUCUGUAAACUACAGUUUUGGAAGAAUUUGCUAACAAUUAUAGUUCAAAAGAUUUCUGGAACAUACAUGUGAAUAUUUAAUGGAAUAAGCCAUUGUUGGUGACAGGACUGCAUGCCUAUCCAUCCAGUCAGAAGUAAGGUCCUUUAUGUUAAAUGGAAAUUACUCACUGCUAAAUGUGCAUAGAUCUGCAGUCCUUGAGAAUUAAUCCUCCUUUGCUAGAGGUUGCAUGCCUUUUGAUUUGGGAAUGCUGUUGUCUGUUUAAUGAACUUGAAGUGUAGGUGGAUUCCCACGAGGCAAGACACAGUAAUAACAGCAAGAACCUUUAUUCAACUAACAGAACUAGACAACAGAGGCAAAGCAACUGCUUAUAUAUUUCUGAAGGCCUGGGCCACUCCCACUCCCAACAUGAUUGGCUAUCUAAACUUUCAAGCUGCGAAUCAUAACUCAGAGUUUAAGGGCCAAUGACAGAGGCCCAAAUCCUGAAUUGUUCUGUGAUUGGAUAUCAUGUAUCGAAUCAGAACACUGGCUCAGAAUCUUUAGUACAGACUCAAGCUCAGGCAAACACAGACCACUGAAUACAUAACAGGACAUGCCACAUGAUCUACAUAAUAAUAUUUCUUUUACCUCUCUAAGCCACAUAUUAUAUAUAAUGCUCACAAAACCACCUUAACUGGUUUUGCCGGGCCAUCUGUCAGAUAUUCUGUAACUGUGAUUCCUGCAUUGCAGCAGAUUGGAUGAAAUUGCCCAUCCAACUUCAAUUCUAUGACACAGUUGACAUUAAAAAUGCUUGACCACAUGAGUGCGUUUGUACAUGCUUAGCUACACAGACUGUGUGGACAUCUUUCCAUAUGAGCAGGUUAUCAUGUGCAGAAUCACGGCAGCAACUGCACCAACAGCUUAAUCUAAAAAAAUGGGCAAUUAUGUUUUCACUAAUACCACCUAUUUCUAACUUCACAGUUUAUUAAGACCGUCCUUUUUCAAAGAAAAGUAAGCAAAGAAAAAAUAUUUGAACAUGAAUAUUUUAAAGCCUUCAGAUUUAGUUCUAUUGUCACCUUGCACUGUGCAUUCAAAUAGAGAUAGUUUUCUUGCUUGGUUUUUCCUGUCUAGAUAUAACUCCUGGAUUAGGGACAGUUUCACAAUAUGCCGCAAUGGAGAAGCUACCUAAAAUCGUCUAUGCGAGGCAGUUCCACAUACUAAGGGGCCUAUAUGCAUCCUCACAACUUUUUAGGGUUCAGUUUCCUCAGAAAGGUGUAUUUAGGAUAUAUGGUUUAUUUACACAUAUAUGCAACCUGAGCCUAUGAUAGAGGGACUCACAGCAUUAACAUCCCAAGAGGUUCUUGCUUCUCCCAUAGCCACAGCCUUGGAUUCCAGCAGAAAUCAGGCAUGGUUCUUCCUCUCAGCUGCCCAGCCUGCAGCCUGCAGCUUCUCACUUCUAGUUCACACACAACUCAACUCUAGCCUUUGUCUUUCUAACCACCAGUGAGUUGAGGGAGGGAGGCCUACCCAUUUUUAUCUGGCACAGAACCACUUCCUUUGUUACCUUAGUGGCCCAUACUUAGAGGGCCAUUACCAAGAAAAUUGUCUGGCUAUUCCAGCAAUUUGAAUCCUUGCCGGAGCCAAGAAUUCAAAGGGACUCAGACAUACGGCAUAACCGCCCGCUCCUCUCAACUCACAACAACAUUUUUGCCACUCUUUUGUGGCAUUAUUUUAUACACCAGCCGGUCAUAUUCAGUGCACAUGGCAAGUGCAAGAAGUGCUGCUUCCAGAGCAAUGUGUUUCAUGUGCUUUGGCACAAAGCUAAACAUUUGACAGUGUAACUUUGAGAAUAAGGAGCUUCAGCUGCCUGGGUUCGCUCAAGAAGGAAUGAAAAUGCAAAAACACUAUCCAAACAGCAGCACAGCCAGCAAACCAAAGAACAGUGGCUAUGGGCAGUUGUGAAAAGUAAAAACAAACCAACAAACCAUGAUUAAUUGUUUGGGGAGAGAUGUUGGCUCCAUCCCCCAAAUCAUUUCCAAGGUUAGUAUCCAAAUCUGUAGUACACUCAGGCCAACAUUAAUUUACCCGCAUAGACACACACGUAGACCUCCCUGCUGGGAAGAGAGCAGAGCAAAGCUUAAGUCCUCUUUAAUUAUAGUCAGGGUGAAGGGUGCCCGCCCCCCCAGCUCAGAUGUGAAGUGUGCUAUUAAAAAGUUUUCAAAAGAUUUAGAACUAUCAGUGGAGUACCUCCAGAUGCUUUUUCAAGUCUUCAGAUAUUCAUCAAAGAAGAGGCUGCCAAUAUAAACAUUUAAAUGAUGCUCUUUGGGAGUUUUGUUGUUGUUGUUGUUGUUGUUGUUGUUACAAUUAAUAACAAAUACUGUGAUUUAUUUUUGUCUCUUGCAUCUUGCAGGCUUUCUGGAUUUCAGCUGCCAUCCUCCAUAGUGAGCACAGGAUCAAUUAUGACUCUCUGCUUCACUACAGACUUCGCUGUGAGUGCUCAAGGAUUCAAGGCGAUAUAUGAAGGUAGGGUUCAAUAG